GAAUUUGUGCAAGGUCUGUUUGCCGAGAGGGGGCCCGUCUCUUCUUCUCCCCCUCCUCCCGCUUCAAUGAUGUCAUGGAGAGGCAGCAGGCGAAGGAGGGAGGGGGGGAGGCAGAGAGGAAAAAGGAGGAGACACUGCAGGUUCAUGUGUAUAUAAUGAAAAGGCAUUUGACAAUCUGCCAAAACGCACGGGAGGGAGAAACUGGACCUACUGGAUUUCGUAAAGCGAAUCGUCAUCAUCUGCAACUACAUGGGGAAGGAGGAGGGGGGAGCAGUGGCGGCGGCAGAAGCAGCGAUUCCAGACUCGGCAGCCUCCAUGUGAAACCACAAGCAAAAAUAAAGCGGGGAAGAAGGGGGAGGGUGGGGUGGUUGGGGGAAAAUUAAGGGAGGAGGAGAUCACUGAUAUUAAAAAAAAACCAAAACCAUCAGAUCCAGUCCUCCUUCGUCGCAAUUGCUUUCUCGCGCUGGCUCUUCGCUGGGAUUAAAAACCGCCUCUUGGCAAGAGCAGCAGCCAUGAAUUCAGCUGAGCAAACCGUUACAUGGCUGAUUACUCUGGGGGUGCUGGAAUCGCCCAAAAAGAGCAUCUCGGAUCCGGAGGGAUUUUUGCAGGCGUCCCUGAAAGACGGGGUGGUGCUGUGCAGGCUGCUGGAUCGCCUGCUGCCAGGGACCAUCGAUAAAGUAAGUGGCAUUUAUGUCCCUAUAUUUCCCCUUUAAGUCUCCUCUUCUCCCUCCACCGCCCUCCUUCCCUCCCCCCCCCAUCACACGGGUAAGGCAAGCGGAUUUUAUACUUGGGUUUCACCACCAGAGUGCUCGCACAGCGCAUGCAGCACACCAUGCUGCCCUCGGAUCUGAUAACCCACGAGUGCAGCAGACAAAUAAAAAUGCCCGGGCUGGGUGCUGAAUAAUGCAGCGGCCCCAGCUGCUUUUCCGAUCCUCUUUGGCACAGGGCGCAACAGUCACCCAGGUAGCCAGAGGCUCCGCCGCCCUUGCCAGAUAAAAGAGGCGCGCACAGCGCGCAUGGGCGCAACCCGAAGAGGCUCCUUCCAUCCCAGUCGAUCUGGACAUGCAAGGAAGUGAGCCGAUCGCAUCUAAGCGCUUUUCCUUUGUCCAAGGAGUCUCCCCACCCUCGCAAACGCAGGAAACGUGCGGCCUUUUCCUGGGGAAUGCAGUUGCCUUCCUUCAGCCGACGGCGCGGACAUCCCAUCUAGCAAGCGAAAGGCGCCAUUGUCAAAGAGGAAGGGAGUGGGAAAUGGGUGGGGAGUGGGGUAAAUAUAGGAGCAGAGUUUGGAGCAGGGCUAAGCUGCUGUACUUUUCGAUUUCCUCUUAAAGGGGCAGGAAUCGUCGAACGUUUGCAGAUCUUGCCUGAACGAAAAUUAAGGGUAAAACGUUUCAAAUCUUCCUGCAAGACCCACAGUGAUUUACCAGGGGAAGAAUAAAACGUUUUUCAAAAAAUCAGAUAAUGUAUAAGAGAAAAUUAGUUUUCCUUUAUAUUUUUUAAGACAUUAGCAAUCUAAACUAAAAGCGUGCCUCUCCUUUUUUUUGCACAAGCACUGUUAUUCAUUGUUCUUACUGAGAAGUAAUAUUACUAUAGCAGCUGUGGUCUGAUAGGCAUGCAGACAGAAGGUUCCAGCUGAAAUUAACAAUCCGCUCUGGAAUUUAUGGAUUGGUGCAGUUUAUAAUUUUGCAUGGGUGCUAAGGAUCUGCCGAGGCCUUCACAGAUCCAAAGGCCCAUUUUGGGCCUGUUGGAUGGGAGAAUGGGUGUGACAGAAAGGACAUACUCUCAGGCUACAGUCUUGCAAUGGAACAUAAAAAAUUCACAAAAUAUGACUGGUUGGAGAGAUAGAAAGAAGAUAGACAAUACUGCAUGAAGUCCUGCAUUAGACUUACAGUUCUAGCAUGGGUGAGGUGCAGAUCACAUAAUUCAAACUACUAUAGCACUACUGUUGCUAUUACUUAAAAAUACCCCUUAUACUAAGAGAUAGCUCUGCUUGCUCACAUUGCAGUAUGCUGACCUAGUUUUCGAAGGAGCGCUGGUGAUUUAUUGUGAGUGUCAUUUUGAAGUCUUAAGUUUAGUGUCUUACUGCUUGACCCUCGGUAGAUGAAACAGCAUUUUAGAUGAAAACGAAGCACCGUAAAAUUUUCUGUUGUGUGUUAAAAAAAAUUGAAUAUGGUACUUGUCUUUUUCAAACAUUGAUUCAAAGCCAGAGAAAGCCCCCCCACCCCCCCGGUGUAUUUUGCAGGCAAAAAAAGGCCAGUUGCUUUAUUUCAAGGUCUAUAAACAAUGUAUUCAGAUUGGCUUAUUGUAUUUUCUUAUCUCUGGGUAUAGUUUUGACUGUAGACUUUUCCAAACUUGGGAAAAUCGGUGCCUGUUUGCUGAUCCCACACCACCCUUGUAAAUUAAUGUGAACUUUGACCUACAUAUUGGCUAAGUUUCCUGUUCAUACUAGUUGCCUAGUUUAUGUGUGGGUAGAGGGAGAAAGGGAAAGCUUUCAGCUUUCUUGCUGGUUACAAAUGCAUCAUCAUAAUGCACGAACCUGCGUGAACGCAACAAGAAAAACAAUAUUUCUCUGGCUGUGGUAUUUUUGCCAUAAGUUUUGGCACUAUUCUACAUAGGUUUGUGCGUUCAGAAUAUUAUUUGCACAGUGGUGGCCUCUAGAGGGUGUAGUGGUUGUUAGCGUUGGAGCUGCGAUUCCCAGCUGCAUUUGCAGAGCAUGUGGAAUUUGAGUUCCCACCUUCCUUUCUUCUAACCUUGGAGAAAUUGGGAGCACAGGGCUUGCUACUGGGUAAUCCAAAACUACCGCUUUAAGCAAAUCUUGUCCAGUGGGCAGUGUGACUUAGACCAGGUUGGCAGAAUCACCUUUGAUAUUUAUUUUAUUUUUUGGUAUUAGAACCUUGCAAGAUCCAUCAAGUGGAGCCCAGGUGCAGAAGACAUACACUUAGAAUGAAAUAAUUCUGACCCCCAAAAAUGGCUGAGUACUGGAACUGCCCGACACACACAAAAAACCCACUCCUCAUUGCCUCUUCUCCCUGAGCAGUCUUAGUAUAAUUUGGGGGUGACAAGUUACUUUUGUGGUUGUCCUGUUUUUUGUUUUUUUUUAAAGGAAGCCAGCUUUCCUUGCUCAUCUGCUUCAAAUUACCCAGAUUUCUACCAGCAGAUUCCAGUCUCCUUUUCACCCACUUCUAGGCUUAAAACACAGCAAUGUCGUUUUCUCCAUGCUGCGUAUCAAGUUGCAUUUGCACAUUGCUGCGAAUUGCCCAUUGCUGCGAACAUUGGGGCGGAGACCCAAUGCGCGCGAACCUGUUUGAUUUCUCCAGCCUUGCAACCUAUUCAUGAAGCUGUCGUCUGCGCAUGUACAGUGGCUGUUACGCGUACACACCUCAUCUUAACAGCAAGGUGAAUGAGGCUGUUAUGUACUGAGUUGAAUAGGAUCCAAAAGGCAGCAGUUUGAUUGGUCCUAGAACAAUAGGAUUCAGAAUGCAGCAGUCUGAUUCGUCCUAGAACAAUGCAGCAGUAUGAUUGGUCCGCAGGAGCCACCCAAUCCAGCUCCAGAUGGAAGUGAAUCCGCAACCUGAUUGGCCCAUGGGAGAAUCCCAGAAUUAGCCAAUCACGUGCUGCCCAUUGUAUAAAUAAGGUAUAUAAACUUUCAUUUCUCACUACUAUGAGCUGAAUAAAGAGCAUGAAAUCCACACUCAACUCCAAGUAUAUUUCAGAGGCUUAAGUUUUCCUUUCGGAUUGACAGAAAACGCAUCAAACAACAGGGCCUCUCAAGGAAUUACAGGAUAACUCUGCACCGAGGGGCAACGUCCUCUGUGUGUGCAUGGAUUCAAAAGCCAACCGUGGUAGCGCAGCCCUGGUUUAACCCCAGCACCACCAUUCCUUUUAAAUUUGCAGGGCGAAGGGAUGCGGAGACGAGUCCUUGGGGCAGGGUGGGGCAGAGUGUGGAAUGUGCUGUUUGCUUGCAUUUGCAGCCAAGGGAGAAGGGAGUGUGGAAGGGGUCGUGGGGACAUCCUGGGGAGAGUGCAUCUUAGAUGACAGGGCUGUUUGGGUUGGCAAGAUAGCUGGUGGGGAAGAAGAAGAAGCUGUUUUGGCAUGUGGGAGGAUUUUGGGGGGCAAGCAGUGGCACAUGAGAAGAAAGCUUAGACCGUAUGUGUGAAUUGGGAGUUGCAGGGAGGUGCUAGAAACCAGAUGAAUUGGACGUUAGCUACUAUCGGCUGCUGCCCUGAAACAGUGUUAAUGGAAAAUGUGUGGUGUGGACCCUACUAGAAAGGGAAUUGUUGGUGGGAGUUCAAGCAUCCGUUGGUUUGAUUGGAGGCAAUGGAGAAUCUUGCAAUUCCUAGAGAGCAUCGUACUGCCUUGUGCUUUGAGAAACAUGGCUUAAGGCUGAACUGCCAAUGUAAACUCUCAUAGUAGUUUAUUUGAGUAUGGCGCCUAGACCUCUGAAUCACCGCUGCUGCAUCCCCUCUACUGCUUGAAGGUAUAUGGUAGGAAAUCUUAACAAAUCAGGAAGAAGUAUCUUUCCAGUUGUGGCCAGAACAAAGAUGGCUCACCAGGGAUGGAGAUCAAACUAGAAGGAGAUACAAGCUGCUUGCGGGAUUUAAGUCAGCAAAGAGGGCUGCUCAGCUGGGUCAUUUGCCUUUGCCAGUCAACAAGCCUAAGCACAACAAGUUUUCUCAGGAUUGCAGCCAGAGGAUUUGGAGUGGCCUUUUGUUGUUGUGCGUUUGUAGUUCUUUUUGUAAACAAUCUGUAUGACACCGAAAAGCUGACUUAACAUUGGUUGCAUUUGGACAAUCCACUCCCAGCCUAAUAAGCUGAGAAAUGAAUGAGUGUUUUGCCUGCACACACAACCCCCUCAAUUGAUCUAUAAUUGAACCAGGAAGGGAAUUAACCAUAGUUUACCAUUUCAUCCAAACUGGGAGACUAGAGUUACCAGCAAGUCACGAUGUUAAGCUGGCUUCAGAUCGUGGUUGAAUGUUUUGGCUUGUUAUAAACUUGGGAACCAUAUGUUGCAUUUAUACUCCCAUUUACUAUGUACUCACUGAGUUUCAGUGUUGGGAUUUUAAUCCGUGUCCACACAACAUUAUCCAAAAUGCAUAUGUAUCCUGUACUUUGCUGUGAUAUACCAAUGUUUGAUGUGUUGUUUCUCCAACCAGUGGUGUCACUUCACACUAAUUGGAGUCCUUAAGUGGACCUUAAUUUGUCUCUAGCCAAGGUAUGAACACCUUUGCAAAGAGUAAAAAUAUCCCUGUCAUCGACAGACCCUGAUGUGUUUACAAACUGAAAUUAAUUGAAGCUGUGCAGAAGUGAACAGCUAGCGGGGAAAGAGCUGUGAAAUGCACUGAGAAUAAAACCAACUUUACUGUGCUCUGAGAUGGUAAUGUAGACCAACCCAUGGUUUCCUGGUUUGAAUGAAAUGGUAAACUAUGGUUUUUCUCAGGCUUUCUAACUUUCAUUCACUACUUGAUGCUGCCUAUGAAAGCUCAUGCUACAAUAAACAAAUUUAGAUGUAAUUUACACAUUCAGGUACCAUGACAAGGUCUGCAUUUUUUGGAUGUAUAAUUUCUGCUAGCACAAAGACACAUAACAGAAAGUUGCAUUACAGUGGUACCUUGGGUUACAUACGCUUCAGGUUACAGACUCCGCUAACCCAGAAAUAGUACCUCGGGUUAAGAACUUUGCUUCAGGAUGAGAACAGAAAUCGUGCUCCGGCGGCGCGGCAGCAGCAGGAGACCCCAUUAGCUAAAGUGGUGCUUCAGGUUAAGAACAGUUUCAGGUUAAGAAUGGACCUCCAGAACGAAUUACGUACUUAACCCGAGGUACCAGUGUAUUGUCCUUUGCAAUAUGAUGAGUGAUGCCGCACCAUUGAAAGGCAGCUUUCACUGAGAUGGCCCUUCUAGGUGUGUAUCUGUAUGCGCGGUGCAGAGAACCUGGCAUAGAAAGAGACCUGAGUCUUUGACGUCAAAAUAUCAAGUACCAUCCAAACUGGGUUGCUGAAAUUCCACUAUGCCCAGAGUGCGUGGCAACUGCUGAAAGUAGCCAUUCUUUUAUCAUUUGGACCACCAAAAACAAAAAGGCUAGGUUGUGCUCAAGUAAGGAGUGAAUAGAAUUAGGAGUGUGGUGAUAGAGACCUUGCUGAAAUGUUGCCAUACACACAGAAUGAGCUUCCACACAAGCUGUGACUGCAGAUGCAUAACACGUUAUUUUUACUUAACAGAAUUUCUGCAAUAAGAGUAAAGUUGGAUUUAAAUGGAUGGAAAGAGUACAACCUGGCAUUUUCAUGUGAUAUGGAUGAUGGAAAGAGACUUGCGCACACAAGAAUGGUUGAUGAAAAUCUCGGAAUAUGCAGAGAUGGCAAAAUUGACGGCACUGAUGAAAGACACAAAUUGAGAAUCUUUUAAAGAAGACUGGAAACCCUUUCUAGUUUAUAUAAAAAAAGUUAUUUCCCAUAUGCGAAGACCACAGUGGGGUUUGAAGUGUAAGAAAACUGCAGAAUAUAUGAAGAAACAUGUUAGAGAAAGGAUGAAUUUAGAUAAGAGGGAACCUUAAAACACAGUUGUAUGUGUUUUGGGUUAUAAACCAUUGAUGUUGGGUGUGAGCAGGAAGUCACUAGUUUUGUUGAAUUGGAAUAUAAUUGUUGAGUAACAAAUGUAACUGUAUUGAAAAAAGAAUAAAAUAUUAUUAUAAAAAAAGAAAGGAAGAAACUUGCACACAUGAGCAGCUGUGAUUCCAUAAAAAACUUCCAUCUGGAAGCCCCUUUUGAUGACAGCUGACCAGCUCAUUAAUUACGAUGAAGUAAAUACCCAGCAAGCUACCCUUACACAUGAAUGUUUCAGCACUAAUGGAGGUAGUAAUUAGAACCUGAUGAGAAAUAGUGAUUUCAUGUGAAGUAUACAGAAAAAAAGGAACAUUUAAUAUGAACAACAUGCAACAUUUUCCGUAUGUUAAUUUUUUUACAGUGCUGUAUUGUGCAUAACGUGUUUUAUGUGGGUUUCUUUUGGAGAAGACAUUUAUUUGGAAUGGGGGGGGGGGAGGAGUAACAUCACAGUCCCGUGGUGUUAACUCAAAAGUAAGACUCAUUGGGCAUAAUGGGGCUUCCUCCCAAGGUAACCGAUUUGCAGCCAAAGGCAAGAAUUACUUCUGGGUGCACAAUUCUUAGGAUUGUUCUGGGAAUGACUACUUACAUUUAUAUUGAGAACAUUGUGCAGGGUCAGAACCAGAGGAGCCAUCUAGUCCUGCAUUUCCUUCUCAUAUUGGCCCACCAGAUGUGAGAAGCUCAUGAACAGAGUGAUACUCUCUGCACUUGUGAUCUGCAGUAGCCUCUGAUACUAAGGGUAGUGCAUAACUAUCAUGACUAGUAACUACUUACAGUUUUAUUUCACCACCACACUAUUAAAAAACAACAACAGCUCAUAGGCAUGGUCCAAUAAGGAAGAUCAACUCUUGCACUGCAUGUGAAGAACAUGGCAUGCAGGGAUCACACUUUAAUUAUCAACCACAUCUCUCUGUGUUUAUGUUACUGUUGACAUAAUGUGCCAUCCACAUGCUGUGAUACCAUAUUAUGCAUUUUCUUAACUGCCCCCUCCACACACUUUAGUUGUUGCUGAGAAACAGGGCAUGAGAAGCAGGGCAUGUGAUAAGGGUCCACACAUGUUAUAGAAUGAGAGGCAUUGAACUCUGGCCUGUGCAUAUCAGUUUUAGAAGCAUCACUGUUUCAGUUUUCACAUGGAGGCUCAUCCUUUUUCAACCUAUGUGUUUGUCUUUGUCCUCUCGCUUCUCCUUUCUCUUCUCCUCUUAAAAACUUGCACAAAAAGAAAAUGCCAGUGGUGUAGGUCCGGGCACGAUCCAGUUGUAGGUUAUGAUGAACUACCAGGAGGUGCAAGAGCUUACAGAUGCCUUGCACUCCAUAUAUUUUAUUGUGCACUAGGGUCCCAUCUCCCUGAUGACCUGUUUAUUGAGCAUUAAUCCAGUUUUGCUUGCACAAAGCUAACAUGGAGGUUAGAUUAUAUCCGGUCUUUAUUGAGCAUUCAUUAUUUGUAGGGCCGCUAUAUCACAAGGAGCAUUCAUCUUGGUUUGCUUGUGAGAUGUUGAUAUCUAUUUCUAUUAGUCUUUAUUUUUCAUCCCACACUUUUCAAAGCAUUUCCCUAUCACUUUCCAAACUAUGGAAAGGUGUAUAAAAAUGUAUGUUUAUUGUGCUGGGGCAACAGAGCCGUAUAUUCCACUCUUAACUAUGUAAAACUUAAAAUUCUGAUAUGCAAAGCAGUCACAAUCUGGAGGCACAUUUAUUUAUUUUGGGGGAGAUUUGAUUUGCAUUUGAACUGGUUUUUUUUUUAAUGCAAGCCAUAUAAAGGCAAAAGGUGGAAUAUAAGUUUUAAAACAAACAAAUUGUGCAUUUUUACUUUUAAUUUCCCCCUUACAUUUAUACCCCAUAUUUCUUCCAUCAUAAACUGCAAGGUGGCAUAGAAGGUUCUCUCAUCUAGGCAUGGAUGAGACCCAGACGUAUUUAGCCACAGUAGGUUGUGGUUUAAUGUGUCUUCAGGCUGUCACCGUCCAAAGUUGUCCUCUCUCAUGGGAGGGCAUUCAAGCUGUGGCACUGCCACUGCCACUACUUCAUUGCUUGCAUAAACUGGCUCUGGAUGUGAGGACAUCUCAUGUGCUUGCCUUUUCAGCUUUGGAGAUGGAACCUGGUGUUUUAUAGAUGUUGGAGAGGAACCAUAAAUGGGACAAGAAUCAGACGGAAGUGCUUUGGGGGGGAGGGAGGAGUGGGGGACCAGUGUGUUAAGAAAUAUGAAUGCUUUUUUCUGAGGAGAUAAUUGAGAACUGAUAAUGAGGCACAGACUAUGGGACCAGGUUGCCUUGAACUGCUGAGCUAAUCACCAAGGCAUUGCAAGCAGAGGGCUUCAUGGUGCAAGCUGCAGCUCUUUUCCUUCCCUGGCAAUCCUAAAGACACCAGUGUGCAAUUGUGACAGUUUUUCAGAGGCAUUUUAGGUCUUUACAUUGGGGCCUGAGGCAUGGCCUGCAUAUUUACACGCAUAUGGUCUCCUUCCCUGACAAUACUCACUAUGUGCAGCCUCCUGUGGAGAUUUAUAUAUGCCCCUGACAGAAAUAAUCUGUACAGGACAGCUGUGUUUGGUCUGUUUGAGGAAUAACACUGCACAUUAACUAUUCGUUUAGAAUGUUAAUUCUCUGAAAACUGGCUGUGCAAACAUUCCCUGAAUGUGCAUCAAAUUAAUUUUGACACCAGCUGUCCUGGUGGCUCAGGGAGUGGGGAACUGACAUUUGCUCCUGAAGGUCUAGAGCUCCACUACAGAGCUGAUGACUCCAGAUUCCAUGUGCUAAUUGACUUCUACUGUAGACUGCUUGCAAAUCUCUUGUGUUGGCACAGCACUACAUUUGGAGUCUCAGCCGGUGUAGGAGGCUACAGCAAAUCUGUGCAACUCGUGACUCACCAGGCCCAUGAGCAAUGUAUUGCAAGAGGCUCACUGACACUCCCUUUUUAUGUUAGACCCAGGUAAUGGCAAAAAAGGGGUUAACCCAUCACGUGAUGGGGUGCCACGGCCGGUGGGCUGCACUUACGUUAGUGUGUGGCACGUUGCUCCAGCCUGGAUUGGGUUUAAGACACGGAAAACUCAGGUUCAGCUCUCCAGACAGUUGUGAAGUUUGGUGGGUGGUCUUACGCAAGUCGCCAUCUCUCAGUCUCACCAAGGUUUGAGCUUGCUCAGCGGCAGACAGUGAUGUGGGGCUGGGCCCCACACCUGACCUUUGCCCAGCUGAGCCACUGCAGCAGAGUGGGCUGCACAAUGGGAGUGGGGUGGCAGCCAGGUCAGCGUGGUGCAAGUGCGCCAGCGGAGCCAAUCUAGUCUCCUGCUGGUUCUUGCUCUGAGUUAUUUGGCAGGAAGUUGGGUUACGAAUAAUUCAUGCACGCUAAUGUGAAGUUCCUUUUUUUGUGUAUAGAGGUUAAGUUGGAACCCAAAGAUACUGUUUAUUGUGUGGUAUGAAACAGCUGUAGACUGUGACUUAUAGAAACUUCUCCAGACUUCCAAGACUCAGGACAGUGUUUGGAUGACUAUGUUUAUAUGGCAAUGACCCAGCAAUGACUCAGCGUGAGUGUGGAUUCUUUUUAUAGCGGGACACUUAGUGACUGGUUCUGUGAACGCACCAAUAUGUGACGAGGCUGUUGCUUACUACGUGCAAUUAAUUUGGAUAGGAGAAAACUUAACUAUGAAGCGAACAGUCAGAGGACGGGUAAGCACACCCAAAAAUGACAAACAAUGAUGAUUUUGUUCCACAGCUAAUGUGCCAUGUGAGGUAGCACUCAAAAUCAAGUUGUUGAAGCAGAAACUGCCCAGUUUUGAGGCUUUCGCCCACAACUGUGGGGCAAAAGGUUUUUAAAAAUAAAUUAUUAAUAAUAAUAAUAAUAAUAAUAAAAAUAAUAAAAUAUAGUCAUGGAGAUCUUCGGCCUACUAUAUUGGAGUUUGCUUUAAAUGACUGAAUCACUUGUAAAUCGACCCCACCGUGUGGGAGUAUUCACAAGUAAGUGUGUAAGCUGUUCUUGCCAUUAUGAAGUUAAUUUUGAAUCCAUGCGCUAUUAAGUCUUUCAGACUGUUAACAGAUAUAGAGCUCUGCCCUGCAAUGAAGCCUCACCUCUUAGCUUGAGUGUAUUGCCAAGUGAUACAGAACAUGGUGCCACACAUUAGGCAAAAAUAUGUAAUAAAAUGUCAAAGGAUUGUAUGGACUCUCUUCUAACAGAUCAAUUUUACCUCAGAAACAUGUAGGGUAGUCCUCUUUGACCUCUUUUCAUGAUGAAUGCUGGCUAUUUGUUUCUGUUCUAGUGUACCUAUGUUUUAAAUAACCAAUGGAAAGACUUCUCGCAGCUGAAGUGUUACAGGCUCCCAUGUUUCCUCCUGCAUUAUAAAGGUUGCUUAUGUAAUGCUUAAUUUAUCGCACAGGUUUUAGUUCCAACUCAUUUAUUUUAAGGCAGCUUGAAGAACAAUUUGGCAGUCUUCAGAAAUGUUUCCAAAGUAGAAGUAAGAAAACUAUUUUUGGAUUUUUCAGUUGUUUCCCUUGAACUCUGGGAUAGUUGGUUUUAUAUUCAUUCACUUGGAGCCAACUCUGUGAGCGUCACAAGCCAAACUGCGAAUUUCCCCACAAAAGUGAGGUGUUUACGCGCUUGAGAUUUUGUGCAGAUACACAGAGCAGGCCAUUUUGUGCUAGCAGAGCCUGCCAGCUACUACCUACCUGAGUACUCAUUGCCACUGCUUUAGGGCACGUAAAACUGCCUGUGAGGGGGUCCUCAUAGCUCCAUUAAAAAUAAAAUAAAAUAGGGAAGGGGUUUGGGGGACAAACACAAGUGUGCUCCCACCUUACUUCUCCUGUUUCUGCCAGAAGAAAGUAGUUUGACUGUAUGCAUGUACAUACAUUCAGAUUCUUAUUUUCCACACUCAUUGGAAAUUUGAUUUUCAGACCACGUGUAUUCAGUAGUUUCCUGGAGAGCCCAUCUGUGUGCUUUGUAGUGGAAAUGUUUAGUAGCCUAAGUUGAAACAUACCAAAAAUACUAACACUGAAUGCAUUUAGCCCUAGGGAUAUACAUACAUUAAGGGCAUACUCACAUUACAAACCUAAGCUGUUUUAACCAGGGGUCAGCAAUUUUUUUCAGCAGGGGGCCGGUCCACUGUCCCUCAGGCCUUGUGAGGGCUGGACUAUAUUUUGAAAAAAAAUAUGAAUGAAUUCCUAUGCCCCACAAAUAACCCAGAGAUGCAUUUUAAAUAAAAGGACACAUUCUACUCAUGUAAAAACAUGCUGAUUCCCAGACCGUCCGUGGGCCAGAUUUAGAAGGUGAUUGGGCUGGAUCCGGCCUCUGGGCCUUAGUUUGGUUGCCUACCUAUGGUUUUAACAGUCAUUCCUUUACCCCCAGGAAACCCUGGGAAUUGUGGUCCUUUGAGGGGCUGGGGGCUAACAAUUUAUGCAAAAGCAUUCUUGGUGUCUUCAGCAAACUAUAAAGGUAAAGGUGAAGGGACCCCUGACCAUUAGGUCCAGUCGUGGCCGACUCUGGGGUUGCAGCGCUCAUCUCACUUUAUUGGCCGAGGGAGCCGGCGUACAGCUUCCGGGUCAUGUGGCCAGCAUGACUAAGCCGCUUCUGGCAAACCAGAGCAGCGCAUGGAAACGCCGUUUACCUUCCCGCCGGAGCGGGACCUAUUUAUCUACUUGCAUUUUGAUGUGCUUUCGAACUGCUAGGUUGGCAGGAGCAGGGACCAAGCAACAGGAGCUCACCCUGUCGCAGGGAUUCGAACCGCCGACCUUCUGAUUGGCAAGUCCUAGGUUCUGUGGUUUAACCCACAGCAAACUAUAACCCCCACUAUAUCAUGGGGAGAAGCCAUGGAAAUUACAGUGGCAUGAAACUGGUGCAUGCUUAUAGUGGGUGCAUAGAUAAGUAGUUCUGCAUGCUAUGAUUCUGUGACUCUACUCAGGGCUCUCUGUAUGAGAGUUGAAGUUGUAUUUUCUGUGGUUUAGGGGACCGUGCUUGUGUCUGUUACUAGACCCAUGGGCUGGCGGGAAGAAGUUGAAACGGGUUGAUUCAAGGAGGCUGUCUCUAUGUAGUGUAUUUUUCUGUGCAUAAGACUAGGUCCCCCCCCAAAAAAAUAAUUUCUAAAGUUAGACAUUAGCAGCUUAUACUCUGGGCCAUCUUCCCCCAUUUUCUUAAUAGAAAAUGCCCCCUUAUACAUGGGGGCAUCUUAUAGAUGGAAAAAUAUAGCACUUUGUUUUGCUGUUGAUGUUUAUCAUGUGUUUUAUUAUUUAAGGAUUGUUAGCUGUCUUGAACACAUUUGGAAAGGUGGAGCACAAAUGUCUUAAAUAACAAUACAGUAAAGGUAAUAGGAAUAGAAGUCAACAAUACAGACUUCCGUACCAUUCACCUAGCCUCCUGCAUCUGCACUGACAACGUAUGGAAACCAAUGUACAGUGGUAGCUUGGGUUACAAAUGCUUCGGGUUACAAACACUUCAGGUUACAAACUCCGCUAACCUGGAAGUAGUACCUCGGGUUGCAAACUUUGCCCCAGGAUGAUAACGGAAAUUGUGCAGUGGUGGCAGCAGGAGGCCCCAUUAGUGAAAGCGCACCUCAGGUUAAGAACAGACCUCCGGAACGAAUGAGGCUUGUAACCUGAGGUACCACUGUAUGUGGCAUCAAUGCAGUGAAAUCACUGCUUUAAGGAGGGGCCCAUUUCUCUGGUUCAGCUUCUAGUGCUGCGAAAUGGUUUGCUUGCCGAAACUCUGUAAAUGUGACAUCAGCAGAUUUCCCCACUUUCACUGUGUUUUGCACCAUUAUGCAAAUUCAGCAGGUUCCUCAUGAGAGAAACAAGUGGAAAGAAGGAAGGUGCAGGAGCAUGGCAAGAAGCCAUCUUAAGGUGGCUUCAUCACUUAUGUAGGCUUCAUUUAGCAGCUUGCAAGAUUGGAGUUAAAAGUUAAGUAGGUUCCCCACUCCCCUACUGACUGUACAAUGGAGCUUGGCUUGAUUUCUCGAGUCUCCUGUAACCUAUUUGUUCUGCAAGCACCGGUGCUGUGCUUUGUAGCGCACCAUGAACUGAAUGCCGUGCUGUGGAAUGCAGAUGGUCCUACUGUGGGCGACAGCAGACUCGGGGCUUGCCCACACUGGGGCAAAAUGUGGACCCCCCAUCCCAGUGUCUCCUCCUUUAAAUGUGAGGCAUUUUGAUCCUGGCCUUUUUUGAUUUUCCAACCAUCAAAGCCCUCUGCAUUUCAAGGUGGAAAGGUUCAGGGUAAAAGGUAAACUGAGACGGGGAGGACAUUGUGUGGAUGCUCCUACAUUAACGGGGAGAUUGGCCCCCUGGGAAGACACAUGUUGGAACAAUGUGGACAGGCCAUUGCAGAACGUUGCUGAUGGGGAAAGCCUAUGAAAGAAAGUCCGUCAGCCCUGCCUUAUAUAUUAUUUUCCUGAAGGUGGCCACCAUUUAUUUCCGGCAGGCUCCUCGUGCCUUGGAAAUAGCUAACCCAAAUCCAACAGGUGGAUCUUUAUUAACUGGUGACUUGAGGACACGAGCUGUGCCCGUUACAAAACUGCCCGCCGGAGCAGUUUCUUAGAGAGCCGUUCCAGAAAGGCACGGUGGCAAGAUCCUGGCAACUCCGUUCUGCACACAUUGCUGCUGCUGCACUGGUGGGGUGCUCUCUCUAUUGUCUACUGUAUUUGCAUAGCUAAUAAGACACCACCUCUCUAGCCCUGCCCCUGCAGAAGGGGUGGCGCGGGCGGGAGGGAGGGAAGAGAAGGGGAAACCAUUCCGGAGUGGGGGAACGAGGGACUUCCCUCGUCCCCCGUUCACACGCCAUUUCCUGUCGGCGUGUUUACUUCCGGGCAAAUCAAAUCCAAAAGCUGCUUUCCAAGUGAAUCCAGGAGGGGAGAAAGUGCAGUGGGUGGGCGGGUGGAAGCGAGAGCCCGGAGCCCACGGAGGGCAAGUUAGACCCGGGUGGGUGCUCCGAAGCCCCUGCUUCUCUCCACGGUCGCAACCGGCCACCGCGAAACUGACUUGAGCCGCUUCUCCUUCUCUUCCUCUUGCAGGUUUAUCCGGAGCCGCGCACCGAGAGCGAGUGCCUGAGCAAUAUCCGCGAGUUCCUCCGCGCCUGCGGCGCCACUCUCCGCCUGGAGGUGAGGUGGGGGAGAAUUGUGCACAUUGCAACACACACACACACACACACACACACACACACACACACAAACACGUGUGUGUGUGUUUGCUUGCUUGCAUGUAUCUAUAUAUGCACACACACACACGUGUAUAUAUGAGCAUGUAAUAUGGGGUGAGGGUGGAGGGUGCUGAGGAGGCUAGAGGGCCAUUCUAAGGAAUGAAUUAAAAGUUAAGGGAGCUACUGUGCCGGACGGUUGGCAGCAAACAAACGCCUACCUGUUCCAUCCUCUCUCUCUCUCUGCACACAGGCGUUUCUUUCUUCUCCUCCAGCGUAAUGCCACGGUGGUGGUUCUUCUUAUCCACGCACCUAUUUAGCACACUUGUGUCUGUGCAGCCACGCUGUCCUUUUUUUUUUUUUUUGCAUGCCUCCCCUUUUAUAUUGCCUUGUGAACGCUAUAUAUCAUUUUGUAUGGGUAGCUGUUUUAACAGCCAGAUAUUGAACAAGCUUUCCCACCUCCUGUUAACUCUCACUGAAGGCCAGACCAGAUGAAACACAGGAGGAUUGUGAAUCCUCUCUCCUGGCAUUUUUACUUAAAAGCAGCAAUGGAGAAGCCUGGAUUUUAUUGGAGUCGUGGUGCAGGGGCAGUGAGGUUUUUACAUUUCCCCGCUUUCACUGUUUAAUACCUCUUUCUGGCUGCUAUUAGCUCUGAAGUAGAAGACAUCUCUGUUUUCUGCUGGGAAGUAAAAAUGAAAAUGUCAUGAGAUUGUUCCACACCUCUUGUUUCUUGUCUCAUCUGGCCCCAAAUCUAGCCUUGUUUUUCAAAGAGAUAUAUUGUUUUCUACUGUGUUUGUCUUCACACUGAUUUUAUUUGGAUUCUUCCAAAUUUUAUAUACCGUAUUUUUCGCUCCAUAGGACGCACUUUUCCCCCUCCAAAAAUGAAGGGGAAAUGUGUGUGCGUCCUAUGGAGCGAAUGCAGGCCUCCGCUGAAGCCUGGAGCGCGAGAGGCAUCGGUGCGCACCGACCCCUCUCGCUCUCCAGGCUUCAGGAAGCUAUCCGCAAGCCUUGCAAGCCCGGUGGGAGUUCCCGCGGGCUCACAAGGCUUGCAGGCAGCAGCCUGCAGCCCCGGCGAGUGUCCGCAAGCCUUGCGCGCCCGGCAGGAGGUCCCGCCGGCGCGCGAGGCUUGGGGCAGCAGCCUGUCGCCCGAAGCACGGGGAGCCCUCCGGAGGGCUCCCGUGCUCGGGCGAGUGUCUGCAAGCCUUGCGCGCCCGGCAGGAGGUCCCGCCCGGCGCGCAAGGCUUGGGGCUGCAGCCUGUCGCCCGAGCACGGGGAGCCCUCCGGAGGGCUCCCGUGCUUCGGGCGAGUGUCUGCAAGCCUUGCGCGCCCGGCAGGAGGUCCCGCCCGGCGCGCAAGGCCUGGGGCGGCAGCUUGUCGCCCGAAGCACGGGAGCCCUCCGGAGGGCUCCCCGUGCUCGGCGAGUGUCUGCAAGCCUUGCGCGCCCGGCAGGAGGUCCCGCCCAGCGCGCAAGGUUUGGGGCUGCAGCUUGUCGCCCGAAGCACGGGGAGCCCUCCGGAGGGCUCCCGUGCUCGGCGAGUGUCUGCAAGCCUCGCGCGCCCGGUGGGAGGUCCCGCCGGCGCGCGAGGCUUGGGGAGGCAGCCUGCAGCCCGAAGCACGCGAGGCUUGGGGCGGCAGCCGCAGGGGGGGGGAAUAAUUUUUUUUAUUCAUUUCCCCCCCCCAAAAACGAGGUGCGUCCUAUGGACCGGUGCGUCCUAUAGAACGAAAAAUACGGUAUAUAUGAGAGAGUCAUCCCUUUAAAAUAGCCUGAUUAAUAUCAUUGUGUAAUGCAAACAUAUUAAAAUAUACACUCUCUAGUUUCAUAAAACUCAAUCCAUGCCCUCCCAUGAAGUACUGUAUAUUGAGGUUUUUUUGUUUUGUAGGGAACGAACCAUAGAUCAUCUCAGAAUCAGAUUUUUAAUGCCACAUCUGCACAAUAUAUUGAAAGCGCUAUUAUGCAGCUAGGCUUCAGCCAAAGAAUCAUUGAAAACUGUGUUUAAGUGUACAGUGAGUUGUUAGGAGACCCCUAUUCCCACCCCAGAGCUACGAUACUCAGAGUGGUUUGACUGGUUGUCCCUUUCCCCAUGGAACUCUGGGAAUUGUAGCUGUGUGAGGGGAAUAGGAGCCUCAUAGCAACUCUCAACUCUCUUAACUUUUAGACUUUUAAAAGACAUCUGAAGGCAGCCCUGUUUAGGGAAGCUUUUAAUGUUUAAUAGGUUAUUGUAUUUUAAUAUUCUAUUGGAAGCCGCCCAGAGUGUCUGGGGAAACCCUGCCAGAUGGGCAGGGUAUAAAUAAUAAAUUAUUAUUGUUUAUUCUUCUUCUUCUUAUUAUUAUUAUUAACAAACUACAGUUCUCAGGAAUCUUUGGGGAAGCCAUGACUGUUUAAUGUGGUGUUAUACUACUUUAAAAUGAAGGUGUUAGCUGAUGUGUUCACGCCUCCUCAGAGGUGGCGGAUUUCUGCUCAGCAUGACCAGAAAAAAUCCUAACACUGGAGGCAGAAAGAGGGUUUUCUUGCGUAUCCCUGGGCUAUGGAGCAAGGAGAAACAGCUUGUUCUGGUUCUACCUGCUCAAACACUUUGAACGAUGAAAAAUUUACCCUACUUGUAGAAGGAACAUCAUGGGUGAGCAUGUCCAGCCAUUUCAGGAAUCCUACCCAAAGCUGUUGCUGUCAAAGGCAUUUAUCCUCUCUACUUAAAGAAGUCCCUGGAUAUAUGGCUGGAAGUGACACUAAAUCCAAGUCAACCCUCCUUCCUCAAGGACAGCACCUAAACAAAUCUUAAUCAACGGUGGUCUAACUUGAUAUUUAAGGCCUCUGUUGACAGAGGAUGCACAGCAAGGUUCCAUCUUUUUAUGUCUCGUAUACAGUAGACAAAUAAUAUAACUAAUCUCAAUGCAUUUGAAUACUUCUAUUAGAUUCUGAGGCUGGGGAGCGAUGGCUAUUCCAGGCCUUUCUUUAAUUUUUCAUUUGUUUGUUGAUGACCCUCGGGAUCCCUUCCAACUCUGUGAUUCUAUGAUUCCAGCCCUUUUCCGUAGUGAGAUAACUAGAGGAAAUGUGUAGGUGAUAAUCAGUCUAAAUGCUCUUCUUCUGUUCUGACUGCUAGGUGACACUUUCUCAGAUUUCUCUAUGAAACUAGUUGGUUUCUACAUGUUUUCCUCAUUCAUUCAGACCCUUGAUUGCCUUGGUUUUUGUUGGUUUUGGUUUCCUUAUGACUUCUUUGUUAUAAGGAGUACAGUUUAGAACGGGACAAGUAUCUUCUGAGUCUUCUGUGUAUAAUUCUCUUGUUGCAUCCAAGUAUGGUGUUUUCUUCCUUUUGGCAGUGUCGCUACAUUGCUGAGUCAGAGUCAAUUAGUUAAUGAUGAACUCCCCCUCUACUUACUUUCUACACAGCUAUUUAAAUUAGUGUUGUCGUCCCCCCAAGCUUGCUAACUUUCCCUUGGGUUAGUGAAUCUGACUUUAAAGGGCCUUGUAGAUUUAACACUUGAUAACUUUAAUACCUAGCAAAUUUAUUGCCUUUCCUUUUAAUGAGUAAUUGAUUAGAACAUAGAGACCUAGAUUUUGGUCACAUGAUCAAUCACACACCUACCUUGCUUCAUUUUUGUCUGUGAACCCUGUGUGGGACUACAGUUAUGGCAGACGUGUUGAAACAAGCUUGUGAACUACAGUAGAAAUGUGAGACAAUUGAACUUCUGGCUUUGUUUACCCAAGGUAAAGCCCCACCCAUGUUUCUUAUCUUUCCAGGGGAAAGACAGAAAGAAUAAGAGUUUUAUAAAAUGACUUAGCUUUAUUUAGGUGGGGUGCAGGGGGUGGAAUUCACAGGGCCAUCUGAGGAACAGUUGUGAUUGACUACCCUGAGUUGAAACUUCUUGAUUAUUGGCCAUAAACAAUAUGCAAUUUACUAUAUUAAGUGGUCAGUGCUGUUUGAAUUCAUUUGUCAAGUUGUUUUCUUUUUGCCUGCACUUGCCUUUCUGUUAAGACAUGGAACUUAAAAAUUGUUAGUUGGAAACGUAUUUUAAAAAUUGAAUGGGCAUUACGUAUAAUAACAGGAACAAAGUCUGCCAAAAUUGUGGGACAGUUCAAGACUAUAUGAUUCACUUUUUGCGGGGGGGGGGAGUUGAGGGAAGACUUCUGUAUUUUCAUGGUUUGGGGAAAAUUGGAAAUAUUUUGAACCCAGGCACGAGUCGUUUUAAAGUUGUGAACAAGAUAACAACUAGAUAGUUUAAGAGAAUGCUGGAUAGGGAAAAACCCAGCUGUACCCUAUUGCAUCAUAUAUUGUACUUGAAUUGCAGGUUUUUUGGGGGCCAUUUUCCGUUCUAGAUAAUAUUGUUGACCUCUUCAGCACAUUUCAGAUAUCCCUGGCCUUAAUGUUCUGCCUUGGGAAAAGCAUAGAAAUAUAUCUACACUGCAAACCUAUAAAUCUCAUGUUUACUGUAGGAAAUUACGGGAAUGGUUGGUUGGCAAACGUGCUUAGAAUUAUCUGUUGUAGAACUAUAGUUCCCUGGAAACCUAGAAUAACUACAGUCUUCAGGUUGAGUGUUUUCGGGUUGUGCCCCGCGGCGACCCUGAAGUAAUGGAACAUGUUACUUCCGGGUUUCACCGCUCGCGCAUGCGCAGAUGCUCAAAAUGAUGUCACGUGCAUGCGCAGAAGCAGCAAAUCGCGACCCAUGCACGAGCAGACGCGGGUUGCGUUGACUUCAGGAUGCCAACGGGGCUCUGGAACGGAUCCCGUUCGCAUCCAGAGGUACCACUGUAUUAAAAUCAGUGUUAGCUGUGGUCUAAACUACUGAGCCUCUUGGGCUUGCCGAUCAGAAGGUUGGCGGUUUGAAUCCCUGCAAUGGGGUGAGCUCCCAUUGCUCGGUCCCAGCUCCUGCCAACCUAGCAGUUUGAAAGCACACCAAAAAAUGCAAGUAGAUAAAUAGGUACCACUCCAGCAGGAAGGUAAACAACGUUUCCGUGCGCUGCUCUGGUUUUGGUGUUCCGCUGUGCCAUAAGCUGCUUAGUUAUGCUGGCCACAUGACCCGGAGAAACUGUCUGCGGACAAACACCGGCUCCCUCGACCUGUAAAGUGAGAUGAGCACCGCAACCCCAGAGUCGUCUGCGACUAAACUUAACUGUCAGGGGUCCUUUACCUUUACCUUUAAUUCUCAUUUAGGGGUAGGUGUGUCUUUGGGCUGUGCUAGGUAAAGGUAAAGGGACCCCUGACCAUUAGGUCCAGUCGUGACCGACUGGGGUUGCGGCACUCAUCUCACUUUAUUGGCCGAGGGAGCCGGCGUACAGCUUCCGGGUCAUGUGGCCAGCAUGACUAAGCCGCUUCUGGCGAACCAGAGCAGCGCACGGAAACGUCGUUUACCUUCCCGCCGGAGCGGGACCUAUUUAUCUACUUGCACUUUGAUGUGCUUUCGAACUGCUAGGUUGGCAGGAGCAGGGACCGAGCAAUGGGAGCUCACCCUGUCGCAGGGAUUCGAACAGCCGACCUUCUGAUCGGCAAGUCCUAGGCUCUGUGGUUUAACCCACAGCGCCACCCGCGUCCCUUGGGCUGUGCUACUGGGCUGUAAAUGGGAAGUCACAAAAUUAAAUGUUCUUCCAUACUAAUGCAUAAAUAAAAUUCCUCUCCUUAGAGGGAAAGGGUUCUAGCAUAGCCUUAUUUCUUACACUUGCUUUUCUAUAUGCAGCGGUUAUUGAUUUCUUUUGCAUGGAGGACUCUGUAGUCACUAGUGAUACAAUCCAGGCAGAGGCUUACUGUUUUGUGUAGAUUCUCAGGCCCUCACGAUGUUGCUGUGUUUUCCAAAUAAACAUGCAUAGGAUUAGGCUGCCAGUGGGUUAUCGCUUUCUGUCCCAUUUAUAGUUUUAUAUCUGCUUAUGCAGUUUUAGGCCAGGAGAAGUUGAAUUCUUGACAGGAGAAGGGGAGCAAAAGAUGAAGAGAAGACAGGAAAAGUAUUGAGCUCUCAUUUUGGUAGAGACUUGAAAGCAUUCCUUUACUAAAGAAGAGACGGUUGGGCGAUAUGUGUGUAACCAUUCACUGCACAGGUUUCUGGAAGGAAAGAAGUUUGCUUGAGAGUCAAAACUGUCUGUAUUCUUACUUUUGUAGAUGAAAAAAAAUGGUGUGUACAGAGUUUUCUGUAUCUAGGCAGAUCAGAAGUGUUUGGCUUGGUUUCUUGAGAACAUGGUUUAUUACCUUGAAAAACAAUAGGACUUUAAAUACCAGAUAAUAGUGAGAAGAGACCCAGAGCCAUUUAGGCUGAUUUUCUGUAGACUGCAAGUUGCUGCCUUCCGUUUUACAGCUGUCACAGAUUCAAAUGGCACCAAGUACAUGAUCAGCAGAAUAUGUGGUACUGAUAACUGAUCAGUAUCUCAGAGCAUCAACUUGCGCCAGCGUUUGCCAUUUAAAAAAAAGUGCUUGGGUGAACUAGUCUUCAGUACAGUUGCAUUUUACAAAUAUUUAACUUGCAUGAUUCGAACCAUAUGCAGUUGAAGGCUGGUUGACUGAAAUUUUGCAAGUUAAAUGCAAGGAAGAUAGAAGGCUUUAAAGCUCUUUCUGCACUGAGUUUUGCCUGCAUGAAAAUAACUUUCAGCUCUCUGCUUUGCUUGGGGGGUGGGGGCAAGGCACACACAGAUUUGCGCACUGGUGCAAGAUCUCACAGGGCUGUCCAGUUCCUGCGAGGUCUCAUGCAAACAUCCCUACCCUUCCAGGGUUGGCGUGCUGAGUGAGCCUUGCCUGGCAAGCAAGGGAGACAGCUUAAAAGCUCUUUCUGCACUGGGAAAACCCAGCGGAACAAUAAGUUUCUAAACAUUCUUACUGGCUCACUUGCUGCUUCUUCAAAUCCCUCUCUGCAGACUCAGAAAGGCGAACACCCACAGAAAGAAUGCAUGGUUCUGAUUGGCUUAGGGUGGGCUGAUUGACUUAGGUUGGGGAAACUGAGUCUGCCCCCCUCAGCUCAUUACAGGCAGCGACCAUUUUAUGCAAAUCAUGCUCAUGCUCAUCGCUGCCAAUAUGGAAGUGGUCUGAAAAAGGGGCGGGGUGGGCUUAUGUAAGCUCCGCUUACAUGCAUGGGGGGUCAGGAAUGGAACGCCCGGCCAAAAGGAUUGCCACCUGUAUAAGACAUAGCUUGGUUUUCACCCCCCUCAGUGGCUUCUUACAAAAAAAAGGGGAGGGGAAUGAGCAAAAGAAUCCACUGCCCUACGGAAGCCGUUUCUGUGGGAUAGAGAGUUGCGGGAGACUGGGUGGGACCUGCUGGUAGUGAUUAUUCUGACUGGCUAACUAGAGGAGAUGGGCAGAAGCAUCUAGGAAGCCUCUCAGUUGGUAUUUCCAGCACUGACCAUAGGUGGCUUUCCAGAGUCUCUGGUGGAAAGCUCCCUUCCCAAGCGCUGCUUCCUUUGAUGCUUUGAACUGAACUGUCGUGGGCUGAACCUUGAGCCAUGUCAUCACGAAUCAGCUGCUCUUCUUCCCCCACCUAUUUUUGUUUUCAUCUUUAUGCUGCGGAGCAUACCAUCAUGAAAUUUGGCACCCCCACAUAAUUUCUCAGGUGCAAAGAAAUGUUGAGUGUUCAAAAACAAGUUGACUCCCCCCCCCUUGGUACAUUGUUGGCGAUUCUUACUAUUCUGUUUAAAGAGAAUUCCCAGAUGACAUGAAAUCACUUCCAUGAAACCAUUACACAUGCAUAUAUACUCUUCUCUCUGCAAUCCCCUGUCAUUCAUCCUCUUGUUUGGCUUCCUGUUGAGUAACGCCGCCUAGGUGCUUGUGUUAUUCUGAUGAUGAACUAGCUGUUGGAAUGGCCAAUCAACUCGCUCCCACCGUCCCAGAUAGCCUCAGACUGGCAGGAAACAUAAGCCUCUUCACAUCCUGUUUUUCCUUGACUUCUUUGAACAUACACGUUUAGCAGUCUACUUUUGUUGAGAGAGAAUUCACAAUGGUGAGCCCAAAUCCUUCUCUUGUGUGCUGUUUAUAUAGAUUCUCUUGCUUCCUAACCCGUUUUUAUUUUGUGAUGGCUGUUUUGAAAAAUAGUCCUGGUAUAUCUCUGGCAGGAUUUUUCUUCCGGUUGAUACUUAUCUCUCCAGGGUGGACGGGGUGAGGGGUAGGGAGUGGCUUUUGGAAACAACUUUUAUGCCUUUACAGUGGUACCUCGGGUUACAGGCGCUUCAGGUUACAGACUCCGCUAACCCAGAAAUAGUACGGUACUUCAGGUUAAGAACUUUGCUUCAGGAUGAGAACAGAAAUUGUGUGGCGGUGGCAGUGGGAGGCCCCAUUAGCUAAAGUGGUACCUCAGGUUAAGAACGGACCUCCGGAUCGAAUUAAGUUCUUAACCUGAGGUAUCACUGUAAUCCUUUCUGGGAGACUUAGCAGGAUUGGCUAAUACAUCCUGUAGGGUAAGGCCGUUCUCCCCCCAACCCCCCCCCCCAAAUCUAAUGCCUGAAGAGGGCUAUUGUGUUUGCUGAAACAGAUUGACAUAACUGCCCCUCUGUACCGCAGUUGACUCAUCAGCCUGUAAAAGGGACAACAUCUGGACAACCUUUACGUGGCCUCUGGAAGAUGGGCAUAAAAUAGGCCAGGUAGGGGUGUUUUUGGAAAUGGAUUCCAUAAGGAGGUUGUUCAAGAGAGAACACUUGGUCCUGUGGCCUUGCAGUUCUGUGUGAACACAGCCGAUUCCCUUUGGCAUGUCUAUGGGUGACGCAUGUAGCAGGAGAUGUUCAUUCAGGUAGGCAGAGUGCAUAAUGCCCGGGGCUUUAAAAUCCAUUGUCGACACUUUGAAUUGGACCUGGAAGCUAAUAAGGUAGGUGGUCCUCGCAACCGAAACAGAAGUUGUACGCUCUUUGCAACUCACGUUUGUGUGUAUAAAAAAUAAACAAUGGAUCAAAACUUGGCUGAAAUCUUUUAGAAAAAAUUCGUUUUGAACUUGCAGUGGCUUUCUUUCUAGCAUGACUUAAUAUGUAUUUAUGUUUCUUUUUUUUUAAAAGACGUUUGAUGCAAAUGAUCUCUAUCAGGGACAGAACUUCAGCAAGGUGCUUAGCUCCUUGGUUGCUCUAAAUAAAGUAACAGCAGGUAAGUAGAAUCCAUUUCCUCCUACUUCAUUUACUCGCUGUUCUGUAUUUUGCUUGUUUGUUUUGCUCUGAACUGAAAGUGUCUAUGUUUCAGGUUUUUUUAAAAAAAGAAUUCACUGCAUUUACCAUUCAGCAGCAGGAUUUUUAUUUCAUUUCAUUUCUUGCUCCGCUCUUGUGACACUCCGGCUCACAACUCCCCCAGUAGUCCUUGAGCUGAAUAUGCUUCCUUAACUAAAUAAACAAACUAUAGCUGAAUAGCUCUGUUGAUGAUCACGCCCAAGUCAUUAGCUUGGAAUUUGCUUGGUUUUCAGUGUUACCUGCACAAGCGACCCAUUUCCGUACUUUGAUACUAUUUGGAAUAUAUUUGGCGUGGGUGGCGCUGUGGGUUAAACCACAGAGCCUAGGACUUGCUGAUCAGAAGGUCAGCGGUUCGAAUCCCCGCGAUGGGGUGAGCUCCCGUUGCUCGGUCCCAGCUCCUGCCCACCUAGCAAUUUGAAAGCACGUCAAAGUGCAAGUAGAUAAAUAGGUACCGCUCCGGUAGGAAGGUAAAUGGCGUUUCCGUGUGCUGCUCUGUUUUGCCAGAAGUGGCUUAGUCAUGCUUGCUACAUGACCCGGAAGCUGUACGCCGGCUCCCUCGGCCAAUAAAGCAAGAUGAGCGCCGCAACCCCAGAGUCGGUCACGACUGGACCAAAUGGUCAGGGGUCCCUUUACCUUUACCUUACAGAACACCUCUAUUUUCUAAGUAGUAAUAUAUACCUACUGUGUCUGUUUUGGUGUUCAUCCCAUGCUCCCUUUUUUCCAUUUUAAGAGGAUAGAUGGACAAUUGUCCCAUUUUCAGAUUUUUCUAGUAAUACUGUGGUGUGUACGUUUGUUGUUUUGAUUAUAGGUUCACCUCUAAUGAUUUUGAUACCCCAUGAGUAUGGGGCAUAAAUGUCACUGUCUCUUAAAGCACUCAUGUGCGUGCAUGCACAAGCAUACACCUAACAGUCCAUAAUAUUAGUAUUUGUGUUAAUGCCUUUUUUAUUGCAUAAAGCCCAUGUGAGGCCCGGAGGGUGGCAACACAAGAACCGGCUUCCUCUGAUGUGUUUGCACACAUCAUUGAAUAUGGACAACAGUAGAGCUGAGGAAUAAUCUAGCAGAAGUCCCUUUGAAAGCAAUCUAAUUGAAAGUUUAUUUUAUUAUAUGUGUCACUCACUUUUUUUUCAAAACUGGCUCUCAAACCAGUUUACAUCUACAAUAUACCAUAUAUUACGGAUAUAGGUUUUGUGGUAGGCUAUUCUGGUUCCUGGUAGUUGGUGUCAUAGUCUAGGAUUGUUGUAGGAUUUCUUCCAGAGAGAGAAGGAGCUGCAAAUGGACUUGGGGGGCUAGUAGAUUAUAAAGAUGCAUUUAAGUGCUCAAUUGUAUGAGCCUCAUUGAAUUCAGUGGCACUAACAUUCCCAUAUGAUGUGCCUAUUAUAAUACAACAACAACAACAAUUUAUUAUUUAUACCCCGCCCAUCUGGCUGAGUUUCCCCAGCCACUCUGGGUGGCUCCCAAUCGAGUGUUAAAAAGGGCUGCCUUCAGAUGUCUUUUAAAAAUAGGAUAGCUGCUUAUUUCCUUGACAUCUGAUGGGAGGGCGUUCCACAGGGUAGGCGCCACUACCAAGAAGGCCCUCUGUCUGGUUCCCUGUAACUUCGCUUCUUGCAAUGAGGGAACCGCCAGAAGGCCCUCAGCGCUGGAUCUCAGUGUCCGGGCUGAACGAUGGGGGUGGAGAUGUUGUGCCUCCCUGAAUAUAGGAAGAGUGGGCUAUAUACAUUUAAAUAAGUUUAGACCCCUGAAAAUGUUUCAUGAUUUGUUUAUUUUGCUACUGUUGUUGGUGUACGGUUCCUUCCUUUCCCAAAUGAGACAGUGAGGACUUUACCUACCGGCCUCUUCUUCCCACCCCAUCUCUGCUGGAUUUCUUGCCUGAUCCAACUAAGGUGACACAUACAUGGAAGUGGUACACCAUCCUAAUCAUUUCAAUAAUAAUAUCACUUUUGGGGUCAGGGACAGGUGGUCUAAAUUGGUCUAAAUGUGCCUCCUGGUGUGGAUAUGAAAGUGUGUCCUCAUGCAUUCCAUUUGAUUUUGGGGAAUGAGGGGUGUGAUUAUUAUCAUUUGCUUUUGAAGUGAAUUUUGCCUGCAUACCUGUUGGAUGCAUCUGCCCAGAGAUCCUUUCCAAGCUCAUCUCUUCCCGUUUUGGUACUCAGUAUAUUCCUAUGAAGACAACUCGCUUUACAGAUCCGAGGGAUGAUAAAAUAUAGUUCUGUUGUCUUGCAUAGAAGUAGGUUAAUUCAAGUAAUUUGCAUCUUACACGUGCAUUUCUGGGAAUUCUGCACUUCUGUUUUAGGAAAUCAAAUAUAAAUGUUUGUCCCCAGCACAAAUUUUAUAUAUGUGUGCCUUACUGAAAUGCUAAUGUUUCAUGGUUAUCUCUUUUCAGAUAUUGGGCUAGGAAGUGAUUCUGUGUGUGCAAGGCCAUCAUCUCAUCGAAUAAAAUCUUUUGAUUCCCUGGGAUCCCAAUCUUUACAUAGCAGAACCUCAAAACUUUUUCAGGGCCAGUAUCGAAGUCUGGUAAGUGCUGACCUAUUUCUAUUCUCUUUUUCUUUUCACUCUCCUUAAUUAGUGCUGCAAAGUGAGAAGCUUGACUCAGAUUCACAGAUACUUGAUCAUUGCCUUCUCACCUAUCUGUAGCAUAAGCCUUUGAGACUUUAAAUAUGUUUUGUGCUGUUUUGAGGAAUCUGCUUUCAGAUUAUGCAGAUUCAUGGGUUGAGAUCAACAAUUCAGUGCAGUCAGGUGUUGCUUAAACCCACUAGUGCACCAGUGAGGUUUAAGUGUGCUUAACUACUGGCUUGUGGCCAUAGAGUCCUAGAAAUGGUGUAUUUGUAAACAGAGCCCAUAGCCAUCUAGUUCCUCCAUGUUUGUUAUCAGGGGCAACCCAGUCAAAUGGGCAGCAUGUUGUUGUUGUUGUUAUUCUGUGCACUAUCUUAAGUCAUAAUAUAUGGAAGACAAGACCUCUUUACUCGCUGGGGAGGGUGUGUGUCCAAGAAUUACAUUUGUGUUUCAUUUUCCGCUUAGGGUUUAACCAAUUAAAUUUCAGUGUUGCGUCAAACAUUGGUCCUACUUAGAAAUGACCCAUUCAGACCAAUGUAUUUAAGUUAGCCAUGCCCAUUCACUUUAAUGGUUCUGCUCUGAGUAAGGCUAGUGCUAGUUACUGCCCUCGGCAACCAAGUUGGCCAAUGUCAAAUGAAUUCGUUCAGUUCCAGGUCGCACGACAAAAUGUGUGAUGAGAAAAUAAGGCACACGAUAAAGCAGUUCAAAGCAAAAUAAUAGGUCUAAAACUUUUACAGCUAAGGGGUAUGAAUCCUACUUUAAAAGCAUACUACCUAAGUACUAAAUAAAUCCCAAAGGCUUCUUUCAUUUGUACUUUUUAAUUAUACAAUCAUACACAUACAUAGGUGAAGAAGCAACCUAUGCUUUUGGUCUGAACCCGGUAACCUGAUUUUUUGUUUAGGGAGGGGGUGGUUCUAUUCUGUUUCAUACUUGGCUAAGACUUCUGGAUAAUGGUUCAAGUUCUGUUCUGCUUCAGGAAAAAAUAAGGGUUUAUUCUAGUUUGUUUAUUUAUUAGAUCCCAUAUUUUCUGGAAGGAGGACACAGUGGCAUGCUUGUUUCCCGCCCUAUUCAAUUUAUCUUCAUAACAACCCUGUGAGGUAUAUUAGGUCAUCAGGCAGUGACUGGCCCAUGGUUACCCAGUGAGUGGUUGAAUUCGAACCCUGUUUCUUGGUUCAGAUUUUGUUGAAUCCGUGGUUUUUUCAGUUUUUGAAGUAUGAUUAAAAUCUGUGAGAGUAAAUCAUAUUAGUUCAUAUAAAUGUUGUUCCUCUGCUUGUCAUCUCAGACUUUUUCUGCUGAAAGGCAACUAACCAAUGAUAUGCACCAGGUGCAGAGAACCAGUGAUUUUCUAGAUGCUGUCGGACUCCCAGAUCCUAUCAGCCCCAGCUUAGAUGGCUGUUGGUCAAGGGAAUGAUGGGAAUUGCUGUCCAGCAACAUUACAGUGCCUCACCCCUGAUAUAAAUUAAAUGAACAAAAUGAGGCCCACGUCUUAUGAUCAGUCCUUGCCAUUUGAUGCUCACUUUCUUCCUACUGUGUGAACUUUUAUAGAACUAUGUAGAAAUAGCCUCUGUGUUUGAUUUGAAGGUUAGCUUGGUAUGGUCAAGGUAUCCCGUGCAUUUCCAGAAAUGGCAAAUCUGCCGAACAAUGACUGUUCACACUGUUUGCAAAGGGCAAGGUUGGUGUCAAGCUGAUGGAGGAAUUGGCAUCCAUGUUCUAGAAUUGAGUAAGCGGCCAUGCCACUUCUUUUGAGGAUGUCUUGUACUCUUUACUCCUGAAGUUUCUAAGCAGCUGAAAGUACUGCAUACUUUCCACUAGUCAAAGCAGCCAUAAAUCCUGAAAUCAGUGGCUGGCUUUAUUCCAGUCUGUUUUGAAUGACUCCACCCAUGGAUGUGAAGGAGUGCUUGUAUCCUUUCAUACACUUUGUUUUGCAUCAGUCGGCGAUGUCAGCUUAUACUGAUUCACACAUACAGGCUGGGACAUUAAAUGAAAGAGCUCUUAGGGCACUCCUAGGAAAGUGAUAGCAGGCAUCUGUUUUGACUUAACUUUUCCAUCAGUACGCAGUUGCAGGUUCAGUUUGGAAAAUGUUGCAGCAAAUAUGUGUGGGUGGGUGAAUUUUCAAUUCAUGCCAAGUUUCACAGUAUAAGCUUGGGAAAGUAUCAUGGGCUUCAUAAUAUUCUAGGACCUUUGCCUGUCUUGUGUGCCUGGGGACCAUGACUGUUUACUACAUGUUCCUAGACUCCCAAAUCUUAUAGAAAUGGCAUGGUUAACCCAUUGUACAACCACGGAGACCUUUCUUGUUCUUCAGCCUGUGAAAAAGCUGUCUUAUUAUCCUGCACUGGGGAUUUGCAGAUGCUGUUUCAUACAUCUCACUCAGUUAAAUUCUGUUAACAUUUUGAAAAAGUACCUAAAACUUUUGUUUUCGCUUGUCUUAUCACUUCUAGGAUAUGACAGAUAACAGCAACCACCAGCUGGUGGUAAGAGCAAAGUUUAAUUUUCAACAAACCAAUGAAGAUGAACUUUCUUUUACAAAAGGAGAUAUUAUUCACGUUACAAGAGUGGAAGAAGGAGGCUGGUGGGAAGGAACUCACAAUGGCAAGACAGGCUGGUUUCCCAGCAAUUACGUACGAGAAGUAAAAUCAAAUGGUGAGUUUCAAGAGUCUGCUUAUAAACUGCUCAAACUUGCUUUCUUUGUGGAUUUCUAUGUAACAUAUAUAUUUGUGAUGAUGCAUGCCAAUGUGUGAAAUUCUUUAAUCUACCUUUUGUGCAUCAGGGCAGGGCACUGAAUGAGAGGUUUUAUUCUGAAAACUCCAGUACGUGUAUUGACAAUAUAGUUAGGUGCAUUGCACGCAGAUACACAGAUUUCCUUUCAUGUUAGCAGCCUCAGUAAGAUCCCCACACAUUACGUGACUGCUAAGCAGGUGUAUGCUCUGACACUUGUUUACAAGUUACUAGUUUUCACAUUUGGAUUUCUAGCCCUAGUGAAGAUGGUUCACUGACCAGUGGUAGGGAAUGUAAAGCUCCAGGUCUUAUCUUUCAUUUUAAAAGAAUACACUGUGUAAUGUGUUCCAGAGUCUCCAGGCUAGGAUUUAUAACAAAUGACCCAUAUUCAGUGCUUUUCCUUCUUGUCACACAGCAAUUUAACUCCAUAAGUUUUCAGUCAACUACAGUUUCCUGUAUUGUCCAAACUGGGAAACAAUGGGUUUGGAACAAGGCAGACUUUUUAAAAAAUCUUCAAAUUGUGGUUUAAGAUCCUGGCUUGUUCUAAAAGUGGAACAAGGCACUGUUAUUAAUUGAAGACAUCUUAGCUUACCGCAGUGUGCUGAUGGAACAGACUCUGCGAACAUGAAACACUCAGGCAAAAGGACUCAUUCAUAUCUUUGUUUACUAAGCCGAGACGGAUCCAUAGGAAUGAGCUGUGUGCUUGUAAAUAAAUAGCUGAAGUAAAUGGUCCUGAACCUUGCUGCAACAAGAUUUAAGAGGAGCAUUUUGUUUGACCUCUAGUGUCUGAGCUGUGAAAUUGCAUCCUACUGCUAAUGUAUUCCUUAUUUCAGAAAAACCUGUCUCCCCAAAAUCAGGAAGCCUGAAGAGUCCACCAAAGGGAUUUGAUACAUCUGCAAUUAGCAAAAGCUAUUAUAAUGUGGUGAGUAAUCUUUAUUUGAAUUUCUUGUGCACUACUUGUCCAUAGAAUCUUGCUUAAGGCUAGAGCACCGAAGUUGAUGAUGUCAUGGUUUGGUGUGGGUUUUUUUAUUAUUAUUUUUUGCAAAUGAUAUUCAUCUGCAGGAUCUGGGCACCUUAAACCAUUAUUUGCUAAGCUGCAGAGAGCCCACUAGCCAUGUAUUGUGGCAAACCAGGAUGCUUGACAACAACUCCUGCCCGUUUUUGUAUUCCAACAUAGGCAAGAAACCAGAAAGCUGCCCAGCUCCCAGUAUGCCACUAUAUGUGGCUUGAAGGCUCAUAGGUUUACAGUCUUGGCUUAAAGAAUUGGAACCCAAAUGCUGAAGUGAAAGGCUGAUGUUUAAAUAUCGGCCAGUAUUUGGAAGAGCUGGCACCUUAUAUGCCUACUGGCACAAAAUACUGUGGUACCUCGGGUUACAUAUGCUUCAGGUUACAGAAUCCACUAACCCAGAAAUAGUACCUCGGGUUAAGAACUUUGCUUCAGGAUGAAAACAGAAAUCGCGCUCUGGUGGUGCGGCGGCAGCAGCAGGAAGCCCCAUUAGCUAAAGUGGUGCUUCAGGUUAAGAACAGUUUCAGGUUAAGAACGGACCUCCAGAACGAAUUAAGUAUUUAACCUGAGGUACCACUGUAUAUGAUUCUAGUGAUACAAAACAGCACAAGAUGAAUAAGGAAGAGCCCAUGAUCAAGUCUGAGUAGUUUCCAAGGACGUUAUCCAAAUAAGUCGUUUUGUUAGCGCAAGAUCUUCCUGUCUGCAAAAUGGAAUCUCCUCCCUACAUGCUUCCUGCACCCUCCCCGAAUCUGCUUCGGAGGGUUGGGGGAAAACCCCAUAGCAGAUUUAGGGAGUGCAGGGGGAGAGGAGAAGACAAGGCAUCCAAUUACACAGGUGAAUGUCUUUGCACUAACAGAACUACUUUGUUGAAGACCGCCCCAAAUACCCAGCUCAGUUUGAAGACUGUCUUUGUGCAAAAAUGAAAAGGUGUUUCCAUAAGUAGUGGGUACUGCAUGAUUUGUGUUUAUGCAGUGUGAAUGAUUGCGGUAGGGAGAUCAGGUGGGAGCUGAUGUAAGACAGAACUGGUGUGAUGUGUAUGUGUUGGUGGGGUGAGUGUGGCAUAUUUUGCGAGUCAGAAUGUGCCUUGGCAAGAGGGCGGUUGAAGAGGGAAUGGAUGGUGCUUCUAUUCAGGUGGUUAUGGGUAGGAGAGAGUAUGGGGAGUGAAGGGCGGGGAGGUCAGAGGGUUGCAAACCAUACCCCCCUCUCUCUGAACUUCCACCCAUCUUACAGAUACUUGUUGGCCAGGCUACUGCAUCCUGACACUUGAUAUGUUUCUUUUGUUAUGUGCAUUGUAUUUGCUAUCUUUUUUUGUAAACUAUUUAGUCUUGAUUUGGUAUUAAGCAGUAUGUAAAAAAUGAAAUGAAAGUCAAGAGGCUGUGCUCCUGAGCUCUCUUGUAUUUGCAAAUUCUUUUGUCAGAAAAGAGUGAGUGAGGGCUAAUGCACACAUUGCUAUUCCUGUUCUCCUUAUGAUCUUCAUAGGAAAAGGAAGGAAGGUUUUUGAUGUGUGCCUUAAUAGCACCUGAAUCAGGUGUUUAAAGGAGCUUUUCCAGUUCCACAUAUUGGCCGUGUCAUACAUUGGGAAGGGAGUGCACCAUCCUCAUGUGAUUGUGGAAGAGCCCUGUUCCACCACACAGAUAAUGCUAAAUAUACAAUGGAUACAUUCCAUAAGAAUGUCUGAUCAGUGAUGUAGAGGCCUAGUCUGUGCAGUUUUUCCCUCUUACAUGGAAUACUUUUAUUUCUAUUUUAUUGAUGUCACAGAAGGAAGAAGGCAAGGUCUCUUCUGCACCUUGCAGGAAUGGUUCUCCGUCACCCAGACUGGGACUUAGACUUACAACUGUAUGUUCAAAUCUUAUGACAAGACGCCAUCUUUGGCCAUUUUCUCUCAGGACUUCUUCCUGUGGAACGAUGGUGGCGGUUCCCCUACAUCUGUUUGUAGGGAGCCUAUUUAUGGCCUUCCUCCAGAUGUUGUUGGACUCCAGUUCCCAUUUCCAGCAGUCAGCUGGCCAGCGUUCAAAGAUGAUGGAAGUUGUAGAACACCAAUAUCUGGAGUCCCCUGUGUCUCCUACCAUUGCCCUCCUCAAAGGAGGUUAUUCCAAAUGAAUUAAGAAAGGGAACAAUUGAGCCGAUUGGGAUAGUAAUUUUUUUUUUAAACAAUGUUUGAAAAGUGAAUAUGUAAUAUGCAAAUUUUAGAGAACUUCACUGAUGAAAUGUAACUUGCACUCUUGAUGAGGGCACAAAAUCUAAACAUUGCUGAAAAAUAUUAAAAGGGUGCUUGUCACAGCUGGAAUGUUAGUCUUUGAGAAUGCUGAGUAAAUCUGUCACUUGUCUCUCACUUGGUAGUUGACAUGUGAAUCUGUGAAGAGUAUUUCUUGGGGAAAGCUUUUUCAUAAUGACUCCCAGGGUCCAAAAACAUUCCUCGUAAAAUUCAGAAAAGUCGCUGUGAAGUUAUUAAACUCAGCCCACAUUUUUCAUGGCUUUGUUUUUGUGUGUGUUUUUUUAAAAGGAAUGUUCACACAUGUUAUGAGUUGCGUGUAAACGGACUUGAUGAAGAUUUCCUAAAAUAGAUCAGGAGACAGGCCCCUGUAAUUUUGUGGACUUUUAGCAAUCUCUUGUAUAGUGUUGAAUUUGGUUUUAUCUGUUAUUAUCUUGUGACUAUUUGAAAUUUGUCUAUUUAGAGAUACACACCAUUAUUUCUGCAUUACAUAUUUUUGACUUUUUAUUCUGCAUAUUCUCAGUUCUUCUGUUUCUAGGAUGGGCGGGGGGAAAGUAUAUGCUAUUACAUGCAAAAAUAAAAUAAAAAAUAAUAAUGCAAGGAUCUAUUUUGCUCCAAAAAGUUUUUAGGUACUUAGGCAGCUUCUCUUUAUGAUUGUGUAUCUCCCCCCCUUUUUUUUUUAGUGUAGUGGAAGAAAAAACAUUGUAAAGUGGCCCUAAGUUUCCUUUCACCUGAUAUCAAAACAGUCAUUUAAGCAGUUUUGUUAUUUAUUCUUUUGAAUAAAAGAAUAGUCAAAGUUAGGGAUGAUAACUGGACAUUGUGUGAGCGAACUGUUAGACAUACUUGAUAUUUUUCUCCCCUCUUGUGACUGAGGGAAUAGCUCACACUGAAUGAAUCCAGCUCUUUAUGCUUUUCAUUUGUGUGCAGACUGCUAAAGGUUACCAUGUCUGUGAAAGCAGCCCACAGUUGGUACCUAGUUCCAUCAGAUGGUGAUGGAGCUUUUGGAACGGGGUCUUUGAAAUUUCAUGGGUUCUUGCAGCAGCCAGAAUGUGCAGAAAGCAGGAAAGAGGAGAAAGGUGAUUAUUAGAGCAGACAAGCAGGGUGGCGAGAUUAGAAACCGUGAGGUGCAGCUAUGCUGAAUGUGAAGUAUUACUAUGUUUGAUGCCUUGUAACCUCCAAAAAUAUUGUAAAUGUGAAUUGUCUGCCUGGGAGGCAGGUAAGUGAACUUGAAGCCCAUCCAAAAACAGUGAGACGGAAAGAAAUUGUGAGAAUUGAGAACUUUCUGCAUAAAAAUCAGUAUGAAUCUUGAAAGUCAAAAUAGACUUUUUUUUUAAAUGGUACUUCAUGAAUGCAGGUAAUGUAAAGGAGAAUUAUUUAAACUUCGGGAACAUGCUUAUUUGUGGGAAUUUAAUUUACACUUAGCCGAAAUGCAGCUCUGUUAGCUGCUGGUAAUUAAGAAACUGUGUUACACAGCAUGUUUUAAUUUAGAUACGGUUUAUUUUCUCAGAUUAGCAAAUAUACUGUGUGCAUUUUAAAAUUAAAAACAGUUAAUUUAAAAAAAAUUAAGAGUGGUACUAUUAAGCAUCUCUUAAUAGGAUCACUCUUAAUUCAAAGACUAAUGCAGUUAAUUAAUGUUUUUUCAGAGAUCAGAUCAUGAGAAUACACCUUGAUGACUCCUGCUUAAAAAUGAUGCAAAAUAGUUCCAGUGUAAUACUUGAAAGCCUUAUAAAAUGUUUCUGCUAGAUGCUUAUUUAAUACCCCCUUCCCCACAUACAAGGCAACUUUUGCUGAUUGUUGGUUUUGUAAUGCAGCAGGCAACAGGUUUCUAUGCAUCGCCUAGUUUUGCAUGCGAUAGUGUUGUGGUCUGCUGAUGUUUCAACACUGUCUUUUCUUUCUAAGAUAUAAUUUAUUAAUCUUUCUGCUUCUUGUGUGCAAGCCAGUACUUUCUGACUGACUAAUUAAUAGCUUAUGUGUUCUUUGUGGCAUCUGUCCUUCGUAGCGCUUCUUGCAAAAUGGAGACAUUUUAAUCUUCGGGGCAGGAGUCAAGUUACCAACAAAAGAAUGAACUCAGAAAUUGUCUCUCCCCCCCCACCCUCCGCGCCCUCUCUUCAGCUGAAUAGGCCUAUUCAAAGGAAUAAAACUGAGUUCAGCAACACUAAUGAAAGAAGCAGUGAAUUCUCCGUUUCAAAUAGUUAAGCAUGCCACUUGUUUCAUCAGGUUUUCAUAUAGACAUCUGGCAUGAAUAAUGGUUUUAUGCCCAUACCAACUAUAAACUGCUGUAUUGAAUAAUGUAGUUAGGCUAACGACAUCCUAAGAUCAUGGGGGUCCUAGGAGAUCAAUUGCAUUAUAUUGGCCUUCCCAAAGUAAUAAGAAAUUGGGGGUUUAAAAGGGAAAGUAGUGGUAAAAACGGAUAGCUUAUUCUUGCAGAUUGCAAUGCUCUUAGCAACUAUUGAAAACUACUACAUUUCCCUACUCCUAGGGCAGUUCUGUUGUACACCUAGCAGUGUUAGAAACUCAUAUAUAAGCUAGGUGCUAAACGGCUCCUUAAAAUGUCUGGUUGCCAUUUUUGGGUAAGACAUCUCCAAAGUCUUAUUUUUCAAAUGAUGGACUGACUGUGAUUGAUUCUCAGUUAAACAUCUGGCUAGGUCAGGCGACAGCCUUGAACUGGGUUAAGAGCUUUGAAAACUUAAAGAAGAAAAGUCACUUGAUCCAGGGACAGUCCUCAUAUACAGUGGUACCUUGGGUUAAGUAUUUAAUUUGUUCUGGAGGUCCGUACUUAACCUGAAACUAUUCUUAACCUGAAGCACCACUUUAGCUAAUGGGGCCUCCUGCUGCCACCACACGAUUUCUGUUCUCAUCCCGAAGCAAAGUUCUUAACCUGAGGUAAUAUUUCUGGGUUAGUGGAGUCUGUAACCUGAAGCGUAUGUAACCUGGAGCGUAUGUAACCUGAGGUACCACUGUAUAUAUAUUGGCCUAUUCAGACCUCUUUUUCUGAAUGGUGACUGCUCCCACUCAGGCUGCGCAGAAAAAGCACUUGGGUUCCAGAAAUUCAUUCCGAUUGUGCAGAUAAAAUAUAAUUGAUUGUGGUAUUAGUGUGCGUAAACAGCCCAGAUCCAAUGCAUGCAUCUCCAGGCAUGCAUCUCCAGAUGGUGUAGAUGUCAGGAGGCAUCCUGGUGCCUGGGCAUCUUCACUUGGUCGCAAAAUGCCCCUGCUAAUUUCAAACACUGACAUCUAGCUGCGCCUUCACUCUAGUGGCUGUGUGUGUGUAUAAUGUUAGACAAAGGUGUGAGAAAGAAAUUCAGGGUUGCAGUACAAUGAGAUUUGGAGUUUCCGAUAUCACUCCUGUGUGCCGCUGUUUGUAGAUUGUGGCAAAAACCACACCCAAGGCAAGAAGGAGAGCUGCAGAGCAGAGUACCAUCUCACACCUUUUAAUUUCUAGCACACAUUUGUCGAGAAAUAUUAGCCAUCGCUGCCUUAAAUAAUCAAGGUGCUAUAAGGAAGAUAUGCCAGACAUAUUGCCCUUUGCAGGCAGGAUUUUUUUCCAGCCCUAACCUGGAGAUGCUGAGGAUUAAACCUGCAAAGUGUUGGUUCUACUACAGCCCUUCCCUACCAUUUUGACCCUUAAAAAACGUGCUUUUUUUUUUUCUACGCUAAUUGCUUACCUUUAAUCAAGUGCACACUUCUUCCUCUCCUAUUUACAGUCAAACUAUAGAAAACAAUAUUGGUGUCUUGACAUUUUGGUUUCCUCCUCUCUGUAGCUUUAACAUGACAGUCACAGGCUUUUUUUUAAUGUAUUAUAGGUGCUACAAAACAUUCUAGAGACAGAAAACGAAUAUGCUAAGGAACUGCAGACCAUGCUUUCUAACUACCUGCGACCCUUACAAGCUAGUGAAAAGUAAGUACAUCUUGCCGUUGAAAAACCUUAUUUGAGCCACCAUGCAUCAUGGGCAGUGUAAGUUGCUUAAGGACGCGGGUGGUGCUGUGGGUUAAACCACAAAGCCUAGGACUUGCCGAUCAGAAGGUCGGCGGUUCGAAUCCCCAUGACGGGGUGAGCUCCUGUUGCUCUGUCCCUGCUCCUGCCAACCUGGCAGUUCGAAAGCACCUCAAAGUGCAAGUACAUAAGUAGGUACCGCUCCGGCGGGAAGGUAAAUGGCGUUUCCUUGCGCUGCUCUGGUUUGCCAGAAGCGGCUUAGUCAUGCUGGCCACAUGACCCGGAAGCUGUAUGCCAGCUUCCUCGGCCAAUAAAGCGAGAUGAGCGCCGCAACCCCAGAGUCGGUCACAACUGGACCUAAUGAUCAGGGGUUCCUUUACCCUUUACCUUAAGUUGCUUAAAACCUGCUCUGCGAGGCUAUGGUGAAGGGCAGGCAAUAAAUUCAAAAAGCAUUCAUAAUAGUAGUAGAAUCCUAGAAUUGUGUUGGAAGGGACUCUUGAGGGUCAUCUAGUCCAACCCCCUGCAAUGCAGGAAUUUCAACCCUCAGGGGUCAUAGUAGUACUCUGUGGCACUGGAACAGAGAUGCACACAAUAUUAUAUCUGUUGUUUGGAGGCUAGUAUUGGGGGGGGGGCACUGUAGAAUUUAUAUUGAUCCUGAUCUUUCCUUUUGGCAGUGUGUUGAAUUAACAUUCUGUGACAUCACAACCAAUGGUUCCAAGGGCUUAUGGGUGAAAGAGACCCUGAUUUUUAGUUUGUUAGAGGUGUAUAUUGUGGGAAUUAGACUUUAGUUCUUAUUUACAGAGAACUAUGUGUAUGUGGGUUGUUUGACCCUUUAAUUCUCUUUUCCCUCCUGUUAAAAACUACGAAAGAUGCUCUCUUUUAAAAUUGAAAGAAUGUAUAACUUUUACCUGGUGUACUUGCAGUUACGGUGUAAAAAUAUAUAUACAGUGCAGGUGGAUUUUUUUUUUUAGUUGCUAAAGCACCUUAUGUUGAUUAAACUGUUACAGACGAACAAACAUUUACAGACUGACUGAUAGUCUGAGGCAGACAGCAGCACAACACAACAUAACCUGCUGCUUUAACUGUUGGGAAUCGCAAUAAAUAAGAUGAAAGAUAUAUAUAUAUAUUUAUUAAAAGAUGAUCCAAAAAGAACUCCCUUAAGAGAAUCAAGUCUUUUUGUCUUAAGACAGUCUUUAAAAGAAUCUUUCCAAAAAAAUUUUUAUAAAAUAAUUCCAGUAGCACCUUCAAGACCAACUAAGUAUAAGCUUUCUAAGUAUGAGCUUUUGUGUGUAUACACACUUCUUCAGAUACUCUGAGGGAGAGGUCGCUACAUCCUUAUAACUGUUGAUGGCUGUUAAUGAUGGCAGAUGGUUCCACAGGGAUGGGCAAGGGAUUUUUAAAAGGACAGAUGACCAAAAUUAGCUUUAGCAUGUAUAAUGGGACAUGAAUCCAAUAUCACUAUUCAGACCAGGUCUCUCCAUAGUUUUUUAGUUUGGUAAUGAGUUGUAACUCAGCAACUUCUCUUUCAAGUGUAUUUCUAAAAUUCUUUUGCAAUAAGACAGCUACUUCAUAAUAAAUAACAAGAUGAAAGAUAAAAAAAUUUUUUUAUUAAAAGAUGAUCCAAAAAGAACUCUCAAGAGAAUCAAGUUGUUGAGAAUCGCGAGACUGUUAAUAACUGAACCAACUGAAAUAACUGCUGCAGAGUGUAUGACAUCACAGGAUUCUACAGCGGCUGUCAAGCAUUAUGCUGUUCUGGCAAGCUCCCUCUGCAAGUUAGCCCCAGAGAAGACGCCCCCCUCCCCGUUCCCCACCUCACACAUCUUUUAUGUAUUGCAGAGGACUUUGGCAUAGAAUCAUAGAGUUGGGUCAUCUGGUCCACCCCCUGCAACGCAGGAAUAUGCAGUGAAGCUGGCUAUGGGGGAAGCUGUCAAUCAGAGCGUAUGGAAAGCAUCUUCUGGGAUGUAUAUAGUGGGAAAGAGCUCUGGCCUGUCUCCCCGCCUCUCUAGCUUCCUGAGCCCCCAAGUGGGAAAUUGGAGGAAAGGGGGGGGUCUGUGACGUCAGGGGUGCAUGCGAAAGGAAAGUGAUUUUAUGCCUCCUAUAUUGGAAGCUAGUCUCGGCCAUAUAAGCAACACCAGAAAUGAUAUGGGCUGUUUUUCGUACAAGUGCUUAAUUUUCUUAUUUUCUUUUUGGCUCCAGGUUAAACUCUACAGAUACUUCAUAUUUAAUGGGAAAUCUAGAAGAAAUCAGUUCUUUUCAGCAAAUGCUUGUACAGUCUUUAGAAGAAUGCACCAAGUAUGUACUAUUCAAUCUAGCAAACCUGUUUAUGUUUAACUGUUUAGAAUGACACCUGGCAUCUAUAUACAUUUGUAGCCCAUACGUUGAUGUAAAUGUGUAAAUCUUGCAGUUCAAUUGCAAAGUAUGAACAAAGAACAGGAGUGACUUCUUCAAAAAUAAAAAAUAAAAAUAAUGAAAGUACUGUGCACAAACAACAACCACCACCAGUAGUUUUAUGCAAUGUGAUAAAGGAUAUUAAAGUGGUGAUUUUUAUUCUUUUAAAAAUACGCUUUCCAGCAGUAAACAUUCUUGAAGUAAAUAAUUUCAAAACAUUAAAGUUGGUGCAGCUGUAACAAUUUUGACUCUUCAGUUAGGAUCAUGGGAGUCAGCUGUUGGGUUAUUGUAUCCCUGCUUCUAGGGGAUGUGGGUGGCGCUGUGGGUUAAACCACAGAGCCUAGGGCUUGCUGAUCAGAAGGUAGGCAAUUCAAAUCCUUGCGACGGGGUGAGCUCCCGUUGCUCUGUCCCUGCUCCUUCCAACCUAGCAGUUCAAAAGCACAUCAAAGUGCAAGUGGAUAAAUAGGUGGGAAGGUAAACGGUGUUUCCGUGCACUGCUCUGGUUUGCCAGAAGCGGCUUAGUCAUGCUGGCCACAUGACCCGGAAACUGUAUGCCGGCUCCCUCGGCCAGUAAAGCGAGAUGAGCGCCGCGACCCCAGAGUUGGCCACGACUGGACCUAAUGGUCAGGGGUCCCUUUACCCUUACCUUUUAUCCCUGCUUCUAGCUUCAUUCUCUUCCUUGCUGAGUUAUCUCUCCUCCUCCGUGUUUGUCAUCCUUAUGGGCAUUCGGCACAAAAGCAAGGACAUCGAUUGUAAAAAAUAGAAGGCAUCGCACCCCAAGUAACAGCAACACAUAAUGAGCUAUCAAAUAUAUAACAAUUUUACAACAGUUUCCCCAACACUAGACUCCCAAAGCUACGCUUGGUCUUUAAGGUUACUAAAACAAAUGUCCUUGGUGAAUUUGGAAUGCAUUGCUCAUUAAGCUUCAGAACAUUUAAAAAAUUACAUUUACAUUGCUUUCUUUCAGGUUGCCUGAAACUCAGCAGCGGGUUGGUGGUUGCUUCCUAAAUCUGAUGCCACAAAUGAAAAAUUUAUACCUUGCGUACUGUGCCAACCACCCGUCGGCAGUAACCGUCCUCACAGAACACAGGUAUGUGCAUCAAGAACAAGAAAACCUUGUAAAUUUAACUUUGUUUUUCUUUCCACUUUUUAAUGGUGUUUUGCAAACAAAUUGAGGUGUUUUAUCAGGCACAAGACCGAAGAUGAAGUGGCAGCAGAUGUGAGCAUCAGUUUUGAAAUCAGCUUUUUUUAGUGGAGUAUUUGAAAAUAGGCAUGUAGAUUGAUUUCAAUAUAACUUGGGGCUCGUUAACACUUCCACUUAGAAUCAUAGUGUUGGAAGGGACCACGAGGGUCAUCUAGUACAACACCCUGCAAUGCAGGAAUCUUUCACCCAACAUGGGGUUCAAACCCACAACCCUGAGAUUAAGAAUCUCAUACUCUGCCAACUGAGCUAAGUGUGCAUCACUUGUCCUGUAGCUUGUAGGCAUUAGUCAAAUCAGUUUAGCCUUUGCCCCACCACCUCCCCCCAGAAAACAUGGUCUUUAUUGCUAAAUUGGAACAAACAUCAGUCCAGAGAAAACCCAAUUGAUACUUACUCGUAUUUAGUGGUAAACGGCAGGUUUUCUUAGAGGAAAGAGGCAGUAGUGUGGUUGAGUCCUUACUCCUGAGGGAGUGUGCACAGGUUUGCAACCUUACAAGUCCUGUAGUGCUAUUCAUAUUUAGUUCAGUGCCUGAAAUAAAUCAAAUACUUUUUAUUCAGGCACAUGACAAAGGCUUUCUUAUUCCGGCAGGCAUUUUAAGGUGGCGGUUGUGUUACUGUCCAGUUUCACAAUGAAUUUUUAUUGUUUUAAUCUCUUGUGUGAUCUAUUUUUAUAUACAUCACUUAGAAACGCUCAGGAUUCAGCAGUCCAUAAAAUGCCUUAAAUCAUUUUGUUCAUUGGAUGUGUGAGAUAAUAGUUACAGAGGUAGUUCAGGCAUAUGAUACCUUGGUUCUAAGUCGGGGAUAAGCAACCUGAGACCCUUGAAAUGAUGAUGGGCUCCAGCUUCAGCUAGUGUGGCCAGUGGCCAGGGAUGAUGGGAGUUAUAGUCUGGCAACAUCUGGAGGGCCACAUAGGUUUCCCACCCCUGCCCUACAUGAACUAGACUAGGAGAGUGGCUAUGUAAGCUCUCAGAAUACUUAGAAUUAGCCAAAUGGACAGACAUAAUAAGACAAAAACCAAAAAGUGAAGUAAAAAAAGAAUGGGAGUGCCUAAAUGAAUACCUCAAAAGUCAAGGUUCGAGGGCAGAAAUCUGGCUGAGUCUGGAAUAACCUUGUGAAGUGAAAGGAUAUGAAAGAAGGAUUUAUAUGUAGAUGUUAGGAUAGAGAUGAUAAAGAAAACAGGAAAACAAGAAGACACAAUGAGAGAUAAAGGAGGUGUUUUGGGAUUGGUGGAAGUCAAUGUCUUGUUGUUUUAGGGUUUAUAAUAUUAACUUGUAAGAUGGAUUUUUGUUUUGUUUUGUUUUUAGUUUUCGAAUGUUGAUUUUUGUGUGUUGCGUAUUGUUAUUUUUUAAUAUCUUUCGUGUUGUUGUUGUUGUUGUUGUGUGGAAAAUACUAAUAAAAUUCAUUUUUUAAAAAUAAAAAAGGUAGUUUCCAACACUUGCAUAUUCCCUCCUUUUCCUCCACUUAAGCACUUUGAACAGUGCAUUGUUAAUCUAUGGAACUCACUGCUCCAAGAUAAUGAUGGUGGCUUGUAUGGCUUUUAAAGGGGAUUAGAUGAAUUCCUGGAUGAUAGAGCUAUCUCUGGCUGUUGGCCAUGACAACUAUAUAUGGAAGCUCCAUGUCUAGGGGCAGUAUCCCCUUGAAUGCCAGCUGCUAGGGAAACAACAGCAGGCGAGAGCUAUUGCAUUCAAGAUCUGGUUGGCCAUUUUGGGAAGCAGAAUGCAGACUAGAUGCAACUUUGGUCCAAUCAAUCAGAGUUGUUCCUUUUCUUAGGCAAUUUAUUUUAAAAAUUGAGAAAAUUUCUAAAGUGCCAUAUUAAAAGUUGGAGUACCUGACUAGGGCUAGGAUUUUCUGUUUCAAUUAUAUUUGCUUAAUGCAUUAAAACUGAAAUUAAACCAUUGUGCUUUUGGAAUGGUGUGAUCGAAUGGCUGAAUGUUGGGUGGGAUGUUACAAUAAGUAAAAGUAAUUUUGCACAGCCUGUGGAAAAACAUGAUUCUUUCUGAGGAUUCCAGGCUAAUGCUAGCACCUACGGUAGCAAUCUUUAUAAUAUUUUCCGGUGUGUUUAAUUCUGUGGCUGGAAGCACAGUGUUGACACUUCCUAAUAUAUAUUUUUUUACUUCAUUUUCAAAAGACGCACAGUGGUUGAGUGUAUUGAGGCUUUGGCUACAUUCCUAAGGUUCAGGGGUUCAAGUUCCACUCAGUGUUGUUAUCAAGAGCUGUGUCAAGCCUACUGUGGGAUUGAUUGAAUGUGAUUGUGCUUUGAGUAUAAUAGACAGUAGAAACUAGCUUGCCACAGAAGUGCUUUCAUUUAAAACAAAUAGAUUUUAAUAAUAAAAUUUGAGGUCUACAUCACUAUCCUUGGUCAGAUGAAUAGGGUUUCCAUUUCCUGAUACCCGAUGUUUUGAAAUGAUUAUCUACGGACCAAUAGGGCCAUUAAUUGAUUCAGCUUAUAACUAUAUUAUUUUAGACUUGGAAGGAAUGUGGACAUUUCCAUCCAUCGUUAGCCCUCACUCCUUAUUCAGAAACCUGUAGUUAGCCACAUAUCAAAGUAACCUGACUAUUUCUCACUUUGGGAGUUCUUAACACCCUCUAGCAGGAUUGUCACUUGGUUUAAAGCAAUCUUAGGUCUUUACUUAAGGGACGGGGGUGGCGCUGUGGGUUAAAACACAGAGCCUAGGGCUUGCCGAUCAGAAGGUCGGUGAUUCGAAUCCCCGCGACGGGGUGAGCUCCCGCUGCUCAGUCCCUGCUCCUGCCAACCUAGCAGUUUGAAAACAUGUCAAAGUGCAAGUAGAUAAAUAGGUACCGCUCUGGCGGGAAGGUAAACGACGUUUCUGUGUGCUGCUCUGGUUCGCCAGAAGCGGCUUAGUUAUGCUGGCCACAUGACCUGGAAGCUGUACGCCGGCUCCCUUGGCCAAUAAAGCGAGAUGAGCGCCGCAACCCCAGAGUUGGUCACGACUGGACCUAAUGGUCAGGGGUCCCUUUACCCUUUACCUUUAGGUCUUUACUUUAAAAUGUUUUUGUUUUAGUACCUUGCCUUUCCAUAAAAUGAGCAAGCCAAUUCAAAUGUAUGAAUUUAGUUGGUUGAGUUUAAUUAUAUACAAAUAAAACAAAACAUUUGAAGAAGUUCAGACAAGGGAAACAACAGGGUUCCCUUGUUGUUUAGAUUAUGGAGGCAACAUAUUAAGAGGAGGCCUUCUGUUCCUCUAGGGAGGAGAAGAAAUGCUACUUCUAGGCUGAUGCCUGCCAUGCACAAUGUUUGUAAAUUAUUGUACGUAAAAAUAUUUAUAGUCAUGGUGCAAAUGUAACCUUAGAUGAGGUAAAGUGAUCAGAAUCAGGCUGUAGGAUCAUACGUUCUUUCCCCAGAGCGUCUCAUUUUUGUUUUAGACCAGGGAUGGGGAACCUGUGGCCCUCCAGAUGUUGUUGGACUCCAGUUCCCAUUGGCCCCAGCCGACAAGGCCAGUGGUCAAGAAUGAUGGGAGUUGUAGUGCAGCAACAUCUGGAGGGCUUACAAGUUCCUCAUCCCUGUUUUGGACAUUUCCCUCCCUUCCCUCUUUUGCACUUCACCAUGAAUUUGACCCAAGGAAAUAUCACUAAGAGCGGAUCUGCUUUAGCGUUAACUGUGAUUAAUGACAUAACCCUUAACCACUAUGGAGAAAAGGAUUGUCGGAAAAUUUGCAUAUGAGGUGGAGAGCUGCAGCUUACUCUGCCCCCUUAACCAUAGUUAAAGGUUACAUCUCCAUCAGUCUGAGGGACGUGGGUGGCGCUGUGGGUUAAACCACAGAGCCUAGGACUUGCUGAUCAGAAGGUCGGCGGUUCAAAUCCCCGCAACGGGGUGAGCUCCCGUUGCUCGGUCCCUGCUCCUGCCAACCUAGCAGUUCGAAAGCACAUCAAAGUGCAAGUAGAUAAAUAGGUACCGCUCUGGCGGAAAGGUAAAUGGCGUUUCCGUGCGCUGCUCUGGUUCGCCAGAAGCAGCUUAGUCAUGUUGGCCACAUGACCCGGAAGCUGUACGCCGGCUCCCUCGGCCAAUAAAGCAAGAUGAGCGCUGCAACUCCAGAGUUGUCCACGACUGGACCUAAUGAUCAGGGGUCCCUUUACCUUUACCUUUACCCAUCAGUCUUACUGAUGCAGCCUCAGUUAAAUCUUUACCAAAGGCAGAAAAGUCUUAAAACAAAGGUAAGAAUACUUUCCGUGGAGGCAAAUGGAAGCAAUCUUUUUCCAGCAUUAACCCAAAUGAGAGAGCAGAUUAUAAAAAGAAACUACAACCAAGCACGACACUCAAGACUUCUGCAUUCUUCAGGCUAAAUAUUGCAUCUGUAGAACUGGAGCAAGGCUUAAAGCCACUUUUUCUUUUAAAGUACAGUUUAACAGAGUGUUAGAAGAUCCUGUAGCUGGAACCUGAUUUGAAAUUACUUGAUUGCAUUUUUUAACAAAAACAGAUUUCGAAAUGUGAAGCUUAAAUAGCAUUUAUGGAAGAUAAUGGGAGCAUGGAAUACAGAUAAGCAUCUGAGUCAGAGAACCUUUUGUCCCUCCUCCACUUUGCUUCAGAAAAAGGGCUGCUAACAUAGAGGGUGAUGUCAUACUUGAAGCAACAGCCCAAGAAUAAGGCAUUCUAUCUAGAAAUGCUGCACUAGAGACAGUAAAAAGCUUAGAGUCAUUAAGUGAGCCAAGGGUUUAGUGGAGGGUUUUCAGCAUGCAUUGUCUAUGUGACAUAUUUAGACCUUUCAGCAGUGAGAGUUCAUGUUCCGUCUACUAUAGACAGGAAUUGGAAGUGUAAGUUGCAAUUUUAAAUGUUUCUUUUCCCAUUUGUUUGUUCAUUUAAUGCUAAGAGUUUUCCUGUUGUUCACAUGGUUGUAGGUGCUUUGAGGUUUUUAAAGAUACUCUUCCUAGUUGUUGUUUUUUAGUGAUUUUACAUGUUAAAAAUGUUGUUGGUUUGGAUCCCUUUUAGAGGCAAAUUGCAAAUUCUAUUUUAAUACCUUACUAACCUAGGAGACUUCACGAAGCACGGAUGAUAAAAACAGUUCUCAGGACUAUCUUUAUAGGAGAGGUUUCAAAAAUUCCUUGAUACCCAAAUUUUGUAAAUGUAUACUAGCUUCGUAAUAAUAUUUAUGCUUAUUUAUUUUACAUACCUAGUCUGUUUUGGAUAGAUUUAAGAUUUUAAUAAUAGGCCUAUUUGUUUCUUGGCUAAACUACUAUCUCUUGCAUAUCUCAUUUUGUUUCUUCCCUGUGUACUGCUUUAGCUAAAUAUGGAGUGGAUUCAUUGUGAAAUAUUCAGCAGCAUUUGGACAAAAGUGCAUAUUAUAAAAACUUAGUGUCUUUGUUAAAACAGCUGUGAUCUUGAACUAACCACACUGAUUUGUAGAUGUAAUGGUUGUUGAAGGAAAUAAAUUAACUAUGCAUAGUCUUUAAAUAGUUCAUUAAUGGCAGUUUUUUUAAAAAAAAGAAAAGUUCUUUCUUGAUCAGAACACUAUUUAAAAGAUUCUAUUUUUAAGUGCUUGGCUAGUUGAUUCUAUCCCAUGUAGUGAGUUUUGUAGCUAAAGCAGGGCUGUGUUAUGUUUGAAUAUACACAGACUCUUGAAUAUAAAAACUGUUUCUGCUCUGUGUACUUCACAUUUUGUAUAUAGCGUAUGUACAUACAGCCUUCUGUCAAGCACAUGUCCAUGAACAUAUUGGUGGUGGUGUGGACCAUUUUUAUGGUCUUAGGGAUUUGGUUUAAACACAAAAUGAGGAAGCUUGAUAUUACUCCUGAAAUCAAAACUAUAUUUUCCUGAAGUGUUGCGGUAGUAGGAACGUGUUGCAGCUAACCUUGGACUUUCUUGGCAAUGAGAAUGUUCAGUGAGAAGGACGCAUUUGACUCUUCAGUGUAUGGAUGGGGAAAGGUCAGUUCAGACUUACAGAAUCAUAGAAUUGUCAAGUUGGGAGGGACUCCAAAGGUCAUGUAGCCCAACCCCCUGAAAUGCAGGAGUCUUACAGCUCUUACUAUCAAAAAAAUCUUUCUGAUGUUUAGUUGGGUUCUUCUUUCUUGUAACUUGAAUCCAUUGGUUUGAGUUGUACCGUCCAGAGCAGGAGAAAACAAGCAUGCUCCCUCUUCCAUGUGACAGCCCUUAAGAUGUUUGAAGAUGGCUAUCAUAUCUCCUCUCAGUCUCUUCUUUUCCAGGCUAAACAUACUCAGCUCCCUCAACCGUUCCUCAUAAGGCUUGGUUUCCUGACCCUUGAUCAUCUUGGUCGCCCUCCUCUGCACACAUUUCAACAUGUCAACAUCCUUCUUAAAUUGUGGUGCCCAGAACUGGGCACAGUACUCCAGGUGUGGUCUGACCAAGGCAGAAUAGAGUGGUACUAUGACUUCCCUUGAUCUGGACACCAUACUUCGGUUGAUGUAGCCUAGAGUAGCAUUAGCUUUUUUUUGCUGCUGCAUCACACUGUUGACUCAUGUUAAGCUUGUGUUCUACUAAGACCCCUAGAUCUUGCAAGGAAUCAUAAGAGAACCUAGCAGAGGAAAGUUUUGGGAAUUCCACUUGUUGGAUUGUUAUUUAAAGCAUGACAAUAGUUAAAUGCAACAUUGCAGAUGUGUAGGUAGGCUAGACUUCCUUUUAGAGGAAUGUUGUGACUUAGCUGAAAAGGGUGUGUAUGUGUUGAUGGUGGGUGUGCCAACAUACAAUGCUUUCUUGACAUUCUCUCAGUUGUGCUAAAGUGGAUUAAAUGCUGUGGGAGAUUUGAGGCUAUUCAAAUGCAACUGCGAUGGCGGUUCUUAAAAAUGUACUUUUUAUUUGUGUUUCUUCUGGAAAACGUUCAGUAAUCUAUUAUUUAACUUUGUGUUCCGUGUAUUUAUAUAUUUAAAUUAUCCUUAACCCUUCUACAUUAACAUGUUGUCCUGAGUAUAUCUUAACUUUAAACAAUAACAAUAAAACAACAAAUUAAACAAAACAAUAGCAUAAACUACAAUCAAUCAAUAAAUAAAUAAAUAAAUAAAUAAAUAAAUUAAAAACAGUAGAUGAAAAAACGGCAUUAAAGGAACCAGAUCUUGAAAAUACCUAUAAUUAGACGAAAGCAACUUUCAAUGCCUGCUUAAAGGCCAGUAUGUUCAUUUCACAGUGUGGCUUGUUAUUAUUUUGGUAGUGUGAUUUUCCCUUGAUGCUUUGGCCCUGUGCAGAUUUGCUUGGGUUUAAACACCAUUGAACAACAUAGUGCUUAAUUCCAAGUACAUGAGCACAGGGUUGAACUGUUAAUCUUCUUGGACGUUAGCUCUCGUCAUCAGUAUGAAUAAUAUGUUUAACAUCACCUGAAAUACUUGAUUAUUUAUAGUGCUGGGAGUCCUAAUUUUAGCUCUGAAUUGAUGCAUUCUUUUCAAUUGGGAUUCAGAGAGAAUUAAAGCUAAGCUUGAAGAACUGCUUUUCCAUCAAAAAAAUACGGAUAAGAUUAGGCUUGUUCAUCUUUUAUUUUAUGAGGAAGCUUAGUCCUUUCUCAGAAAAUGAAAAGCAGGCUAUUGCUGAAGAAAUGAAAUGAUUUAUUUCUCUCUGGUUUGGCUGAUUUUACUUCUUUGCUUUUGUUUUAACUUUAACUUCUUUUUUUAUGAACAGUGAAGAGCUGGGAGAAUUCAUGGAGAUGAAAGGAGCCAACAGCCCUGGGAUUCUUGUAUUGACCACAGGCCUGAGCAAACCUUUUAUGCGCCUGGAUAAAUAUCCCACAUUGCUCAAAGAACUUGAAAGACACAUGGAGGUAUAUCUCAGCAGCACUAACAUUCCAUCUUAAUGAUGAUUUGACAAUGAUGACCUUAAAGGUGGAUUUCAGGAAUGAUGAGUCCUAAAGGACAUUACUAUGGUCUCGUUCUUCUGAUGUAAAGGAAGUCAUAGUAGUCUGGAAGGAUCAACUCCAUUAGAGUUCUGGGGUUGUGUUUUCAAAGACAAAAAUAAGAUGCCCUGAUCCUAAAACUGUGGCUUGCUCUGGCCUAUAGUAUGAGUGUAUUGCCACAUUUUAUAUGGCACUCCACCUGUUGCUUUUUUAUUACUCCAGUCUCCCAAGAGGCACUUGCGGAUGUCUCAGACAGGAUGGGUAUUUAACAGCAGUGCUGUAAUGGUAAAUCUUGGAAGUGCAAGAGGUCAUAAUGAUGACCCCCAUGGAAAGUCCAAAAUGCAAGGAGCUGUUCUGAUCAUACCUGCCCAACCACAUCAAUGCAUAGCGUAAAAGCCAAUUCUUCAGGAUUGGCUAUAGCAGCCUUAGACUAGUGAGCUGACUUCAUUCUCUGAUUCUAAUUUGUCACAAACAGUAGUGAAACCUGAAAGUCUUGAUAUCAGCCCACUCAUUUUCUGGAGCAAGACACUCCCAACAGAUGAUGUCAUCGCGCAUUCUCUGGAAAAAUUCCCAGAGCUGCACUUCCCUGUGUCUCCCCACUGUUACACAACUGCCUUGUUUGUGCUUCUCAUAUAUGAAUCUUGGUUGUCAAGCCUUGUUGGAGGCCUUUUCUGACAUUCCUUUGGAGUUUUGCGAGCAGUUGUUGGACACCCCAGUGGACUCGAGGACUGUGCAUCCCCAUUGCAUAUGUGUUUUUCUCGGCACUCCUAGCUUACCAUGAAACCUACAUUGGCAUAAUUCUUUAAUUUUAACAUUUGGGAGCUGCCUCACCCCACUCCGCCAUUCUUUGGCUAUUUAACUGCUGUUCAACAACGUGUACAAAUUCACAGUAGUAAUUAUUAUUAUUACUACUACUACUACUACUACUACUAUUUAUUUAUUUAUUUAUUUAUACCCCGCCCUCCCCAGCCAAGGCCGGGCUCAGGGCAGGUAACAAGCAAUAAUAAAAACAAGUUGAAUGAAUACAACUUAAAAACAAGAUUAAAAUACAACAUUAAAAUAUUGAAACAUUAAAAUAUUAAAAUGCAGCCUCAUCACAGGAGGAGAAAGGAAAAAGAAAAAAGAAAGAGGGAGAGGGAAUCAAAUUGGCUCCAAGCCAAAGGCCAGGCGGAACAACUCUGUCUUACAGGCCCUGUGGAAAGAAAUCAGAUCCUGCAGGGCCCUGGUCUCAUGAGGCAGAGCGUUCCACCAGGCCGGAGGCAGAGUUGAAAAGGCCCUGGCUCUGGUUGGAGCUAAUCUAACUUCCUUAGGGCCCGGGACCACUAGGGUGUUGCUGUUUAUGGACCUUGAGGCUCUCUGUGGGGCAUACCGGGAGAGGCGGUCCUGUAGGUACAAGGGUCCUAGGCUGUGAAGGGCUUUAAAGGUCUGACUUGUAGGCUUGGUCCUCAUUACCAAACCUAGAUUAACAUAUUUGGUUUGACAACGUCGUAUAGAGUUGGGCUGAAAGGUUAGUUUCAAUUUUAAAUUACGAUGAGACAUAGAAUUUUUAGUUGCAAGGGUCAAACAUAUUUUGAUUAGCUUUAGGGCUGGAACAAAAUUCCUUUUCCUCUUUACAUCCAGUAGCAGCCAAUGGAACUGUGCUGCUCUCCUGUCUUCUGAAUAUGUCAGGUCACACCUGCUUACCAAGAGGGAGAGGGGCAAGGCAUUGAGAGCUUGGUAUGGUGUAGGCACAGUAAGGACACAGCGUCUGGAGCAUUGGGCUGGUUCUGCCACAGCGCCUGCACCACAAUGAGCUCCAGCUGCCUUGCCUUUUUCCUUUUUGGUAAGUGACCCAGCAUGUUCAGAAGGCAGGGCAGGGCAGUCCCACCAGCUGCUACUGUUACAUCUACAGUAGUAAAUCAACUUAUUUUUAAAUUGUGCGCCAGGGAAAUCUUCCUCAAAUUGUAUUUAUAAUAAAGGUUAAAGGUAAAAGACCCCUGGACAGUUAAGUCCAGUCAAAGGUGACUAUGGGGUGUGGCGCUCAUCUUGCUUUCAGGCUGAGGGAGCUGGUGUUUGUCCACAGACAGCUUUCCAGGUCAUGUGGCCUGGACACCGCAACAGGACACCGUGACGAGUGCCAGAGCGCACGGAAACGCCGUUUACCUUCCCUCCGCAGCGAUACCUAUUUAUCUACUUGCACUGGCGUGCUUUCGUUUUUUUUUUAUAAGAUAUUUAUUGAAAUUUUCAAAGUGUUACCAGAUAAAAUAAAAGCAGUAGAAAAUACAAAAUAAAAAUAAUUAACAAAGUAGAAAAAAAAACCCUUCCAACCAUAUGAAUACAAAUUCAAAAAUAAGAAAAUGUGACAAAAAGAAAAAAAAUACAUCACACACAAUUAAAAAACAUUUAAAAACAAAUUCAUUAUUCUCAUAUCCUCAACUGUCAUUACCUUCUUUCUUUGACCUCCUCCUUCUCCCUUUCUUUGUAUCCUAGUUAUUAAUUAUCCCAGCAAAUCCUUUCCAUAUUUCAUAAUAUUCUGUCAUUACAUUACCCUAAACUGUUUUAAUCUUAUCUUUCUAUAAUAAAAUAAACCUUAAAGCUUAAAACUUAAAUCUUAUCCUUACCAACUUCUCAUAACCAUAAUAUUCUUUCAUAAUUCUUUAAACAUCUUUACUAAAGCCAAGUAGUUUCAUUCCAACAUUUUUCUAACAUUCAUCAAUUUUAUAAAACAGUUCUAAUGGUAGAAAAAAGAAAUACAAACAAAUCCAAUCUUCAUCCAACGUCCCUUCCUCCUGGUUCCGGGUUUUGUCAGUCCUUAUUAUCCCGUCGAUCUAGCCCAUUAACCUGGCAGCCUUAUAUCCGAGGCCCUCAAGUCUCUUCCAUGUCCCUUCCGCAGCUCUUCUUCAUAUUUGUAACUGUAUUUUCCCUUGUCUCCUGCUCGUGGUAACUCCAGCUUGGCAAUAUUUUUAACCCUUCUCGACAGAUCAGCCCCUUUUCCAGAUUCAACACUGAGUUCCAUAUGGUAUUUAAAAGCAUGUUUCAAAGACCCUCCGAAGUUAAGAGCCCCCACAAUCCCAAACAUCUCAUGGCCCAUUGUCAGAUUUGAAAAGUCCAAACAUCCCAGCAUAGGGGGGGGUCAAUCCAGCCCCCCAUUUCCAAGCCAAACCAAACUUUUUCUUUCCAAAUCUGGCUUUUUCCAAGUUCAUUUGUCAAAUCCGAAAACUCAUAUUCCUGUUGGGCCUGUUCUGUCAGGACACACUCCUGAUUUAAUUCCUGGGUGGGCUCCACAUAUUUUCCCACUGUCUGUUCAAAAUUUCCCACUGCCUGUUCAAAAUUUCUAGUCGAAGUCGCCAUCCAAUUCACCUUUUCAUGUAAUUGUUCCAGUAGGGCAUUUGUUUUAUAGAAAGCACACAACAAAGCUUCUGAAUACAUUGUCCUGCAAGGUCGAAUGCCUGUUCCCACGAUUGUUAUCUGUAACAGCUGCCGGCUCUCUGGAGUUGGUAACAGUUACACAGUCUCCCUCUAGGGGGAAAACUUCUAUUUGUUCCUGCAACAAAGUUUCCCUUUUUGAGAUACUUUGUCAAUAUUUGUUGCUUAAAGAUGCGAAGGGAAGCAGUGGAAUCGCUAUGUUUCUCUUCUUUUAGCUCUCUGUCAAACUGCUUGUCUCUGGUCAAUGAACUUCAAACGUCAGUCCUGACACCCCGCUCCAGGAUCAGGACAGAGGAAACUUUAAACUCACUUUAAACAGUCCGGAAAAGAUCCCCCUCCUUCUCCUGCUGUCGAAGGGGGGUUCCACAAUUUUAAAUGAUGAAAUCCAAUCCUUUAAAGGCGAUUUUCUAAGCUCUAGUUUAUGUUGUCUUUGCUUUAUUCUGUCUACAGAAGAACGGAAGGCUGACUUCCUGUUUAGACCUUCCUGUUCCGUACCAAAUUAAAAUAGGUUUUUAAAAUCCAAUUCCUUUCUGCUCGCAAGUCCUUAUCUAAUGUCCAGUUGUUCAAAGUCUAAGUACUCACGGGUGCUUAUUUUAGAGUCCAAAUUGUCCCAGGAAAAAGGCAGCGCUCUCCGGCAACGGCUGUGCGGCUUCGCUCCACGGAAAUAGCAAUUGACUCACAGCACCGCGCCACUUCCCCCUCUUCACUUCGGAGCCCGUUAGUGGGUUCCUUAGCGAGUUGGGGGGGCGCUAAAGGUGCCCGCCGAGUCCCAUGGUCACAGGCUUCAUCCGCCUGUGAUUUUUAAAAGGGUCCCCGCUUCGCCGUAGCGGAGAAGACCCGUUUCCCACGGAGCUAGUCCCUCCUGUUCAGAGGGAGUCCGCCAUUGCCGAUGGCGCCACCCCGGAAGUCCUGCACUGGCAUGCUUUCGAACUGCUAGGUUGGCAGCUGGGACAGAGCAAUGGGAGCUCACCCCAUCACUCAGAUUUGAACUGCCGACCUUCCGACCAGCACGCCCAAGAGGCUCAGUGGUUUAGACCACAGCACCACCUGUGUCCCCUUGGUAUUUAUAUGGAAGUGAGUGAAGGAUACAGAUUUAUGGCUAGUCCAUCAGGCGAAGUGUCACCAGGCCAGUGGGAGUGAAUGGGCUUAUUUAAAAUAAAAUUUGUUCUCUGUUUCUGGCAUGACCUGAUCUAGAGGUUUGCUGCAUUUAAAGCAGCGUAGGUGUGAGAAAUGCAUCUUAACAUUUGAUUUAUAUAUAAUACCAGAAGAAUGUGUAAACCUUGUAUAGAAUGUAAAGUAAACUUUGUUCCUUUCAUAUUACAUAUAUCUUGUAAUGUUCUUUUAGGAUUAUCAUCCAGACCGGCCUGACAUUCAGAAAUCCAUGACAGCUUUCAAAAAUCUUUCUGUAAGUUACAUAGGUGAUAAAUGGCAACAUACUAGUCUAAACAUCAUACAAAAUAGUGUAUGAGCGUCACGAGAGCACUUUGGGUGGGUAUCAUGAGGGAACUGUAUUUAAAGAUGAAUCACUAUGGAAGAAUUUUUAAAAAGAUGGUUCCACUGGAAACUCUGGUCUGGGUUCAAGGGACAGUUAGUUUAUAGGAUAAAAGGGGAGUCACAUGGUACUACAUGAAAUACCAUGACUCAAACCUUUUCAUAUAGAAAUCUGAGUGAAUUCCAGUACUAUAAAUCCAUAUAAGGAUAAAAGCACCCAUGUUGUGGUUGGUCCACAUAGCCAGCUUCCUGUUUGAUUGUGUGGUGUUAGGCUGCCUACACAUCAUUCUUCCCAUGGAUCUCUGGUCAACAGAAUUUAAAUGUGAACCUGGUCAUUCAGAAUGCAGAACUAGCAGGUGCUUUUCCUGUUUAAAUUAGAUAUACUCCUCCUGUGCAAAUGCUUAAUAUAGUAAAGUAGUUCGAGGCAGGCAAACUUGAGAAAGCGUUCUGCAGUUGAGGUUCACAGAGGGGAAAAGAAGCAAACCACAGUAUGCUGAAACUCUUUAAAAAAGUUAUUUGUGCUUGAAGUUUCUUGAGCAGCUUCCUUUGUUUAGGAUGUUUCACACAUUUCACACACCCUUAUAUGGCGAUAAAUGUCCUAUAUAAUGUAAUCCUUGGGUUAAAAUUGAUUGUGUUCUCUAUUUACUGAGCACAGUGAAUGAAAGGAUAUAUACAGCUCUUUGUAAAAUAUUUCAGUUGUUAAAAGAGGACAAAAAGAAUUGGUAAGAAGUCAAACCAAGUGUUGGAAUAUUUUGUGUAGAAACAGCUUAAAAACAAAACACUUGAAAUGUCAGACUAGGACAGCUAAGUCAUUAUAACUGAUUAUACUUUAAUAAUAUUUUUUCAAGUGCCUAUAGGAGCUAUAUGUUAUACAUGAAACAGUUAAGUAGAGACAACCACUACCCAUAGCUUGCAAUCAUAAUGACACCUUGAGGAAAGGUAAGAGAUGGACGUUAAGGGAUUUAAAAAAAAAAGUCAAGGGAAAACAAAACUGUUUGGUAACCAGCUGUCCCACUACUGUUGAGGUGCCUCAAGUUUCUAUUUUGGCUUCAAGUAUAGAAUAGCCUUUAAAGCAGCAAUGAUACAAUGCAUAGCCGUCUUAAGUAAAAAAAAAAAGAGUAGUUGGGAUUUGGUGGUCUGGAGAGUUCAAGAUGCAGUUACGUCUGUGAGUGUCUCUCCUCUUCUACAGCCAAAUCAAAUGAAAAGAUCCAGGCAUGGCGCUGAGUAACUGUUGUUUCUGGGCUAUUUCAGUUGUGCUUGCAUCCUGGCUCAUAGUAUUUUCUCCUGGUCCAAUAGGCACAGUGUCAAGAAGUACGGAAAAGAAAGGAGCUUGAACUUCAGAUACUAACAGAAGCUAUCCGCUGCUGGGAAGGAGAGGACAUUAAAACACUUGGAAAUGUUAUUUACAUGUCACAAGUCAUGAUUCAGUGUGCUGGAAGUGAGGUAAUGCAGCUCUGUUUAAAAGAAAACCCGAAGUGGUUGCCGCCCCCCUGUCGUGUUCGCGGGCCCCUAUCCACCACCCCCAACCAGUCCUCCAAAGGGAGAGGACGCGAGGUGUUGCAAGUCACAAGCCAAACAGUAGAAAGCUGCCACCACCUCCUUUCCUGGGUCAACCCUCAAAUGGGGUCCAAGGAGAAGAACCCCCCCUUCGAUAUUUACCAGGUUGCCCAGACCUGUGUCACUGUACCGUGACGCAGACAGUAAUCCAACAGAUAGAUGCACCAAGGGUCAGGCACCAGUUUAGCUUCUCCGGCAAAAGGCACAAAAUACAAAAGGCAAAAGUCCUUUUCCAAAUUUAUUGAAAAAGCCACUUGGAAAGUAAAAGCUUGCACAUUUCUUGGAAUGUUACAAACAAAAAAAAUAAAAACAUUGUACUGUGCAAUAUAGCUAACUACAACAUACUCACAAAGCAUCAGUAGUUCAAAGCAUAGCAAGAAGUCACAAAGUCCAUUCUUCUGGUCAAACACCUUCAGGCGAACACCAGGGCAAGAUAGUCUGCAAUUUUCAUCUCAAUUCCCCAAACUUUUAUCCUUGAGAAUCCCACAUGGAGAAGGGGUUUAGGGACCAAUCAUUUCUUUAAGUUAAUUACCAAUGGCUAUAUGAUGGGACUGUAUCUCCUGAUUGUCAGGAGGCCAGCACAGCUGAACUUUGUUUAUGCUCAAAGAACCUUGAGAUCAAAAGACCGCUUCUUUGUUCCCAUUCUUUUCUGACAUGUGCCAGGCUCUUGAGCUGUAAAUUACCUGAUAGCCUUUUCACAUCCAUUCCACAUCUGAGCCCCCAGCUGCCAGAAUUUACAAAUCAGAUAACAUCUCCUUCCUGCCCAAGUCAGGAUGCAAUUUGAGUCACUCGUCUAAAGACAGGGUGGUUUGUAGAACCUAGACAUCCAUUCCCAGAAAUUCACAGUUUUAACUCCCCCACAAUGCCUCACUCUUGCAUGAACCAAAGUUUAACGUACUAAGAUUUCCUGACUUUACUACACCCCCGGAUAAUCUUGUUUUUAAAAAAUGCCUGACAUGCCUUAAUAUUACUAAAGCAACAACACAUACCAGUGUUUGCGAUCACAAUAUGCCAUAUGAAAUUUUCUUUUGUCACUUAAUUGUAACUUUGUAUUUUAAUGAUUCACCUUCUCUCUCUCUCUCUCUUUCUCUUUUAAUAAGGAAAAGAAUGAAAGAUACCUUCUUCUCUUUCCUAACAUAUUGCUCAUGUUGUCCGCCAGUCCUAGAAUGAGUGGGUUUAUCUAUCAGGUAAAACAACUUUUAGUAUAACUUUUUCUGCAUACUAUGUUUAUGUAAUCUUUAGCUUUUGGAACAUUUGUAUCAUAUCCUCUGACUGAUCCUAUAAGGCAGAAGUGGGCAACAUUAUGUCUGAAGGCCAAAAUGACCCUCUAGGCCUCCCUUCAUGACCUUAGGACUCCCCCUCCCCCACAUCAUGCCCCCUUCACCAUGCCUUCUUGGCACCCUCAAGUACUUUUGUGUGGCUCAGAUGUGGCCUUGAAUUGCGAUAAUGCCUCUUGCUUCGCUGGCGAUAUAUAUGUUUGUGGAAAUGGCUGACCUUUGUGUGACUGGAAUGAAGCCUACCGUACAGCAGCAAGAGUCACUUAUUUGAUUGUUAAAUUUCUAUACCGCCCUUCAUCUGAAGUUCACAGGGCGGUUUGCAAUAUAAAAACACCAAAAAGUGCCACAAUAGCAAACAAAAACAACACAUCCCCACAGUUUAAAAUGCUAUAGAUUGUUUAAUUACCGUAUUUUUUGCUUCAUAAGGCACACCUGACCAUAAGGCACACCUAGUUUUUAGAGGGGGAAAUCAAGAAAAAAAAUAUUACCCAGCCCCAAAGAACAGCGUGUCUGCUUCUCCCAGAGCUUCUCGGGGCUGGUGGGGGAAGCCCGGGUUCCCCCCCCCAGCCCCAACAAGCUCUGGGAGUAUUCCCCACCUCCCACAAAAGCCCACAGGAGCCGCGCACCCUUUAAGGAGCGCGCGGCUCCUGCGGGCUUUUCUACGAGGAGGGAGAAGGGACUGACUGGCCGCGUUCCACCACACCUUUGGCCAGGGCACAGCCUGACUCCCUCCUUUGGCAAUCUUCACAGAACUCUAGCCCAGUGGUUGCCAUCAAUUUGAUUUGAAUUAAUUUUAUAAUGAAAUGAUUUUAGAAUGUUGUAUUAUUUUAUUGUUGUUAGCCGCCCUGAGCCCGGCUUCGGCUGGGGAGGGCGGGAUAUAAAUAAAAAUUUAUUAUUAUUAUUUAUUUUCCCUCCUGUGGAAAAGCCUGCAAGAGCCGCACGGCUUUUCCUGCCCCCCCCCCCGCAUUCGCUCCAUAAGACGCACACACAUUUCCCCUUACUUUUUAGGAGGGAAAAAAGUGCGUCUUAUGGAGCGAAAAAUACGGUAGCCAAAGGCCUGGGAGAAGAGGAAUGCUCUUGCCUGGCACCUCUAGAUAGGUAACGAAGACGCAAGGCAAGUCUUCCUGGGCAGACCAUUCCACAAGCAGGGAUCCACUGCGGAAAAGGGCCAUUCUCGUGUUGCUGCCCUCUCAUGCUGCCCUUUUUCUGCUUCCACCUCCAACCACCAUGAACAUACAACCUCUGCAAUGUUUCUCACAAGAGAAUGUGGUCCUCAAUAACUGAAAAAGGUUCCUCAGCCUGCUGCUACUGUGGUAGAGGUGCAAGUAAGGAGCAUAAAGGCAGCACUGUGGAUAUUGAACAUAAACCACUCUCCAAGAGCAAGCUGUGUCCCAAUCUUUGCUUAACCACCCCCUGGCUCAAAAACAAUUCAUACGUUUGUUUUUAUUCACUGAAUGUAUUUUAGGAUUUAUCAAUGUAAAUAAGCUCACAAAAGUUACUGAUCUGCUGGGGGCUGGCAGAGAAGAGAGAGAGAACUCCCUUCUUUUUGUUUGGCAGAAUGCUUGCUUCCCCGCAUGCAGUUCCUUGUCACCCAUGGCUCCUAGGCUAGUGCUUAAAUACAAGGCUGCCAUGUUUUUGGAUUUUGUUUAAAGAACGGUUUGAUAUAUCUACUUUUUAGGGGAAAUUGCCGCUAACGGGCAUGACCAUUGCAAAGCUAGAAGACAGUGAAAAUCACAGAAAUGCAUUUGAAAUAUCAGGUAAUGUCCUUGUGCUUCCCUGUCUGGUUCUGUUUGUAUCAUUUUAUGUGGCAAAAUCCAGCUUGAAAAAAUAAGUCACAAGACAGUUUUAAGUGACCUCUCUGGUCAUACUGUUUAUAAUUUAUUCAUUUUUAAAAUAGUAUGUGGGUUUGUUUGUUUUUUUAAAAAAAGAACUCAAGACAGGCUUCGUCAAUAAAAAAACCAGCAGUAUACCAGUAAAAUAACAAUAUGGUCCCGAUGCCUGGAAUUGUAAUCCACUCGAUCACUGGGCCAGCAAUCACUUCAAGCCUUCAGCUUGCACAUGCGAGGGGGAAAGUGGGUAGAGGAAUAGGAGUAUACAUGUCAGCCCUGCUCCAAUGCCUCCUUCUCCUCCACCCUGAUCUUCAUAAGUUUUCUGCAGUGCCCAUUUGUGUGUCCCUUACCCUCUUUAUAUUUUUGCCAUCACCUGUCCAGCUGAACACCUGAAGAGGGCUUUAGUGGAAGGGGAUUUUAGUGCCUUCACUGCACUCCCCCCCAAGCUCUUGCAAACUGAUUGUCUGUUCCAAAAACAGGGCAACACAGCUAAAAAGGUCCUCCCCAAAGUCACAGUAAGUCUGGGGUGGGGGGUGGGGCAUUUGGAGCAAGGCUUCCUCAGUUGAUCCCAGAGAGAUUCACCAGAGGAACAGAUAUUCUGAUGCACAGGGCCAGAGUCAGUGGGUGAGGAACACAUGGCCCACCAUAUAAUGCUGAACUACAACUCCCAUCAUCCCUAAUCUUUUGCCAUGUUGGCUGGGACUGAUGGAAGUUGGAGCCCAAUAACAUCUGGAGGGCCAUAGGCUCCCCACCCCUGAUUUAGAGUUCCAGAGGUCGAAAUCAGCACCUUGAUUUGUGCCUGGAAAUUAUACAGCACAGGUAUAUUGAGACUUAACACCAGCUAAAACCUGAGCAAGCCAUAUUCUCUGCUAAGCAGAGUUAGCUGACUGUAGCACUCCAAACAAGAGUGCUGGUUCUUGAAGAUGUAGUGGUGAUUCUCUGUUGAGGUGGCCAUCGUUGUGCAGGGGUAGUAGUGGUUCAUAGGGAGAAAAACCCUAAACAUCAUAUGUAUUUGUAUUUGUAACCUGCAAACCUCCCAUAUAUUCUGUACCCAAGUAUUACUCAUCCUUAAAGGGACAAGAGAAAUCUUAAGGAAUGCUUGUUUAAUUGGAAUUCUUCUUCUUUUCUCAUUCCCAAAUUGUGGUAAGGUGAUGUGGAGGAGACGCCAGAUUCAGGAGAAGUGUGCUGAUCCUUAAGAAGCAGAAUAUGUUCAUUUGUUUGAAACACGAAAGUGUUUUGCCGUGUUGGCUGUUGCUAAUGUGAGAAUUCAGCACAACCGCUCUUUCCUUCUGUAUUUUCUGUUGGGUUCCAGGAAGUAUGAUUGAACGGAUAUUGGUAUCUUGUAACAACCAACAAGAUUUGCAUGAAUGGGUAGAUCAUCUGCAGAAGCAAACCAAAGUGACUACUCUUGGGAUGCCUGCUAUUAAACCUCAUUCUGUGCCAUCUCACACGGUAAGAAGCCACCAGCCUUUAGUACCAUUGGGUUUAAAAUAGGUCAUUUUUUCUGUGUUCCUGGAGACAAACGAAUGCAUCCUGAUAAUUUAAUUGUAGUCAGUGUUGGAGCUGUGUUAAAGUAGGGUAUUAAUGAAAUAUUGUGAUUUGUUUGGGGGAAAAGAAGCACGUUGUGUUCGGGCACAAAGAUAAACCAAACUCUGAUUUCUUUUGUUUGCAGCAGGUAGAAGCAUUCGCAUUCAAUCAUAGCUCAUUUUAAACUAUGGUUUAAUGCGAUGUGCUAACCAUACCAUAGUGUUAAUAGAUUGGUAAGUUCCAGCAAACCUGUUUUUAAGUCUUACUGCAGCAAAUUUAAUAACAAAAGCUUACUGGUGUAGGAUUAUACGUGGCAUUCCCUUUUGAUUGUUCUUUCUUUGCUUGUGUGAUGUUUGUUCAUUUUGGCAGCUUCCUUCUCAUCCUGUAACACCAUCCAGCAAGCAUGCAGACAGCAAGCAAAUGCCCCUGACUCCAGUAUACCACACUCUUCCACAUCCUUCACAUCAUGGGACGCCUCAUACCACUAUAAACUGGGGACCCCUGGAGCCUCCCAAAACUCCUAAGCCGUGGAGUUUGAGCUGCUUGCGGCCAGCACCUCCAUUACGGCCUUCAGCAGCACUCUGUUACAAAGAGGUGAGCAUGUGCAACCCAGUGAGAAGUCUAAAUUCUUUCCAGGUCAGAAUUCUAUACUGAUAACAUAAAGGAUUCCAGCUGAGAUUCAGCUUGCAUUGAAUCAGUCACAAUUAACCAAGGCUGUGCUUUCUAGGCAGUGAGUGGGAAUAUCUAAUUUGACUUUGGGACACCAUACACUUUUUCUCUUCAGCCAUGUUUCUUACUGGAAGAAAGGAUGGGGAAAAAUAUUUAAUAGAAAGAGUAAUGUUCUUGAAAUGAUGAUGGAUCAGACACUAGGGAAAAGGUGUCCUGUGUGUUGGCAUAUAAAAAGCAAAUCCUCCUUCAGUUGCGCUUUCACUGUCUCCAGGCCACUUGCAGUUUUCCUCAGCCAAAAUUUAGUAUUGUAAAAAUAGAAAUUGAGACAGCAGGGUUCCUGUUUGCUCUGUUUCUGAAUUUGCACUGGCCUUCUGUUUUCACCAGUAGUUUUUGCCCAGCAAAUGUCUCUUGUAGUUUAAUAGUUUAAACGGGUUUUAUUAAUAGCAGCUCCUAAAAUCGACACACACAAAUAUCUUUAGAGCAGCAAGAUUAUAUAGGAGUUCAAAAUCUUUUUGUCUUGGGGCUUUCCUCCUCCAGUGCAGCUUGGAGGAAGAUUACAAUAGAGAUUACUUUCUGUGCAAACCAUUAGUAUUAUGUGCAAACAAGGAAUCUUGAUUUAGAAGAAACAAUGGAUAGUUGCUCAACAAGCCAGCAUCAUAUGAAGCUUGGAAACUGAAAGUAAAAUAGACGUAAGUCCUUCCAACAUACAGGAGCGGACUGGGGAGUACAUGAGCCCAACACUUCACUUGGGCAUAGCCACAAAGUGAUAAGCCCAUGGUUCAGUGUUAGAGGCAAAGCAGCCCAAUGGCUUAUAACAGCAAACCACAGUGACCAGAUAUUGGGCUCAUACACUUCCUCCUCUUCUUGGAUAUUCAGAUUCCUUCUCCCUCUUUCUGAUAUGAUCAAACCACAGUUUUCUGUUACAUUGGAGCCAGGCAAAAUUUGAUCGAACUGGGAAGUGAGGGAGGUGGAAUUGGGUGUACAUGAGCAAAAGGGCAAGGAGAGACCCAGUGUGCAAACACAUUUGACUCAGGCCAUUCAGUAGAUUUCUGUCAUGUUUUACCACCACUUCCUUGUCCUCUUUUUUAACAGACGUCUAGUUUACAGAAGACCAGCAUAUCUUGGAAUUCCUGUAAAUUAGCUUGUUUGCUCAGCAGAACUGAAGUGCUCUGUGUCUGUUGGUCUCCUCUUUUCAGUGUCCUAAUUUAAUGCACAGGGUUGUAUCAUCCUAUUAGCACAAUAACUUCCACCUGUGCAUUGGAACUUCUUCUCCCUCUCCUCACCUGUGCAUUCCUACCUGCUUUAGGGCUUCUGGAGCAAAUUUGGGGGUCACACAGGGAGAGAAGGGGGAGAGGAAGUACCUUGGUGGGGGCGGGAUGAUUUCACUGGAUACAGCUGGAAAUUUAUUAUUUGUCAACUGUUUGAAACCAAGGAAAUGUGCCAAGUUGAAUUCUCGAGGCUACAUCCACAGUAGAAGGUCGCGGCUGGAUCUAGACACAUCAAAGAAGCGUUUCAGUUUAAAGCGUUGUAAAUUUAAACAGGGAAAGCAGGUAGAGAAAAAUAGGACUCCAGAUCGCCAUCUGGUGGCACAAUGUUAUAUCGCACAUACAACACAUAUACAGUCAUACCUCGGCUCCCGAACACCUUGGGAGUUAAAACUUCUGGCUCCUGAACUAUCGAAAACUGGAAAUGAUUGUUCCAGUUUUCAAAUGUUCUUUUGGAAGCUGAAUGUCCGACUGGGAUUCUGCGGCUUCCGAUUGGCUGCAGGAGCUUCCUGCAUCCAAUCAGAAGCCAUGCUUUGGUUUCCGAACAUUUCUGAAGUCAAACGGACUUCCGGAACGGAUUCCGUUCGACUUCCGAGGUAUGACUGUAAAUCGCUUUUCUUUACCAGUCUAGCUGAGUCCCAUGUUUCAGAAGACCAAAACCGGCUUAUCAUUUCUCCAUCAGAUUCUUAUGAUUCUUAUGUUGUGAUUUUAAAUUGUAGUUAUUUAUGCAAACUUGAUUUUUGUUAGCUACGUUUUGCACUAAUAUAAAAGUUGAAUAUAAACUUUAAUAAAUAAAGAAAAAAACACCAUUUUUAUUGUUAUGUAUUUCUAGGCAACAGCCCAGAAUGGAGAGAAAUGGUUCAUGUGAAUGAGAGUUUGUAAUAGUGAAUUGCUAUUCUAUUGGUGUGUUUUGAUACCUUGACACAAGUAGGUUUUCACUGUGUUUGUAUUUAUCUGUGUCCCCCCCCCUUUUUCUUUUAACUCCAGGAUCUCAGCAAAAGUCCCAAAACCAUGAAAAAACUACUGCCCAAGCGAAAACCUGAACGGAAACCAUCAGAAGAAGAGUUUUCGCUGAGAAAAAGUAAGUGUGUUUUGCUGUGUGGGCGAGUGAAAGCUUUUCAUUCCUUCUUCUUAGUCCAAAAAUUACUGUUGUUAAACAACUGGGAAUCAGAAUCUUUGCUGAUUUACUGCAAACCACUUGGAUCUACCAUUAGAUACCAAUACCUUCUGCCCACCAUAUCCAUAUCGUUCUGCCCACCAAAUACCUUCUGCCCACCAAAAUCCAUAUCGUUCAACUUAAACUCACAAGGUCAUUGGUUAUAUUGGUUAUAUGGCUUGCUCUCACUUCCUUUCAUAAAUGCAGGUAUAAUGAGCUGUACACAUGUAAGUCACAUUCAGAGCUAGGCCCAUUAAAAUCAGCAGACUUGAAUUAGUCCUGACUAACUUAAAAGUCCUUUGAUUUCUGCGGAUCUAAUCUUGAGCAUGACUCAUUUGCAUACAGCUUAAUGUUCCGACUGGGACGUGGGUGGCGCUGUGGGUUAAACCACAGAGCCUAGGACUUGCCGAUCAGAAGGUCGGCGGUUCAAAUCCCCGCGACGGGGUGAGCUCCCGUUGCUCCCGUUGUUCGGUCCCUGCUCCUGCCAACCUAGCAGUUUGAAAGCACGUCAAAGUGCAAGUAGAUAAAUAGGUAGCUCUCCGGCAGGAAAGUAAACGGCGUUUCCGUGUGCUGCUCUGGUUCGCCAGAAGCAGCUUAGUCAUGCUGGCCACAUGACGCAGAAGCUGUACGCCGGCUCCCUCGGCCAAUAAAGCAAGAUGAGAACCGCAACCCCAGAGUCGGCCACGACUGGACCUAAUGGUCAGGGGUCCCUUUACCUUUAAUGUUCUGAACGCCAAGGCCGCAGUCACCAUUCCACAGUUAGUUGUUGCUAACAGGACUGCCCUGUGAUAGGCAAGCUUUUUUACAUUAUCUCAGCAAGAAAUUAACAUUUCUCACAUUUUGUUGCGUUGAAUGAUACCAUGCUGGCGAAGCGGUAGGGACUAGCAGCACCAUACUAGCAACAAUAGUCACUGUGUGAAGUCAAUCCACUGUAAAAGGUUGGAUGGAGAAUCACCUAGGGGUAUACAGGAUUAGUGGAGAUAGGUGCUCCAUGUCAUAGGUCAAGACCCAGGAAGACCGGAUGCCAUGACCAUGUUGACAUAAGACAGUUGAUGCUUUCAAAGGUAUGUGUAUGGGAUUGGUGCGCCAGCUGUUGCAUCUGUUAAUAUUGUCUUGAAUUGACCAACACCUUCUUUUAAUUUUCUGCAGGCACUGCUGCAUUGGAGGAAGAUGCUCAGAUUCUAAAAGUCAUUGAAGCUUACUGCACAAGUGCCAAAACGCGCCAAACAUUAAAUUCAAGUAAGUUUUAGAAAAAACAUAAAUAACAUUACAACUGUCCUACUUAUUCAGUAAGCAAUAUCUCUAGUGGUGACUCCAGCUCUUCUCCUUCAUCUUCUUUUGGCUGACAAGUGGCAUGUCAAGUGAUUAUCAGAUAAAUGUGCUAAGAAUAGCACAGGUAAAAAUAUUUGCAACGAUGUAAAUACAGCUUGUUCUGCAUAGCGGCGCAAGUUUGGCAGGUGACAUUUUGUGGUUGUUUGCACCCCACACUCAGGACAAUUCCAAGAUUCAGCCGUCGGAGAAGCACUGUAAAGGUCAGGCCUGUGAACAGAGCAGUGACUGCCAUGUUUUCAUACUGGAUUUCCCGAAUUACGCAUACUAACAUUUUCGUUUUGGAUAUUUGUGCCAACACUUGUAGUCCAUGCACCCAUUUGUUUUAGACUUACCCAACUGAAGUCACUGGAAAUGCCACAGGGCUAUUCUAGAAUAAGAGGACUGUAAACUACCAUUCUAUACCCGUAUUUUCUAAACGUUUGAUUGCUAAGGUGUGGUUCGAAUUGGAGGCACACUUCAAGUGACGCUCAGAAAGAUAAAUGUGCAUUUUCUCAGUCAGCUCUUAGAAUAGGGAACAGAGAUCUUUCUUUCAACUUUGCAGAGGCAACCCAUUUAAUAGCCUUCUGCCAUUUCCGUUGUCUAAUCAGCCAAGUUUCAGAUAUAGUGCCUUUCCGCUCCAACAUGGGUUGUGAUAGGCAUUUCCUGUACAUCCUUACUUCUUCUGUUUGGGAUGAUGUCACUCACCACAUAAUGGAGAAAGAAGAUAUAUAAGUUGUCUAAGGACUGUCUUCUCUGAGAGGUAUAAAGUAGUGCAUGCAAGGCACACAUCACAAUCUCUCGUGGUACAGUUUGGAAACUGCUGCCAUAAGCAUUUCAGCCCUACUCUAACCUUUCCACUUCUGGAAUAAUAUUCUUACAAACUUGGUAGAUUGUCAUGGUUUUGUAUGUUAGCACAGGUGAUGCUGAAGCCCAUCCUAAAUGUUCAUUUAUUGAUGCAGCAAGUCUUAGAAAACUAUUAAUUGUGCAUAAAACUUGUGUCUAAGAACAGGUGAUCUUCAAUACCCUAAGUCAAAAAUUUUCUUUUUAAGAAUGGUUAAGUGUUGAUGUAGGGCAUCAUAUUCAGUGAGAUGCACAUUUUUUCAAAGGCAUUUAAGAGACAUUUAGUUUUACUUUUUUUAAAAAAGGUAACGGGGCAUAAACAACUAAUAGCAGUUUAAAUUUUUUUUUGUUACAGAUAUCAAUAAUUCCCCUUUAUUCCAGAAAAAAAUAUAUGUAUUUUUGUAAAUACCUGUAUGUUGAGCAAAGCUGCUGUUUUCAAUUACUCAGAUAUAUAUCCAACUUACACUGUGUCUUGAGGACCCAGGUUAUUUAAUCUUAAACAAGGCUGCAAUGGUGGAGAUCCUCUAUUGUAAGUAAAGCAUUGCACCUAUCAGGAGAAUCUGCCAGCAUGUAUCACAUCUACAUAAGGGAAUAAAAUACUCUUUGGUUUAUUCCAGUUUGCACAGUUUUGCCAUUAGUCUAUAAAACUAGUUUACAAUCUAUAUUUCCAUGCUCCAAAUUCGUCAAAUAGUUUGCUAUUGGCAGAAAUCAAUGUAGACAUUGGUUUGGGUUUUGUCUAUUAAAACUUCUUAAGCCUUACAUUUAAUCAGGUUUUCAGCAACAUGUAUUGUUGAGAAUAUCUAAUGCCAGUGCCAGUCUUACUAGACUGGGAGCUAAGACUCUCAUGCUGCUUGCUGCUUUGGAUCAUUAAUCAGAGGUCAUAUGUAUCCACCAAUAAUUGAAAUUUGACCUGUUUAAUUCUUAGGAAUUUAUUGUAGGACUACUUUUUAGUCUUUUCACAUUUAGAUUUUCUGGCUAGAACCUUUAUGAAAAGGUUCGUAAUGUUUGUAAGCCACGGUAUCAAAUCGUUGGUGCUGUGUUAUGUCUUUGUGCUGUUACGUUUAGGCUGUUUUAAUCAUUCUUUUCUAAAAUCAGACUUUAUUCUAGUCCUACAAUUGUUUUGAAGUGGCAGCUAUUACGUUUCUAUGGGCGAUUGCACUAGGGUGGGAUCAGAUAAAUUGCUGAUGUUUUGAAUGGCACAACUGUGCUCAGUUGGUGUUUGUCAUUAUUUUUAUAAGAAAAAAAACAAAGUGAAAAGAAGUGUUUUGUGAAGCAUACUUUUUUUUAGUUUAUGCAACAGUGUGCUUACAGAAGCUCACAGCUGGUACAAAAUGUAUUUUGCUUUUUUGCUGUUUCCCCCUUUCUAUGUAUAUUUUGUAAAUAUACAUAGUGCAAUAAAUUUCAUUGCAUACAUCAAAAAAUCUGCAGCUUUUAUUUGCAUUAUCUGCAAUGAAAAUAAAGGUAAUAGCUAUUAGAUGCACGGCUUCUUUUUUUCAAGGCUGCUGAUAUUGUUAAAAUUAUAUUUGUUUUCGUUUUUUAAAAUUAUCUGCCCGUGUGUAAUUUAACAGGAAUUGGCAAAAGGAACAGGAUUUGGCCUUGUGCUUUAGGAAUGAGGCCAAGUAUAGAUGUAAUGCUUCUCAGUCUCUUGCGUGUGGUUUAGGAGACUGGGAAACGUGUGUGCCUGCAUCAGACUCGAGAGGACAUGCAAUAGCUAAAUAGGCCCCUUUAGCACAACGCCAUUUCUUUGUCUCCAGUCUGUCCUCACCUCUGUGUUCACAUCCUGACUGUUCCUCAUAGUGCAGGUCCGCAAUUCCGUUAGUAGCACCGUCCAUCUCUCAUUUUGGAGGUGCUGCUUCUGGAAAUGCACAUGAAGUAUGGCCAGGGGAUAGGGGAACCCCAUUGCCCUGGAAAUCUGUGGCAUCAGAGGGUAGGACAGAAGCCUUUUCUCUCCAGUGGAAAAGCACAGCCCAUGUUUUGGGAAAGGUUUUUGGGAGAUGGGCAUGAAAAGGGAAAUGGCUGGCCACCAGGGUUUCUGCCUCCGCCCCUCUUCUCCUUCUAGUUAAACCAUGUCUUCAACUCUAUGUGCUCUAUGCUGCUUUCAGGGCAAUAAAAGCAUUUUUCUAAGGGCCUUUCCACACAAUCAAUCUGUUGCGCAGCAAAUGUGUAUUUGCUUCUUCUUUUGAGUAUAGUUCACACAUCUUCUGGAAGGAGGUAUAUUACUUUUGAGGGGAGACUGCAGAGAAGCAGUCCUUUCCUGCGGAGAUCUAUUGCAAUUGCCAAAUGGAAUUUGGUUGCAUAGGCAUCACAGGUCCCAGGAUUUAUUUUAUUACAUUUAGGGAUUAUUAUUAUGCUCAUCACUAACGUUCCUACUGAAUAUUAUUCUCCUCUAGUUAGUGCCUGCAUCAUUCUUUAAUCCCUUAAGAGAGAGAGAUUGAAAACAUUUAUUCAAUUUUCAUACAUUUUUGCUGGGGUUGUUAAGCAUAGGAGUGUUAAUCUAGCAUAUUUGUGUUUUAAAAAGUUUCCUCAUCUUCCUCUCCCAGCAAAAAAGACAACGUCCACCCACUCACACCCACCCCACCGUACAGUUCUUGAUGCUGGAGCACCAGCUAUUAGUGUCACUAAUAUUCAGCUUCUCUCUUCCAUGUGGCAAGGCUAUCUGCCUCCUUUAUUAUAUAGAAUCAUAGAAUUGUAGUGUUGGACCCCAAGGGCCAUCUAGUCCAACCCCUUGCAAUGCAGGAAUCUCAACGAAAUCAUACAUGACAAAUGGCCACCCAGCCUUUGCGGGUGUGGACAAAAUAUUGAAUAUUCAUUGAAUAGCGACUUAGAGAAACAUUGCCCACAGCCUAAAAUGCCACCGAUAAGGGCAUGACUCCAUUCACUGAUCAUGUGAAAAGGUCCUUAAGUAUUGUUGAAAACAAGUGGGAAGAACAGCAGGUGGAGCCCAGCUUCCCUUGUAAGCCCUGGGUUAGUUUGCUUUUAAUGUCUGUAUGAAUGGUCUGCGAUCACUUGCCCUAGUAGGGAAAUCCAUGUGUGCCACAAUGUGCACACGGUGCUUCUGUGUGUACAGUUUUGUUCCCUCCAUUGAAGCAAAUGGAGAAUCUGUGGGAGCGACAGAUUUGGGGGCCCCUCUUCACAUGUCCAGUCUGCAUCAUGGUUGCUGCUGAAAUGGCUGCAGUUGUACAAAAUGUUGCUCAAGCAAGCAGCUGGGUGUGGCUGUACAUAAUUCUUCCCAGAGGGUACCAAACCCAGAGAUUACACAUGUGAAUUGGGCCUUAGCUCCUACAUGGGUUUUCUUUCCUUGGAUCAUACUGAUCCAAUACUAGCUGUGUUAGGUGUCUGUACAGUUAGUGAGCCUUCUGUUUCUCCCAUCUUGAGAAUCCAGUUUUGCAUCACUUUAAGAUUCUCCUUUAUUUUUCAAGCUAAAUCUUCUGGGGCCAAGUUUUUCCUUCCACGGGCAUGGUUUGGAAUAGUUCCUGUGGAGAAAUGGCAUUUCUCACGUAGUCUCCCAGAAAAGUCUUUGUGUGGGAUGGUAGAGUGCUGACAGCUCCUUGUUACUAAUUUCAAACCCCACACCCCCCAAAGUAGUUCUCCAUGGGAAGACUAGGGCUGGGCGAUGUCAGCUUUUCAACAUCAUGAUGUAUCACCAGCCAAACAUCACAAUAUAGUGAUACAUCAUGAUGUUGAAAAGUGGAGGGAGGAACAAACUGCAUCGGCCCUGGUUCUGCGAGGGAGUGGUGGUGCCUCAGCUCCCUCAGCCUUGUGGGGUUGGGGUCGAUGCAGCUUGUUCCUUCUUCCAGGCGCUGGUGGUGGCGGAGUCAGGCACAGGCAAGCCUCACCCGUGAUAUGCCACCGGGUGAAGAUGCCAUCGCACUCUGGUCCUCAAACCGGUCCUGGGUGAUGUAUCAGUACAUCGCCCAGGCCUAACCAAGGCCCUCUCAUGAAGGACAAUAUUGCUGAAAUCCACUUAUAAGGGGGAAGUGAUUUAGAGGUAGUGAAUAAUAAAGUGGGCACAAAGACUUAGAUCAUUGACUGCUGAAUUCCACUUAAAUCCAGAAUACUUUAAACAUUUUUUUUAAAAAAAAAGUCUGAUUCGGUUUACAUUUAGAUUGGCUUUAUAGCACUUUUCAGAAGACGUUUCUUCUGGAAAUGCAAAACAGCAGAGCCGUAAGAAGUAUUUUCAUUAAAAAAAAAACAAUAGAGACUGCUCUUUUGAUACAUUAGUCUGUGCUUCCACUUAUUUUCAUUUUUAAAUACCCAAUUUUAACCAGAGUAAUUGGUCCUAAUAGCAUUAAAAUGAAUAUGCAAGCAGAAGCACCUUCUAAAUGUGACUGUGGGUUGGACCCAGACUUUGAUGCAAUCUUGUACACCUUUACCUGGGAGUAAGUCCUGUAAGCUUACUUCUGGGAAGACACACAUAGGAUUGUGCUGCCAGUCAUGUUUGGAGUAGGUCCAUUGAAAUCACUGGAACUUACUCUUAAGUCCCAUGGAUUUAAAUGGGUGUCCUCUAGGAAAGUCUCAAGUCUGUAUCCAAGCCAACCAAAACAAAUUCAGAUUCUUAUUGUGACAAAUGUCUUUUCUUUUUUUAAAAAAUGUACGUACUAAAUAUAAUUUGUACAUAAAACCCAGCCAAAAUAAGGACAGCAAGAUUUGGUGCCUUUUUAACAAUAUUUUCUCUUUUCCUUUUCUUCCCGUCACCUUUUGCUUUUGUUUUCAUGUGUUUUGGUUGUGGCUUAUCCUGUAUGUUCUCCUCCUCAUCCCACCUUUGCCUGUCUACAUCCACCAUUUCAUUUCACCCCAUACAUCCUUAGCAUGGCAAGGCACUGACCUGAUGCAUAAUCACGUCUUGGCUGAUGAUGACCAAUCAAGUCUAGACUCCUUGGGUCGUCGCAGUAGCCUUUCUCGUUUGGAGCCUUCCGACCUCUCUGAAGACUCUGACUAUGACAGUAUAUGGACAGCCCAUAGUUACAGAAUGGGGUCUACAUCUCGUAAGAGCUGUUGCUCAUAUAUCUCUCACCAGAACUAAUGCACUUCUGAGCUUUUCUUAACAAAUGCUUGUUGUAUCACAGCCUGCUUUUCUUAGAUGUUUUCUUGCAGUUCCUUGUCUCUUUUAAUGUGAUAUUUUAACAACCUUCGGGGUGGGGGGAAACCAAUUUCUGAUACUUCAGUCACACCUUGUUGGGAUACACUAAUAGGAUCUCUUUUUUAUAUAAAGAUUGGGAGCAUUGAUAUGUAGCUAUGAAUGGUUUAGUUUUUGUUUGGUUUUUAAGUUUCGGUGUAGCCAUAACACUUAUUUCCUUAGCCCCCUUCCCAGCCCCAUUUUUACAGCACAUGGCUCGUAUUCUGUGAAGAAACACUUGUGCCAUCUGUAUGGAAAUUCUUUUAGCCUUACAGUGUUUAGGUUGGUGUGUAUUAACAAUAAAACAGGGGAAACCAAACACAACAACUGCAUAAAUGUACAAGGAAAAUCCCAGAGAGGUGUAUAUGCAGUUAACUCUGUGUAUUCAUUUUCGAAGAGCAAGCCAAGUGUGUUACUAUCCUGUCUACAGUUCUUAAAAAGCUGGGAGAACCACAUAUACGUUUAAAAAGUUGAGCAAGCAUGGGAUGGUUCACAAUUGUAAAAUACUGUUCCGAUAACUAUUGGCAAGGUGAAGUUCACUGCCACUUUAUGCCUACAAGUCAGAGAGUUCUGCAGCUAGCUCCACACAUCCAUCAGGGAUUUGGAUGUGUUUCCUUUAACAGCAGACACUUCCUUCCCCUAUCUUCACAGCAGACCAUGUUUGAUACUUAAGGGAAUUUCAAAAGCAGUUUUCAGCACAGUUGCCUGGUGUGACAAAAAGAAUGUCAGUGCGCUGAAGGAUUCGUAAGCUCCUGUGUCUAAAAAAGCUCUCUGGCCUGUGGCUGAUAAGUUAUAAGGCAAUGUUAACCAAUACAUGUGCAACAGUAAAUCAUUACUUUCUGCGGUAGGAAGGAAUUCCUAAAUUUUAUUUGACGAUAAAAACACUUUCUAAGAUCCCUUUUAAAAAAUGUCCAGUUUUUUAGAAGUGCCAUGUCUCUCCCUGUUAACUUUUUGAAGUUCAUUCAGCUCUCCAGAUCUUGCUUAUGUCUGCAAUUGCAUGUAACUAUAGUAGUACCUCGGAAGUUGAACGCCCUGCGACUCAAAUGUUUUGGCUCCUGAACGCAGCAAAUCUGGAAGUGAGUGUUCCGGUUUGUGAGCGUUCUUUGGAACCCAAACGUCCGACGCGGCUUCCGAUUGGGUGCAGGAGCUUCCUGCAGCCAAUCGGAAGCCCUGCCUUGGUUUCUGAACAUUUUGGAAGUCAAACGGACUUCUGGAACGGAUUCUGUUUGACUUCCGAGGUAUGACUGUAUAAGUUUAUUAAUUUCUUUCAUAAGCACACUUUUCAUUUGGAUUAAUAGUACCCAGGGCUUUUUUUCAGCCAGAACUCACCAGAAAUCAGUCUCUGUACUUCUCAGGUGGGGGCCAUUGCUGUUAUAAGAGAGGUGCUCAUUCAUGAGUUCCGACACCUCUUUUUCUAGAAAAAUAACACUGAUAGUACCAUUGAAUACUUUGAGAUACCUUUUUGUAUUAUAGGAGCCCAAUAUACUUUUUGGGGAGCUGUGUUUUACAGAUAAAAUUACUAGGAAAUGUAAUCUAAAAUAAAACAACAAAGAAUCAGAAUUGCUAUUAGAAGCUGGCAACUUCUUUCCCCCUAGGAUGCUGAAACUACUGUACCCACUGUCCUAACAUCAUUGUUUGAAUAAAUUAAACCAAGCAUAAUGUUCUAUUGCUGCUUUCUAGAAACUUAAUCAUAAAUGCUUAUGACUCCUCAGAUGACAACACACAUCUAUGCAGGUAAUCUUUAGUUUCCACUGCUUAAUGACUGAACAGGAUACAAAGGGCCUAAGGAACAAACAAACUGACCCAGUAGGUGUAAAAUUACUUGCACUUAAUUUUAAGCAAUUUAUGAAUAAAUGUCCCAAAACUGAAGCACUCAAGAGAGGAUUGUUAGCAAUGAAAUAGCAUGGACCUGUUUCAGCUGCACCUAAUUCAACUGCUGGGACGCGGGUGGCACUGUGGGUUAAACCACGGAGCCUAGGACUUGCUGAUCAGAAGGUCGGCGGUUCGAAUCCUCCAACAGGGUGAGCUCCUGUUGCUCGGUCCCUGCUCCUGCCAACCUAGCAGUUCGAAAGCACGUCAAAGUGCAAGUAGAUAAAUAGGUACUGCUCAGGCGGGAAGGUAAAUGGCGUUUCCGUGCACUGCUCUGGUUCGCCAGAAGCAGCUUAGUCAUGCUGGCCACAUGACCUGGAAGCUAUAUGCCGGCUCCCUCGGCCAAUAAAGUGAGAUGAGCGCCGCUACCCCAGAGUCGGUCACGACUGGACCUAAUGGUCAGGGGUCCCUUUACCUUUACCUUAAUUCAACUGCCAGCCGAUGGUCCAGUUUUGGCUGGAGAGAGAGAGAGAGAGAGAAAAAGAGAGAGAGAGAGAGGUUUGCUUCAGGUCAAAUGGUGUGGAAGGCAAGACACUGCCUGCAGUCUGGCCCCACUUAACCAGUAAGCUACCUGCUGCUGCAGCCUUGAUUUAAUACCAGCAUUUCAUUGUAGUGCUCUACCUUUGCACAUCCCUAAGGCUGCAGAAAGUAACAUGAGGAACCGUAUGCAGCAUAGCAGUGACCCAGAGGGAUGAGCCAGGAGCACCAAUCUACAGAUUGCUGUUGUUUUAUGGGUUUUGAGUCACUUUCUAGCUUCUGUUGCGCCCCUGUGGUAGCAACAGGAGGCCUAUGCUGCAGUUCCAGCGCUUUAUAGGAGUCGGCUCAAGUUUUGAGUAGGGAAAUGGCAGGGGUGGGUUUUCUUAGCACACUACAUUCAGAACAUCUUCCGUUUCAAAAUGUGCCCCCUGCUGGAAUGCUUUCCUUCCUUGGGGAAAAAUAUAUAGGGUACUCAUGCACAUAUACCACAAGUGCAGAAGCAGCUGGAAGGAGGCAGCUUGAGUCAAAAUGGCCAGGCCUCUGUUGCCCUUCAUAAAAACAAAAAAGGGAAACCAGGAAACUGUUCAAACAUGUCUGCUGCAUAAAGCCUAAUUUGACCCUGAGAAUUCUCAAAGCUCAGUUUAAAAACAAAACAAAACAGACAACACUGAAGGCAUAAAUUUAAGCAAUCGUGUUCUGGCUUUUAGACAAUAGAUGUUUCUUACAGUGGCUGAAAGCUUUUUAAUUGAUUCUGUUGCUCUCAAGAUAAUGUAUUAUGGAUAUGGCAUACCAUGGUUUCCUUGGAACUCCCCCCUCCCCUUCUCAGAAUUAUGUUUAACUAAUUUUGAAUAUCCAAAGCACUGAAAAAAUUGCCACCAUCAAUUAUUACAAGAGCUGCGGACCAUCAGAACAAUGGAGUCUUUUUACGGUAAUUUUCUUUGGUUUAACCAUGCCAUUAAAAGGUCCUUAUCAGUGUUCUCACUGUGGCAGACUGCUGGCUUUUGUGAAUGGAACAGAAGUGUUAAUGCAACCAGCAUUAAAAUAUAAUUAUAAUAAUAAUAAUCCAGUGUUAAAAUGGUGGUAUUCAGCCCAAAGUCUUAGUGUUUUAUUUUUGUGAAACUUAAAUGAUAUUAAUAAUGGUACCUAAUGUUAUACAAUCUGUAAGAUAAGUGUGUACAGUUAGUAUUAAAAUGAAGGCGUACAGAAUUUGAAUUAGAAUGUUAGGUGUGAGCCAUUGUCAGUCCCUUUCACACAGCUUAAAUGAUACUGCCAUUCAAUAAGUAUUUGCUAUAAGGUGACAGUAAGCUAUUAUUAAUUGUGUGUUUUGCAUAAAUCAUGCCAAAACACAAUAAAAUGUGUAUAUAGUGAUGUUUUAAAAAAGAACAAAUAUAUAUAUUGUUCAUUUCAUUUGUGAAUGGGAGAAGCCAUCUUUAGUAAGUUACUGACUUUUGAAGACAAUUAUAAUAGAUGUAUAUCUGAAUGUGCAUUGUAUUGUACAGUUUGCAUUUUCUUGUUUGUGGUGGCAUAUAACAACUGCGUGUUUUCUUUUUGUUUUUUUUUUAAAAGGUUUCUGUUAUGUACAGUUGAAAUAAAUUUUGCAUUUACUAGCCUAUGCCUUUAAUAUUAAAAUUAUUAUGCUCUGAAAAGGGCAGCUUUUUAUAAUUCCUUUUAAAAAAUAUUCCUUUUGGAUGUAGUCAAGCAAUAUGGAAGCCAAGCACUAAAGUAAACAUGUUUCAUUUAGGGCCUGGGUGUGUAUAUAUAACACCUUUUGUGCUCUGAUGAGUUAUUUCACACAGAUUUUGCUUUAUGUAGGGUUUUAGCUUUCUAAAAACAACAACAACCACCCUGUAAAGUUCUAAAUUUCCAGUUAUUUGCUAUUUAUAGAACAUGGCUCUGGUACUACUGUAGUUGCGUUUCAUUCUGUGCAGUGGGCGACCUCAGAUUGUGGGUGUUCAUCUGCAUCAAAUGUGUCUUUCUAGAUUAGAUGGGAAAGGGAUGUGCACCCAAAACAUCAGCUGUGUAUGAAGAUUUUAUUUGCUGGAUCAGGGUACACAUGAUUCAAUACAUUUUAAUAUGGUAGUGUUACUCCUCUGGUAUUUGGCAGGGAGCAUGCUUAAAUGACUUAAAGAAAAAAUUAGUGAGAAAUGUCUCCGAUGUUUUCAGGGUAUAUGUUUACAUAUUUGGAGCUCUGUUGUAUAGGCUGAUCAAUAGUAUAAAUAGCAGCAGCAGAUCCAGUGGGGCAUCCCAGGUGAGUGAGGGACCUUUCUGAUGUGGCGGUGCUCUGGCACCCAUGAGAAGUGACUAGAUUUGGAUGGAGCAUAUAUCCAUCAACUGGCUCUUGAGAGCCACAGAAUUUUCACCAAGGUACCUGGAUUUUCAAAGAGUAAAUGUGUGUGAUGUUGUUGUUCUUAAACAUUGUCAUUGUGUGAACUAAGUAAAAUACUGGAAAAGGUCCUGCUAUGUAAAUAUUUGUAUUGUUACUGCUAUGUUGGCAAUUCAUCUGAACUAAUCACGACUGCUUUUUUCCCUACUGAGCAUCCAUAUUAGUUAGGGAUUUAUGAGCAGGUCUCUUUCUGAAGUAAGUAUUGCUGUGUCAUUCCUUAAAACUCCAAAAAAAAAUGGGAAACAAUGUGCACUUUCCUCUGACUUCCUUUGUCAAAAUACAGGAGCUAAUACUGUAACUUUGUAACAUUGGAGUUUGGUGUCUCUUAAGACUGCAAUCUUGUAUAUACUUACUUAGGAAUUAAGUCUCAUUGGAUGGCAAAAUUUUCUUAUGAGUAAACAUGCAUAGGAUCAGGCUGUAAGGCUGUUUUAACAGAUUUUUAUUUCAGUAGUUCCCUGAAAUAUUUUAUUGACUUGGUUAGCAUGUAAUGCUAAGCCAUGGUUUAUUAAAUCACAUUUUUCUAUUGUCCAAACAAUAGAAUCUUAACCUUGGUUUGUUAACCAUCUUAACCUUGGUUUGUUAAUCAUGAACAAGCCAUGCUCACUAGGCUUGGUUUAUUAUUGGUUUAUAAACCUUGGUUGAUAUUAACCAUGGUUUAGCAUUACGUGUGAACUCAGACAUUGAGGUUUUUUAUGUUCAUCACUUGUUCUUGGUAAUAAAGAAUAUUGGUCAUUGUCUGUGACGUAAAAUGAUUUAUGACAUGCUUGUUUAGCUACAUAAAUUUUCAGUGCAUUUCCAUAUGCAAAUAUUGACAGUAUAAAACUGAAGAAUAAUAGGAUGUGUGGUAAGGUGGGAGCAACAGCUAAAGGAAUAAAAUGCAGAAAAGUGUUAUGUAAACACCUAAUGUUGAAAACAGAGAUAAAGAAAUUUUAUUUAGAAGUGAACAUGAAGCUUAAUUGUAACAGUAAUCCAUGGUAAUGGCCUUAAAAUAAAACACAAUUAAAUAUUUUCCCUUUAUUAGUUUGAAUAUUGCAAAGCAUAAACAACUGACUUCAUAAAUACAAGGUCUCAAAUCCGAAGUUAUUCUUUCGUUAAUGUAAACAUCAGUGAUUUUCUGCAGCACCUCACAUCAUGAUCCACACUACUUCCAAGAGUCCCCCAUCUGCCAAUAGCAUUUAUUGGGUUGGGCAGGUAGGGGUCUGUAGUGGGAGAAGGGGAAUUCCUGCUCCAUGAACUGUGUUCCUUUCAGGGAAGGAAAACUAAGAUCCAAGCCAAUGAAAUGUGCUGUUAAUGGUUGACUUAACUAAUUAAUAUUUUGCCAGGUGACACUUGCCAGUCAAUUUUCACUCUGAAAUGCAACACUUGUAGGUUUUUGGCUAAAGGUAUUCAGAAGCAGACUUUCAAUAUGAGCGGUACUGUUGUGUAUAUUGUUUUAGUUCCAAAAGUAUACCCAAAUGCUUCAUCAGCUUUGUAUUGUGCUAGGGAAAUCCAAUUAACUUAAGUAAACACAGUUAAAACACUUCAGAUGUUUUCCAGUUAAGCUGUCAGGCUGUGAUCCAGAAUGAAUGGUAGGAUUAGAUUUUUUUCCCUACUCAGUGCUGCAAGAAUCUACAGCUUGUUGAGUUUCAUGAAAAAAAUUGAGCAGGGGCUUUUUUAAGCAUAUAAUUCAUAAUUACCUUUUAAAUAUAUGCCCUCUCGUCCUUCUGUUUUUAAAAAGUGAAUACAGGUGAUCUGCUAUAUAAAAAUAUAUUAUCCUUUUCCCAUCUUGUGGUCUCUUCAUUUCUUGAGACCAUUUUCAUGAAAAGACAAGAUAGAAACCUGUACAAGGUGUGUUUCUUUACAACUGUAAAUAAUGUGUUACAUAGCUUACUGGAAUAAGUGAACAAUUGUUAGCUUGUCUACCUUGUUUAUUGAUUUGGUUUAAGCUCCUAUGUGUAGUCCAAAAUGUUUUGUUUUAUAAUCACUUCUCUCAUCCUUGUAUUUUAAAAGGUUUUAUUGUUUAUGUGUCAUUUACUCAGAUCAGGACACAACAGUCUUCUAUCUCAUCCAUGAGUUCAAACUGAAUGAGCAGAAUUGUCAAACUAAACUGAAAAUUAUUUUUUUACUCUGGGUGAGUUUAUAUAAUCAUUUUUGACAGGAGGUAUAUGUUUCACCAUGGUUAAAUAUAGUUCGUCUUCAGUGGUGGAGGGAUUUCCGGAGCACAUUACUCAUCCCACUUGCUCUGAAGGUGGCUCUAUUCAAGUCCUUCUUGGCCCUUCUGAUAGGGGGAGACUUCCAAGUUCUUUCUCUCUCUGUUCUGAGUAAACAAGGUUGGUGCACUAGCAUUGCUGUGGGGCCAAACAGACUGCUGACGCUCCUUUUUUAUUGUCUCCUUCCCUCCUUGAGUUUUAGAGUCUGAUCAGGAAGGGAGCCAACACACAGCUUCACCUUUAGAAGGUACUUAGAAGAAGAAGAAAAAGUGAGGAGCAAAGAUCAUGCUGAUAAUGUUUCAACAACCACCAGUCUAGGAACAGGAUGCUUCAUUGGCUACCCAUAAAUAGGUGGUUAGCCCCUGGGGUACUAGGAACCAGCAGGAAUGGGGACACCACCAACCUAGGACUGCUGCUCACUUGGCAGAAAAAAGCAUGAACUUUUGGGCCGAGGAUGGACACCCUCUCCUGUCCAGCAUAGUGGGUGUGGGUGUUCACCCAGAGGUUUUUAAUUUGAUUUGCACGUUGGUGGUCAGAUAUACUAGUACUGGCCUCCAUGAGAAUAGAGAGAAAGCAGAAAGCCAAAUGCCCUGACCCCACAAAUUACCCGCCAGUCCUGCCACCCACCUUCACCCUAAGGCAUAGGGCUGGGAAGGAGAAACAUGAAAAGCAGGCUCUUAAAAUGUAGAUAAAUUUCAGCAUUUACUAGGUGAAAACUCCUCAGCAUGUUUGGAACAGGAAUUUCCACCCAUCAUUCAUACAUUUUAUUCUUAUUAUUCUUAUUAUUAUGGGGGAAUAUUAAGUUUCUAAGACUGGUUUUCAGAAGGUGUGUCUGUUGUGUUUGGAGUAUUAUGCCAUAGCACUGUAGUGCAGCUCUAGGGGGAUUAAUGUACGGCUUUAAUUUCCCCCCUAACCUAACAUGCUCACUUAGAUUGCUUGCUCCUCCCUUCCCAUUUUUGGAUUACGGGUGUCCCGUACAAGCCUCACAGCAAGAAUAUUUGACCACUAAACAAUUUGAGAACAAGUUCAUGAACACUGUUGGAAGGAACAGCCAACUCCAGUUACAGUUCUCUUCCAACCAGUGUAGAGGAGCAACAGGAGGAUGCUCUCCAUACAAUCCCAGGCCGUUUGUCCUUGUGGAGCAAGGAUUCAUUCAAUACUUUCAUCAAGCCUUGAAAAAUAAUGUUAUUGUUGUAUUAGUUGACCUUGGGUGUUAAUCUUAUAAUUGUCAAGAGAUUAGAGAGCCACCUUAACUUUACAAAGCUUGUCAAAUGCCACAUAUUCCAAUGGGGGAAGCCAGUCAAAAUGGCAAUUUAUUGACCUUCACAGAAUCUCAUGGAUGUGUAUACAUUCCCAUUCACUACCAUCACUGCAGAUUCCCAAGUUCCAUAAACAGGAAUGAACUCUUUCCAUACAAGACCCUCCCAGUUAGCCUCUCAUCGGCUCUUGGUUUUUGCCCAUACUCAUAAUGUUUCUGAUUCCCAACUAUUCACGUUUAACCAAAUGGCCACCAGUAUUGUAACACCUUGGCAGUGUAAGUGAGUUUCAAAUAUUUUGUAAAAUAAUCUUAUUGUGUGCAAAAAGUUGGAGCUUGUCAGAGGCAAGGGAAACUUCCUUCAGAAAAUGGAGUCUCGAGAUGAAAAAAACAACAUACACUUUAGCAAAAGAAAUGCAAGCAGAUGAUAAGGAAAGCAAAACAAUAAUUUGAAGAGCACAUCACUAAAAACAUUAAGACCACCACCUCCAAUAAUAAUAAUAAAAUAAUAAAUCCUUAGAUAUAUUAGAAGCAAGAAAGGGGCUGGCACGAUCAUAUAUGUGCUAUAUGAGGAAAAGCAAAUAGCAGAGAAGCUAACUGAAUUAUUUGAAUCUGUCUUCAUUGUGGAAGAUGAAGGCAAGAUCCCUGUUCCUAAACUAACUUUCUCAGAAAGGGAGACUGGGGCAAUUAGUGGUGCCAGGAGAUUACGUUCUAUGCCUAAUGACAAAUUAAAAAUGAACAAAUCAGUGGGUCCAGAUGGAAUCCACCCAGAGUUCUUGAACUCAAAUGUAAAAACUUUAAAUUAAAAUUUGUAACUUGUCCCUAACUGGAAAGUGCCAAUGUAACAGCAGUUUUUAGAUCCUAUGGGAAUCUGGGGAAUUAUAGGCCAGUUAGCAUUUGUUCUGAUGGUAGAAAGCAUUCUUAAAGAUAUAAUUGCCACACAUGUAGAAGAACAAAUCUUGCUGAAGAAGAACCAGCAUGGCUUCCACAAGGGUAAGUUCUGUGUAACCAAUUUUCAGAGUUGAGUGUCAGUAAGCAUAUGGAUGGGGUAAUCCAGUACACAUUGUGUAGUUGGACUAUCAAAAUGUUAAUAAAAUUCCUAAAGACUCUUGUAAGGUUAGCAGUCACAGGAUAAAGAGACAGAUCCUCUGAUGAAAGGAUAACUGAUUAAAGAACAGGAAAUGGAGAGUAGGGAUAAAUUGAUUCUCACAAUGGAGGGGUGUAAAAAGUGAGACCUCCCAAUGGUUAGUGUUGGGACCUGUGCUUUUUAACUUGUUCGUAGAUGACCUGGAGUUAGGGGUGAGCAGUGAGAUGGCGAAGUUUGCUGAUGACACCAAAUUGUUCAGGGUGGUAAGUACAAAAAGCGAUUGCAGGCUGCUCCAAAAGGAUUUCUCCAAACUGAAUGAAAUGGCAUAUGCAAUCCGAUGUAGGCAAGUGUAAAUUGAUGCACAUUGGGGUAAAAAAUUCUAACUUCAUAUAUAUGUUAAGUGGAAUGUGAGUUAAGCGGUUAUUGUGCAUAAUAACUGACCAUUGUGCACAUUCACCAGGCAUCAUGGGGAAUGUGCACAUAAUUCUUUCAUGGGGAGGAGAUGGUACACAUUUCUCAGUCAAUAUAUCUAACCUCCAAUAGGCCUUGGGAAAUGUGCAUAUUUUGAUAGAAUUUUGUACGUUCCUCAGGCAGGUUUUGGAUUAUGCCUGACUGCUGUUUUCCUGACCUGAAUCAGAGGUACUUUACACUCUUUCUCUCCCAGCUCUUUUCCCAUGAUGAUUGACCUCAUGCUGCUAUUAAGCUUUUUCCUAAGUUUAAUAGACAUACUUGAGGGCAAUUUCCAUCAUAAUCAUGGUUGGUUUAAACUUUCCCUCUCCUUGCAGCCCCCCUUGUGCUGCUCAGCUGACUGGUGAACAGCUGAGAGGUGAAAAGGGGGCUGGACAACAGAAAAAAAUUGAUAUUUUCCUGCCCCCCUGUCUUUCUGCUACUUGCCUGAUCAAUAUGAUGUGGGCCAUGUAAGUACUGACAGUGGUCUAGAAGCAGCUGACUGCACUUGUAAACAAGAAACAGGGGGGAAAUGUGCAUGUUUCUUAGAUUAUAUGCAUACUGACCAGAGAAUGUGCAUGUUGGUAGGACAAUGUACAAGAUUCAGCUGAGAUAUGCACAUACCCCAAGGUCUGUUGAGUAUGCAUAUUAGCCAGAGAACAUACAAAAUUCAGUCAAUAUAUGAACUUUCUCAAAGGCCUGUUGAAGAUUAUGUAUACUGACUGGGCAAAGCACACAAUUCCUUCUUCAUGUAAGGAUCCAUGUACUUAUUCUCCUUGAGGCCUGGGGAAUGUUCUUGUCUUUCAUAUCUGUUCUUUGCUUCAUUAUCAUUAGUACUGGAAUUGACAGAAACACACCUUACAAUUGGCCCGUUUAGCUGAGUAAUGCAUAUGGAUCGACAAGGUGCUUUGUAAGUGGAAGCAUUGCCAUUACAAGGGUCUCUUGUCGCUACCUCUUGCAGCAGUGCUGUCAUCUCCCCUCAAGGUUUGUCAUAUUUAAAGACAAGCCAGAAUGCCUGGAAGUAGACACUUGUCCUCCUAGAUGGAAAGAUGUAUUCAACGCUGCAUGAAUGGAGUUCCACUUCUCAUCUCCCCUCCCUCUGCAUCUCCAAAAUCUCCCAUCACUAUGUAGCAUAUUUUGCAGGUGCGCAGGGGAGCGGAGGAGGAAGUUUCAUUGCACAUGCAGAAGCCUGGCGAGUGGAAAAGCAGUGUUGGCUACAUCCCUGAGGAUGUAAACAUGUUCUUGACACCAGUCUAGAGAACUUUGGCUGAUGCUACUUUGGUGUAUUUGUGUGGAGGUUGUCAAGCUCUGAUUUCAACCCUUUCGCAUGUCUGUCUCCCAGUAAAUUCACCCACGUUGCCAUGUCAUGAAGUGUGCUGUUCUAAUGGUUUGACUGGGACUUCCUAUUGAUGUGCAGGCAUCUUUUGUGAUUAUUUACUUUGACAUAUCUUCAGAUGAACUUCUUCAAAUGGUUUAUACCUUUCAGUGUUCCAUAGUUUGGUUUUAAAUCUACAGAUCAGAAAGUUUUAUCUUUAAUCAUGGUUAAUCCUUUAUUCUUUUCUCGCUCUCUUUUCACCAGCUAUUUUCUUGAUUUUAUGCAUUAUUUAUCUAAAGUAUAUCAAUCAGCAAAGCAAGCCCCUCUGAAUUUGUUAUUGGAGUGCCAGUUGAGAUGUGAAUAAAAUAGUGAUUGCCAUGUGUGUGUGUCCUGUGUUCUGUAUUUCCUAAGUAAUGAGAUUGUUAGUGCAAACUGCAAUAGUUUUUAACCUUGAUACGAUAUUAGUUUUAUUUUUACCACAGUUUUAAAGACCAUUGAACAUGUCAUUUUGCAAAGCACAUCUAUAGGUAUUUGUAAAUCAAACCAAAAGAUUUAUAGUAUCUUACUUAAAGACAAGGAGUUUGCAAAUUGGGCUUGAGUCCCACUGAAAUCAAGGGGCGGGCUUUGUUGAUCUUGCUGUUUUUAAUUGCAAGCAAACUCAAAUUAUGCAAGAACGUAAAAAUCAUAACAUUAUGCAACACAUUUUGUGUGUGUGUGUAAAUGUUGCUUAAUUUAUAUAUGUUCCAAUUUUAUACUUGUCAUGGUGCAGAAUUUGGAUUACCCAGUUAUAAAAAUUAAGUUAUUUUGGUCCCAGGUACAUGCAUGCAGGUCAUACAGGAUUACCUCUAGAAUUGCAACCUGGAAAAAUCUCCUAUUUAUUUAUUUACUUGAUUUUUAAUUUCAAGGAACAAAACACCCCCAUAUAAGGAAUAGAGCUUCUCUUACAGAGAUGAAAGAAAAAGAGCAGCUGGUGGUUGUAAUUUUAGACAUAUUCAUGCCUUACUUUGGUAACACAGCACUGUGAAGUAUAUUUACAAAUCCAAUUAAAUUUAAGUUAAACAAGAACAUUCACUUAUUUUAUAAAUGAUGAAGAGCCUGCAGGAGUAAAUCACAUGCUUUUUUAAUGCAGGAAGCCAGAAGCCAUGAUGUGGAAAUAUUGGGGAGCGGGAUGCAAAACAGGAAAGUCUCUCAACUUCCUUACUUGCAAAAUACUAAUUGUAUACUGGCUUAUGAUUAUUGUAGAAUGCACACUUGAAAAUCAACAUUGGGGAAACCUUUAAAACAGCACUUUCAGUGGCUCUAUCAUAAGGUUACCAGAUUUUUUUCAAUGAAUCUGGGGACACUUUUCAACUUCAGUAGGAAUGAUAGGAUUUUGUCAGUGAAAAUCACUCCCUUUUAAAGCUGCUGUUUGCUUUGGGAUGAAAUCCUUUAUUAACACAAAUGAAUAUAUCCUCCCAAUGCAAAUAGCUUCAAAUGAGCAAGUUCCAUGAGGACCACUGCAAGGGAGGAAAGGGUUAAAUGUCCCCUCCAAUCUCCCUUCCCCAGCAGCUGCUAUUUGUAUUUGUAAUUUUUUUUUUUUAAAGUGCAGAAUUUUAUAACAUGGGCGGCUUGGGCUUGAUGUCUUGAUGUUGCUGGAUAUUGUUUUUCAAAACUCUUCUUCCAUUAUUAACAGUCUACCCGUUUGUUGCAAAUGUUUAUCUUGCUUUAGUUUGCUUCUGCUUUAAUGUAAUUCUAAACACGUAUGUGUUCCUGCUGGUUGUUUACACAUUUCUGUAUCCUCUGUACAAUGCAAAUUUGCAGCAUAGAUGGCUUUCUUAUAUUGGCUUCUGGGAAACAGAAGAACUUAAGUUCUGUUGGGUUAAUCAAAGCAUUUGUAUUAACAGAAGAAAAUCAACACAACAUGGGCUCAUUUACAAGUCACUACCACUUGCUCACUACUUCCUGGCUUGUAAAUACAAGUUAGGAACAUUCACUUCAAUGGGUAUAAAUUAAUUUCAAUAUUGAAAAGUUGUGGUCAUUUUGUGAAAUGGGCUGUAGGUCAAUCAGUAGAUUUCCAUCCCAAGCCUUUGCUAAAUGAAUUGUCUGUGGGAUCUCUAGAUAAACCUUUCAGAUUUAUGUAAUUAAAAUGUUUUGAAAUGAUUGGUGGGUUUUUUGUGUGGUUUUUCUAGACCAAAAGUGUGGAAGUGUCUUUGUUUUCCCCUUCUCGUAUACAGAGCUUUGAUGUGCCUUCAUUUCAGCCCAUUCCGUCACUACAAAACCAUGCUUUUUCUUGCCAUGCAACUGCAUGUUUUUUAAGAAGAUACAAGUCUUGGAUGGUUUUAAUAUCCUAAACAUUUAACAAAGUUGUUUUCAGACACAAGGGCUGUGCUUCUAAGUGUGCAUUAUUAUUGGGAAAUAAGUGGGAAAUAAGUGACAAGCUGAAGGUUGUGUUUAGAUUGUUAUUUAGUACGUAAAUAAAUUAGAGUUGAGAAGCGGAUCUGGCCUAUUGUGUAGUCAUGUUUGCUAGAAUCUGUUCAUGACAUUCUGUAAUAGUUGUCUUACCAUGUAUCAAAAAACAUUUAGUAACUUAACCGUUUUUGAUGCCUUUCAUAAGGCUUACAUUCCUUCCAGUUACCUUUCCUUCUCCGUUUAUUGUAACAUCCAUGAAAUCAAAUAAUUAUUUGUUGAAAUAAAUUGUGCUUCAGAUCUCAUGCAUUCUAAAAUGAUAGUUACCUAAUUCCCCAGGAACUGAACUGAUAGUUUGGAUUUAGGUUUUUAAUUUAUGUCAGGGAGCUACUGAUAAAAAUGUUUGGAAAUAAAUACCUAUUCCUUACCACACACAAAGGGAUAACAGUGUUUCCAUGUCAUCAAUUUCAGUGUCGUUAUUGCAAGAGCAUCCUUUAUUUCAGUACAGUAACAAGAAAUUACUUGAUUUACACUGUAUUUAAAAAGUUAAUGAUGUGUCAUCGUUGUGUGCAAAGAAUAGCACAAUUCAUUCAGUGUUGCCUCUUUUUACGACAUGGUGGUUUUUUAUGGUGUUUAUUCUUUUAAAAUUAGUUGCAGUGAUGUGUCAAACAUAUUUCUUCUGCCUAAUUGUUCUGGGUAAUGAUGAAGUACCCCUUGUUUGAAAGAACAUCUAUUUUUAUGUUACCUUGCCUUGUCCUUUGAUUUUACUUCUUAAAGUUCUUGAGUUCGAGCAAGUUAGACGGAAAACACUUGUUUUGUAUCUUCUUUUUCCUACGUUUGCAGCAUAAAAGAUCUGGUUUUGAUCCUAUUUUCAGAACAACAACUGUGUGUAAGUGGCUUAUUAAGAUUUCUGUACCAUAGGUUUUCGGUUUAACUAGUGACCAUUUGCCAAAUGGGAACUUGCCACCUGGUAAACUGGUAUCAUCCUGUCAGGUUGUAAGGAGGCUUUAACUACACAUUUGGUACAGAUAAGUGAUAAAACAAUUCUCUGUAUAGGCUUUGUGGUGGUGUGUUUCUUUAGCUGUUGUGGCAGAAAUAUUUUCCUCUACACAUCUUGUAUGGUUGUUCCUUUGUAUCUACUCCUUAUUUGUGUUUAGUUCUGAGAAUAUUGUCAAGAAUGUGUUUUCCCCCUUGAUCCUAAAUUUUAUAGUGACGAUUAAGAGAAGAAGCAGUCUCUAUAUUAUGUGACUUAGGUCAAAUAGAUUUUGAGAGUGAAGGCUAAUACUUUGAAUUAUGCUUAGCAAUAUAGUAGAGCAUCAUUACAAUUUUUUUUCUAAUGACCAACCAAUUUUAGAGCCAGGUUACUCCAUUGAAGCAGUUGCAAUUCCUAAAUAUUUUAUCAGAAAUGCCUCUUUUAUUAGGUGUAUUAUAUAGUCAGGCGAUCACAACCACCCAAGAUAUUUUCAUAUGGCGUGCUUUUGCAAUAUCUACAGAAAUUUCAAUUAUAUUAGUGAAAAUUCAUUAUUGCCUGAUUAAGUUACUGGCGAAAGAUCAUUACUGCCUGAUUAUGUUACUAGGCUCUCUGUAUAGAGUUUUCUUAGAUUUAACUAGGCAGUGCUAAUCUGAUCUGCUCAUAGCUCGAAAAACAUAAGUGGCAAUUUGUUGGCCAGUCUCACAUAAACUAGUGUGAAUACACCUAUGGAAGUAAUUGGCAUACACCCCCAUGAUAUGUCCCCAUGUCCAAUAUUUCAAAUAGCUGCUAUGUAAUAACAAUCCUGCAGUUUUUAGAAACGUAUUCUUUCAUAUGCUUUUAAUAGUGCCUGGAUGUUUAUCUUUUAAUUCUAUUAUUUUGCAUUAGGCUCCCGUAAAGAAUCUGCUCCCCAAGUACUGCUUCCAGAGGAGGAGAAAAUUAUUGUAGAAGAAACAAAAAGUAAUGGUCAGACUGUGAUAGAAGAAAAGUAAGAUUUUUUUAAUUUUUUAAGCAAAAUGAUGGCUUUUAAGCAGUCCGCGUUCUUGAGCAUAGGAAGUUUUUGUGUGAUAACUUGAGCUGCAUAUAAACUUGUUCCUUAUAUACUCACUGGCUUUAUAUUUAAGCAGAUGAAUAUCCUACUGGAGUUCAUUGCUGACUUGCGUAUAAAUGUGCACUGUCGUUCCUCUCUAGCCCAUUAAGACUAAUAUCAACAAUCUUCGGUUCUCUAACUUUUCUCUUUGCAUCUUUUCCCCUUCAUCCUUGUACCAGCUGGGAAUUGAUCAGUUUUGUGGGGUAAGGUGGCAUUCUUGAGUGCUCCGGGAUUUCUGCUCUUAUUAAUAUAUAGAAUCACUACUAGGUGCUUUUUUUUUUUGUACCAGUUAACGUUAUUGUUUCCGUUUUAAAAUGUGCAGUUAAGAGUUGCUUCAUCUCAAAGCCCAUUAAAACAAAGAGGAUUUGCAGAUGAACAGCAUCUGCUAUAGCAGAUUGCUCCCUAACCAAGCAAAGUGAUUUUAUGCUGCCUAGUUGUAUAACCUCUAUUCCAAGAAAGGCUAAAUUAAGAAUAUGCCAGAAAAGACCAAGAGAUACUGCGGAGGAAUACGUUGGCCAUUUUUGUCUCCCUGUCUUUUCCACCUUAAAAAUUGUAUGGCUUCUCAUUUAAAUGCGUAUUGAUAGUUCUUGAUGUGAUUUUCAUAUUUAUUUUAACAUAAUAUAUUUACAAAGUAUUCUAUCUUAAUUUUCUGUUUUAGAAGUCUUGUUGACACAGUAUAUGCAUUAAAGGAUGAAGUUCAGGAAUUAAGACAGGUUGGUAAAAGAUAUAUAUCCCACCCUUUAUCAACACAGACUAGGAGGGGGCAGUAUGCUGUGGUUUAGGCCAUUUAAGACUUCAAAGAGUUAGCAAUAGAAUCAGUAAGCCCCAAUAGCAAUGCUGUUUCAUAGCAUCGAUGCUGGAGUGGAGGUUGAAGGAGGAGCAUUAAUUUUCUGCUCCCUAUACCAUGGGCUAUAUAGCAAAUGUCUGAAGAGUGUGCUCUGCCUCCUUUAGAUCUGUCUAUCAGGUGUCAAGGUGGGCCAACAAUCUACAUAUCCUCCUUACUUUGCUGAUUACUGCUAUCACUGUUACUAAUGUGGGGUCAGCAUUACUCCAUACAGCUCCCUCCUUCUUCACUGCUGGUCUCUUCCUUGUGGCAUACAGGCACUAGGCCUUUGCACUUUGCUCUCCUAUGACCUGACGGCAAUGUAAUACCUAGUGAACUAAUUGUGAAAAGCCGAGUAUGCAUAAGCCCUAUCAAGAAACAGUGAACGUGAAGCUGCGUCGCAACUCCCCUUACCCCCCAUCAUCAGCUAUAAACACAUGGCCUUCUCUUUGCUUUUGAUGCUUACUAACUGUUGCGGCAUUUAAGCAGAUGUAUUAUUGUAAACAGUUCGUGAAAAUGAAAGCCAUAUAAGACAAACCCCGGAAAGCGAUUCUCAAGUAAUGCAGAUGCGGAAAUGUAUGCUGGACACAUGUCUAGAACGUUGGCUAGUCUCCGCCCUUUUGCUCUCAGUGUUCCAAGUUUCCAAAGUGAAGUAUAUCCCUAAAUAUCAGGAUUUCUUGGUCAGAGACUAAAAUAAAAUGAACCUUUCAGUAGUGUUAAGUAAUCAUGCUGUCAGCUCAAGGAUUUCUGCUUUCCCUGUCUCCUUACCCCCUGUCCUGUGCACAGCCCAUGCCCUUCCUAGAUCAGCUCUGAAGCAUUUGGGGAACAGAUGUAGGGGGCGCACAGGGGUAGUAGAGGUGGGAAAGUCUCGUUGUGCAAGUGGAAAUUCUUGUGAUGACAGGACAGAUAACUUCCUCCUACAUUUCAGCAUUACCUUGUACAAGAUUAUUAUUUUUGGAGAUAUGUUAAGUUUUGAGUACUGCCAUGAUUUUAAUGUUUUGUGGAGUUCCCCCCGUUAUAGUAAAGGUAAAGGUACCCCUGACCAUUAGGUCCAGUCGUGACCGACUCUGGGGUUGCGGCGCUCAUCUCGCUUUAUUGGCCGAGGGAGCCGGCGUACAGCUUCCGGGUCAUGUGGCCAGCAUGACUAAGCCGCUUCUGGAGAACCAGAGCAGCGCAUGGAAACGCCGUUUACCUUCCCGCCAGAGCGGUACCUAUUUAUCUACUUGCACUUUGACGUGCUUUCGAACUGCUAGGUUGGCAGGCACAGGGACCGAGCAACAGGAGCUCACCCUGUUGCAGGGAUUCAAACCGCCAACCUUCUGAUCAGCAAGUCCUAGGCUCUUUGGUUUAACCCACAGUGCCACCCGAUAAAUAGUUAUACUUUAUGACUACUUAACAUUGUUCAUGUACUUAAAAUGGAGCCCCUUCUAAUAUGAUACCUUUUCUUCCAUUUGUGGCUUGGGCCUACUGAUGUAGAAAUGUUUUUUUACCUCAUGAGGCAAAAUAUCUCUGGUCCCUGGAUAAUAUUAUAGAGCAAUAGACUAGUGCUCCAUGAGAUUCUCAUGUCUUCUCCUUAUAAAAACAUCUCAAUGAGAAACUAAUCUUCCAGCUGUUCAGACCAAGUAACCAUGAUAUGUUUGUCUUUUGUUUGUUAGGAUAACAAAAAGAUGAAGAAGUCGCUGGAAGAAGAACAAAGAGCUCGCAAGGAGUUGGAAAAACUUGUCCGGAAAGUUCUAAAGAGUAUGAAUGAUCCAUCUUGGGAUGAAACCAAUUUAUAACAAACUUACUGUUGUUCUUUUCUUUUUCUUUCUAUUGAAAGACCAGUUGUCAAAUCAAGCUGGGAAGUCUUCUGACAUUUAGUCAGUGUUGCAUAACAAGCACUACAAAGUAGGACUUAACUGGAUCAAAUUAUUUUUAUUUCUUACAAUGUAUAAUAAUAAUGAUAAUAAUAAUAAUAAUAAUAAUCCAUUCACUUAAGCUGUCUGUACUUAAGUGUAGAUAGCAUGGACCCUGAACUGAACUAGAAUUAACUUGUGUGCAUUUAAAUUACCUCAUUUUUGCAGCAAGUGCAACAGCUGGCUAAGCAGUCCAUGACGCCACCCCAUCCCAAAAAAACAUUUUGUAAAUAUUAUCUGUAAUUUUGAAUGCAUAUGUGAUCAAUGUAUCAGGACUGAUAUAGUGUUAUAGUUUCUUCCUGUAAUGAUUGCAGCAGACAGACAUGGCAGUGCCUGAUGCUCUUCUAAAAUUUACUGAAAAUUGUGCUCCGAGUUGGAUUGUUUUGAAUUGUUCUAGACAUAAUAGAUGUUAGUUGCUUUUUUUUUUUGUAAUUUCCCAACCUAUUUCCCAGUAUUCACCAGCCUGUUUUAAUAACUUAAAUUUAUUUAUGUCUGUUUAAAGCUUCAGACACAAUUUUAACAUGCUUUUUAAAAACACCAAGCUGUCAAUGCAGUGACACUUGGCACCAUUUUGUAUUCAAGUUAGCAUCUUAAAGAUCCAAGACAGACAGUUAAGUUUCUUUUGGCAUGCCAAUAUGCAGAAUUACUAGUUAAAGGUGGAUGUACUUGCUCUUGUUGUUUUUUUUAAUGGCUAGUUAUUAGAUGAUUUGUGUAGUACGUUGUUUUUUUAUGGUUGUGCAUAUACUUUUAACAUACAGCUGGCUAGUAUUUUAAUUGAACACUCAAGCACUGCUGUCAAAACAAAAAGUCCCAAUCAAGUGUGUGUAGGGUUUUUUGUUUUUGUUUUGGGAUAAAAAAAAUGUAUUAUUUAUUUUUAUCAUGAUCGUAGCAAGUUUAGGUUAAUGUAUGCAUGUAAAGCAUUUGCAAAACUCAAACCUCAGAACUGACAUUUGAUCUUCCACUACUGUGCAGAAAUCAUCCCCUCCAUCCUUUAAGAUCAAAUGAAAUUAUAGUCCACAUAACCUCCAUUCCCUUUAUACAAGUAAUAAAUAAAAAAGAAAGGAAUGAGGGGAAAAACCCAGUGCUUUAUGAAAAUAAGUCUCUUUAGUUUUCUCUGUCCGUAUAAAAUGGCUGUUACGGUGAAACGCGGCACUGUGACAUUUUGGGUUGCAGCCUGGGACUCUGCAAUGUGUUGGUAAUCAGGGACUCUAUGACGUGCAGUUUUGGCAGUAUAUACUUUUAAAUUACCAUUGUGAUCAUGUACCAUGCCAGUGCGUCAGAUUGAAGGUUGCGUAACAUUUCUUGAAAACAAAGGAACUAAGGGAUUUGGCUCCUGAAGUCAGUGAAUCAGUUCAAAUCCUGGUGGUGUUAAAUAUCAGUCUUACUGCUGAGUCUAGGCAGGAUCCUGCAGCAGAACACACCCUUGUUCUGAGCUCUUCCCCUGCCUUAUUGUGUAGUAAAACCUUUGCCUGACUCUUAAUGGCAUCACAUAUGUUACUUUACCUGCCCCUCAGCUGGUGAUUUGGAGUAGGGGGGAACAUUUGUGAUGAGAUCAGAAGUCAAGAUUGCUUUUACUGCACGUUACAGGAGGAGCGAACCCAACAUAGGGGAGCCGUCUAAGGAGGUAGCUCUUGUGUUUCUUGUAAUGUCACCCCUAAAAGAUGACACAUGUCUCUGAUACUGUAUGCUGUAUGGUUGAUUCUUGUAUCAAACAGGCAAUCCACAUUCCCCACCCACGAAGCAAUAAGACUCAGCUGUUUAUUGUUUCUCGCUGUCAGCAACCAGAAAUGGGCAGCUAUACUUCCGUUGAAAAUAAAUGUUUAUUGUGAUGAUAAAGGG